CUGAGCAGUUGGAGCAUUCCCAGCCUUGCCUCAGGUGUAGGGAUUUGCAAGGAGAAAAACAGAACUACACAGCUAAGAAACUGUGUGGUUUUGUUUUUGGGUGGUUAUUUUGGAGGCUCAACCGUUCUCACCUUGGAUUUUCUGGAAACAUUUCUGGAUAAAGAGAUAGCUGCUGAGGCUACAGCCAUCUGGGCACUGUCCCAUCUGUUCAAGGCACCCUUGUGGAUACAAGGUGCCGUCCACAAUGUCAACACAGGCGCCAACAUUUACACAGCCGCUGCAGAGCGUUGUGGCACUAGAGGGUAGUGCCGCAACGUUCGAGGCGCAAGUUAGUGGUAAUCCAGUUCCUGAGGUGAGCUGGUUCCGUGAUGGCCAGGUUCUUUCCGCUGCCGCUCUGCCCGGCGCACAGAUCUCGUUCAGCGAUGGCCGCGCUGUUCUGAUGAUCCCUGCUGUGACAGCCGCACACAGUGGAAGAUUUUCUGUGAGAGCCACCAAUGGUGCUGGACAAGCCACUAGCACCGCUGAACUUCUUGUUACAGUGGAGACCGCACCACCCAACUUUAUUCAGAGACUUCAGAGUAUGACCGUGAGACAAGGAAGCCAAGUGAGACUGGAUGUUCGUGUUGCAGGAAUCCCUACACCUGUGGUAAAGUUCUACAGAGAGGGAGCUGAGAUACAGAGCUCUGCUGACUUUCAGAUUGUUCAAGAAGGAGACCUUUACAGUUUGUUGAUUGCCGAAGCCUUCCCAGAGGAUUCUGGAACUUACUCUGUAAAUGCUUCAAACAGCAGUGGACGGGCUACCUCCACUGCUGAACUACUGGUUCAAGGUGAAGAGGUAGCAGUCCCUGCUAAGAAGACAAAGACUAUUAUGUCAACAUCUUCUCAGAUGACGUCUUCUCAGACGCGCCAGACCAGAGAGACCAGAAGAGUGGAGUCACAUUUCCAGUCCAGCUCUAUGAUGGAAAUGCGCGUUGAAGGUGGUGUAGUGACACAGACAUUGGCACACAAGACCCCGCCACGUGUGCCUCCAAAGCCAACCUCAACCUCCAAGUCCCCAACACCACCAUCUCUUGCAGCCAGGGUUGCAGGCGGACGUCAUCAGUCACCAUCACCUGUGAGACAUGUCAAGGCGCCCACUCCGGCCCCUGUCAGGUCUGCCUCUCCCACUUCUGCCUCAAGACUGUCUGUGUCACCAAUCAGACCAGUCAAAUCCCCACUGACCACACGCAAACAAGUAUCCCAUAGUCCAGAUGUGCCUCCACCAUGGAAGCAGGGAGAGGGAUUUGUGGCGGAGUCCAGCUACAGCAUGACCACUGCCUCUAGUGCCAGUCAUGUCCAGUCUUCUGCCACCCAUGCUCACAUGGAGCAGCACUGGGAGGGCUCUUAUGGAUUGAAAACGACUGGUGCCGCUGUAUCUGGUGUCGCUGUGAGAGAGGUUGUUGAAACAGCAGUUGUUCCAUCACCAAUGGAGGAGCCAACUGUGCCACCUACUCUUGUGGCUGGCUUGAACAACGUGACUGUGACUGAGGGUGAAUCUGUGACUCUGGAAUGUCAGAUCACUGGUCACCCUGCCCCUGGCAUCAUGUGGUUCAGAGAGGACUACAGAAUUGAGAGCUCCAUUGACUUCCAGAUCACUUAUGAGAGUAAAUGUGCCCGUCUGGUCAUCCGCGAGGCCUUCGCAGAAGACAGCGGUCGCUUCACUUGCACUGCUACUAGCGAGGCUGGAACCAUCAGUACAUCCUGCUACCUGCUUGUCAAAGUGUCAGAGGAGAUUGAGAGCAGAGAGGACACUACUGUGUCUGAAUAUGUUGAAACUUCUGCAGAGCAUCAGAUUAGCAUUGGAGCCAAGGAGGAGACAAUGUCGGAGGUGAGCGCUGUUGCAGAGACUGUGGAAGCAGCUCCCUUCUUUGUCAAGAAGCCAACUGUGCAGAAGUUGGUGGAGGGUGGAAGAGUUGUCUUUGAGUGCCAGAUCGGAGGCAGCCACAAGCCCAACAUUAUCUGGAAGAAGACUGGAGUGCCCCUUACUACAGGAUACAGAUAUAAAGUGCACUACAAUAAGGAGAGUGGAGUGUGUAAAUUGGAGAUCUCCAUGACGUUUGCUGACGAUGCUGGAGAGUACUCCAUCUUUGUCAAGAACCCUCUUGGAGAAGAGUCUGCCUCAGCCAGUCUGCUUGAGGAAGAGGAAUAUGAAGAAUACAUGAAGAAACAUGAAGUGACAUAUAAGACUGAAGUGACUACAAUGGUGCAGGAGUCUAAAGUGGCAGAAGUACCAACUGUUGCUGUUAGUGGCUAUGAGACAGAACAGAGGAUGUACAUGCAAAACAGAAUGGCUCAGCAGGCCCAAGCGACACGCACCUUCAUCUCCGAGCAGGAACUCAAGAUUACUGUCGUUGAGGAGAGGAUUAUCCAUGAGAUUGAGGUCCGCAUCAUGCAGAUUACAUACCAACAAAUUGUGACUGAGGAUCGGGAAGAGAUGGUGACUUGUGCAGACCGUGAGGCUGUACAGUCAGCCUUUGCCACUCCAGUUAAAAACUACAGAAUCAUGGAAGGCAUGGGGGUCACUUUCCACUGCAAAAUGUCAGGAACUCCACUACCCAAGAUCGUAUGGUACAAAGAUGGCAAGCGUAUCCAUCAUGGCGGCCGUUACCAGAUGGAGAGUCUUCAGGAUGGUAGAGCCAGCCUGCGUCUUCCUGUGGUGCUGCCAGAGGAUGAAGGUGUUUACACAGCAUUAGCCAGCAACAUGAAGGGCAACUCUGUAAGCUCUGGGAAACUGUAUGUGGUGCCCACUGCAGGAGCAGAAGCUCCACAGAUGCCUGAGUCACCGGCAAUGCAGAGAAUGAGGUCCACAUCCCCACGCUCUACAAGCCGCUCUCCCGGUCGUUCUCCCGGACGCUCUCCUGCUCGCAGACUUGAUGACACUGAUGAGAGUCAGCUGGAGAGACUAUACAAGCCUGUGUUUGUCUUGAAGCCACAGUCAUUCAAGUGUGCUGAAGGGCAGACUGCCAGAUUUGACCUGAAAGUAGUUGGUAGACCCAUGCCUGACACUUUCUGGUUCCACAAUGGACAACAAGUUGUCAAUGAUUACACCCACAAGAUAGUGGUGAAGGAAGAUGGAACUACGUCACUGAUUGUGGUUCCAGCCAUGCCCCAUGACUCUGGAGAGUGGACCGUGGUCGCUCAGAACAGAGCUGGAAGGACCUCUGUCUCCAUGACACUUACAGUUGAUGCCAAAGAAAACUUGAUCAGACCCCAGUUUAUUGAGAAGCUGAAGAACAUCAGUGUUAAGCAAGGCACUCUGGUUGAGUUGGCUGUCAAAGCCAUCGGAAACCCCCUGCCUGAUAUUGUUUGGCUGAAAAACAGUGACAUCGUCUCCCCAAUGAAGCACCCAAAUAUCAAGAUUGAAGGCACCAAAGGAGAGGCCAAAUUCCAGAUCCCCCAAACAGUAGGCACUGAUAGUGCUUGGUACACAGCCACAGCCAUUAACAAAGCUGGAAGAGAUACCACUCGCUGCAGGGUCAACAUUGAGGUGGAAACUGCUGAACCUGCACCAGAGAGGAGACUCAUUAUUCCCAAGGGAACAUACAAGGCCAAGGAAAUUGCAGCUCCAGAGUUGGAAUCCCUGCAUCUACGUUAUGGCCAAGAGCAGUGGGAGGAGGCUGACCUAUAUGACAAGGACAAGCAGCAGAAACCACAGUUCAAGAAGAAGCUGACUUCCGUCAGGCUGAAGCAUUCUGGUGCUGUCCACUUUGAAUGCAGACUGACCCCUAUUGGUGAUCCCACUAUGGUUGUUGAGUGGUUACUUGAUGGCAAACCCCUUGCAGCUGCUAACAGAUUGCGCAUGGUUAAUGAAUUUGGCUACUGUAGUCUUGACUUUGAAGUUGCCUAUGCCAGAGACAGUGGUGUCAUCACCUGCAGAGCCACUAACACGUUUGGUGCCGAUCAGACCUCGGCUACACUUAUUGUAAAGGAGGAGAAGAGCAUGGUGGAGGAAACUCAGUUACCUGAGGGCAGGAGGGGACUACACAGAAUUGAUGAGAUGGAGCGCAUGGCUCACGAAGGAGGUCCUUCUGGAGUCACUGCAGAUGAAGGGGCUGAGAAGACAAAGCCUGAAAUUGUCCUUCUUCCUGAGAAUGCAAAUGUGCAGGAAGGUGAAAUUGCAAGGUUCCGUUGCAGAGUAACUGGUUAUCCUACACCUAAGGUCAACUGGUACCUCAAUGGGCAGCUCAUUCGCAAGAGCAAGAGAAUGAGACUUCGCUAUGAUGGCAUUUACUAUCUUGAGAUUAUCGAUAUCAAGUCAUACGAUGCAGGAGAUGUCAAAGUGUUAGCAGAGAACCCUGAGGGCACAGCUGAGCAUCUGGUGAAGCUGGAGAUCACGCAGAAAGAGGACUUCAGAUCUAUUCUUCGUCGUGCACCAGAGCAUAAGGCCCCAGAGCCUAGCACCAUGGCUGAACAUGGCAGAGUUUCCUUUGAUGUGGUUAAGGUUGAAAAACCAACUGCCAUCAAAGACACCAAAGAGGUAGUGCAACUAAAGAAGACCGAAAGAGUCAUCCAUUCAAAAGCCACAGAGGAGACAGAUGAGUUGAAGGGCAAAUUUAAGCGCAGGACAGAGGAAGGUUAUUAUGAAGCCAUCACUGCUGUGGAGCUCAAGUCUCGUAAGAAGGAUGAGUCCUAUGAGGACAUGCUUAGGAAGAGGAAGGAAGAACUGCUUCACCAUCAGAAAAUGUUGUCUGAGGCUGAUAAGAAAAAAGAGGAGGAACGCAAGGUUCAUGUUCCCUCAAUUAAACCAGAGAGAGUAAAGCUCUCUCCCAGCAUGGAAGCUCCAAAGAUCAUUGAACGCAUUGCUAGUCAGACCGUGUCUCAGAUGGAAGAAGUUCACUUCAGAGUCAGAGUUACCGGUAGACCAGACCCUGAGUGCCAGUGGUUCAAGAAUGGAAUUCUGCUGGAGAAAACAGAUCGCAUUUACUCGUUCUGGCCUGAAGACAAUGUAUGUGAAUUGGUAAUCAAAAAGGUCACAGCAGAAGACUCUGCUAGCAUCAUGGUCAAAGCCAUGAACAUUGCUGGAGAGACUUCAAGCCAUGCAUUCUUAUUGGUGCAAGCAAAGACAGUCAUCACCUUCACACAAGAGCUAGAAGAAACCAACGUGAAAGAGAAAGACACCAUGGCGACCUUUGAGUGUGAGACCAAUGAGCCUUUUGUUAAAGUCAAAUGGCUGAUGAACAAUGCAGAGAUUUUCUCUGGAGACAAAUACAGGAUGCACUCAGACAGAAAGGUUCAUUUCCUUUCUGUACUGACCAUCAACAUGAAGGACGAUGCAGAAUACAGUUGUGCUGUUGUUGAAGAUGACCACAUCAGGACCACUGCCAGACUCAAUGUGGAAGGUGCCCCACUGUCAAUUGUAAAGAGGCUGGAGAACAUUGAGGUGCCUGAGACCUACUCUGGGGAGUUUGAGUGUGAAGUGUCUCGAGAGGAUGCUGAAGGUGUAUGGCAUUUUGAGAACAAGGAGCUCACUCCCAGCAGCAAGCAUGCCAUCUCCUCCCGCCGAGGACGCCACAGUUUAUCUGUGAAAGAUGUAAAGAAAGAAGACCAGGGAAAAUAUACAUUCACCACGGGUGAAUUCAAGACUAGUGCCUCCCUGAAAAUGAAACUGCGCCCUGUGACCCUGUUGCACCCCCUCUCUGAUAUGACAAUCUGUGAGGGUGACAUAAGCCAGUUUGAGGUGCGAUUCUCUCAAGAAGAUGUUGAGGGCACUUGGAUGAAGAAUGGUGUUGUCAUUGAAGCUUCAGAUCGCAUCCACAUUGUUAUUGACAAGCUCAUCCAUAAACUUCUCAUAGAGGAUACAGGCAGGCUUGAUGGUGGAAUGUACUCCUUUGUAGUUCCUGCUCAGGACAUUUCCACCACUGCAAAGCUGACUGUUCAAACGAUUAGCAUCUUGACCCCACUCAAGGAUAUUACAUCAGUUGAGGGCACCAAGGCUGUUAUGGAGGCUAAAAUCUCUGCUGCAGAUAUUAGCUCAAUUAAGUGGUUCCACAAUGACAAGCUUGUGAUGCCCAGUGAGAGAAUCCAGAUUGUUCCAAAGGGAUCCAAACAGCGUCUGGUGUUCAAUAGGACCUUCGCCUCUGAUGAAGGAACCUACAAGCUAUGUGUUGGCAAAGCUGACUCUAGCUGUAAACUGAUAGUCCAAAAAAUUUCAAUUGUGAAGCAAAUGGAGGAUCAAGUUUGCACAGAGACACAGCACGUCACAUUUAAUGUGGAGGUGUCCCACCCUGGCAUUGAUGGUAUCUGGACCUUCAAGAAACAACAUCUGAAAAAUGAUUCCAAGUACAACAUAGUGACCAAGGGCAAGAACCACAGUAUGACUGUCAUUAAUGCCAUGAAGGAUGAAGAGGGGCAAUACACAUUCGCUGCUGGUGAACAGAUAUCCAGCGCAAAGCUUACUGUGUCAGGUGGCGCUAUAUCCAGACCGCUGCAUGACAUCAUUGUGGCUGACUCUCAGACAGCUGAAUUUGAGUGUGAGGUGGCCAACCCAACUGCUGAGGGCAAGUGGCUGAAGGAUGGACAACCUUGUGACUUUGGUGAAAAUGUCAGGAGUGAGAAAAAUGGAGCUGUCAGACGUCUUGUUAUUGUCAUCACCAGACCCAAUGACAUUGGUGAAUACACCUACCAGAUUGCAAACUCCAAGACAACAGCCAACCUGAGAGUUGAAGCUGUGAAAGUCAAGAAGACCCUGAAGAACCAAACUGUCACUGAGACACAAGAAGCAGCAUUCAUUCUGGAGCUCACCCAUGAGAAUGUGAAGGGCUCACAAUGGAUUAAGAAUGGUGUAGAGAUCCAACCUAGUGAGAAAUAUGAAGUCACCGUUGAUGGCAUGAUCCACACCUUGAAGAUCAAAAACUGCACCAUACACGAUGAAUCAGUUUAUGGAUUCAAACUUGGAAAACUAUCUGCUAAUGCCAGACUGAACGUUGAGGCAAUUACUAUAACGAAGAAGCCUAAAGAUGUGACAUCACUAUUGGAUGCCACUGCCUCUUUUGAGCUGAGCCUGUCUCAUGAUGACAUCCCUAUCAAAUGGAUGUUCAAUAACGUUGAGCUUAAACCAAGUGAAAACAUCAAAAUGCUGUCUGAGAGAAAAUCUCACAAGCUGAUCAUCCAGAAUGUGGAUGACCACAAGGCAGGAGAGUACACUGCUAUGGUCGGACAUGUGCAGUGCAGUACUCAUUUAUAUGUUGAAUCUCUGCGUGUCACAAAACCCAUCAAGAACAUUGAAGUCCCAGAGACCCAGGUGGCCACUUUUGAAUGCGAAGUGUCACAUUUCAAUGUCCCAUCCACCUGGCUGAAGAAUGGAGUGGAGAUAGAAAUGAGUGACAAGUUCAGGAUUGUGGUGCAGGGCAAACUUCACCAGCUCAAGAUCAUGAACACUGGCAGUGAAGACUCUGCAGAAUACACCUUUGUCUGUGGAAAUGACAGAGUCUCUGCAACUCUGAAAGUUAGCCCCAUUUUGAUCACCUCCAUGCUGGAAGACCUCAAUGCACAGGAGAAAGACACCAUCACAUUUGAAGUGAAUGUCAACUAUGAGGGCAUCACCUACAAGUGGCUGAAGAAUGGUGUUGAGAUUCGCUCCACUGACAGAUGCCAGAGCCGCACCAAACACCUAACUCACUCUCUCACCAUCCGAAAUGUUCACUUUGGUGAUGGUGCAGAGUACAAGUUUGCUGCUGGCUCUGCUGCAACUACAGCCAGCCUAUAUGUUGAUGCACGCGUUAUUGAAUUCACCAAGCACAUCAAAGAUAUCAAGAUCACAGAGAAGAAGAGGGCCACAUUUGAAUGUGAGAUCUCUGAGCCUAAUGCUCAGGUGACGUGGAUGAAAGAUGGACAGGAACUGGAAAUGUCUGAAAGAUACAAGGUCUCCACUGAGAAAUUCUUGCACCGUCUAAUGAUCCAGUCAGUCCGCCUGUCUGAUGCUGCAGAGUAUUCUGUGGUCGCUGGUGCAAGCAUGUCAAAGGCUCAUCUCACCGUGGAGGGGCGUGACAUCCACAUCACAGAACCCGAGGAGAAAGAAUUCACGGUUGUUGAGAAACAAAAAGCGUCGUUUGAGUUUGAAGUCAGUGAGGACGACGUUGAAGGUCGCUGGCUGAGGAACGGUGCUGAGAUCCAGUUCAACCUUGACGAUAGGCUCCACUACAUUGCCAUUAGAAAGGUCCAUCGCAUGACCAUCUCUGAAACCUAUAGAAGUGAUGCAGGGGAGUACACCUUCAUCGCUGGCAAGAACAGGGUCGUGGUGACUCUACAUGUCAAUAUCCCUGAGCCACCUCAGAUAAUUCGCGGCAUGCAGGCCCUGUCUGUGGAGGCUGGCAAACCUGCUAGAUUUUCUGUGGAAGUGACUGGCGUCCCCCCGCCCCAGGUGUUAUGGUACAAGAACUCCCAGGCUCUCUCCCCUGGCUUCAAGUGCAAGUUCCUGCGUGAAGGAAAUGAGCACACUCUGCUUCUCAUCGAAGUGUUCCCAGAGGACGCAGCCUUGUACAACUGCGAGGCCAAGAAUGACGUUGGGCUUGCCACCAGCUCAGCACCACUCAAUGUGGAAGUUUCAGAAGUCGUUUCUCCUGACACUGGAUCUCCAAUGUCCAAGCCUGUGAUCAUAACACCAAUGAACAACACCUCAGUUAAUGAGGGAGAGGCUGCUAGGUUCCAGUGCAGAAUCUCUGGUGAAGAUCUAAAGAUCUCUUGGUACGUCCAUAAGAAAGAGAUCGGACAGUCCGAUGCCUUCAGGAUGUCUCAGUUCGAUGACACCUGCCAGCUGGAGAUUUCCAGAGUGUACCCCGAGGAUGAAGGGGAAUACACCUGUGUUGCCAGAAACUCGGCAGGAAUGGUCACUUGCGCAGGAUAUCUGGCACUUGAAGUGGUUGAAAAGGAGGUGGAGAAAAAGGAAAAGGAAGUCAAAGUGCCACCGGUUUUCAGGUACAAAAUCCAGCCCCUGGAGAUCAAUGUUGGCAGCGGAGCCAAGUUCGAAUGUGAGAUUGAAGAUGCACCAAAUGUGCAGUUCAAGUGGUUCAAGUCUGGCACUGCUAUCAAAGAGAGUUCAAAUUGCAGGAUCACCAGUCGGCAACUGACAUCUUCAUUGGAGCUUCUGAGCCCAACCAAAGCUGACAGUGGUGAAUAUACUUGCAAGGCUACAAACCAGAAUGGCAGUGACACCUGUGCCGCCAAACUCAACGUAACUGAACUUUUCCCACCUGCCUUUAUUACUAAGCCUGAUCCAUUGACAUUGUAUGUUGGGAAAAAGGCAAACAUUCAGUGUGUAGUCACUGGAUCUUCACCGAUGACUAUUGUCUGGCAUAAAGACAACAAUGCCAUUUCUUCGGGGGGAAACUACAAAAUCUCCUCAGAAAAGAAUAAAUAUAUUCUUGAAAUAUCAAAACUUGAACUUACGGAUCAAGGUGUUUACCUGUGUAAAGCGUUCAACAGUGUUGGAACUGCUGUGUGCAGCAUGGAGAUGAAGGUCAUCAACAAACCCUAUUUUGUGAAAACACUUGAAUCAGUGUCAGUCGCUGUUGGAAAUCCACUGCACCUUGAGUGUCAGUUGGAUGAGGAUACCGGAGUGUCCAUCACCUGGAUAAAGGAUGGCAAAAAGCUCCAUCAAACAAUGGAUUGUAAACAGUCUUUUGAAGAUAAGAUGGUCACUCUUGAUAUUCCAAAAGGAAAACUUAAAGACACUGGAAACUAUGUCUGUACAGCUGCCAAUGAUGCUGGAAGCACAAGUUGCUCCACUUCAAUAAAGGUUCAAGAACCCCCAGUCUUUGUAAAGAGACUGGAACCCAACUUGGUUUGGAAGCAAGGCAUAAGUGCACGUUUGCAGUGCACAAUCAAAGGGUCACCUGAACUCCAUGUCACCUGGUUUCUGAAUGACAAAGAGCUCUCGGCUGGCGAGAAAUACAAAAUCACUUUCAAGGACGGUUUUGCUACUUUGGAGAUCAGUGAAAUUGCUUUGUUAGACAGUGGAAAUUACACAUGUGAAGUCCUGAAUGAAGCUGGCUGUGAGAGCUGUAGCACCAAGUUAACUAUAAAAGAACCACCAUCCUUCAAAAAGGAAUUGCAAAUGGUUGAAGCAGUCAGGGGCACUGUUGCUCUCUUCCAAUGUGAAGUUGCAGGCACUGCCCCAUUUGAAUUCAAUUGGUUUAGGAGUAAAAAAUCACUCACUUCCGAUAGGAAAUACAAGAUUGUUUCUCAGGACUCGAUUGCUUCUUUGGAGAUCUGCUCAUUUGAAAGUGCAGAUGUUGGGGAAUAUCAAUGUGUUGUGUCAAAUGAUGUUGGUUCAAUCACUGCAAAGACAAUUGCCAAACAGAAAGAACCACCAUCAUUCGCAAAGAAGAUUGAGAACACUACAGCAGUUUUGGGCAGUGCUGUUAAACUGCAGGGUACUAUAAAAGGCUCUGCCCCUAUUACUGUCAAGUGGAUGAAGGAUGCUGAAUGGCUUAGGGAUGAUGACCCUAAUAUCACCAUGGCAUUUCAGAAUAAUAUCGCCAUUUUGACAAUAGCAGCUGUUGACAUUUGCCAUGGUGGAAAGUAUACUUGCCAAGCAGAGAAUGAGGCUGGUCAACAAAAAUGUGAAACCUCUUUAGCAGUUCAAGAACCCGCUAGAAUCUUAGAGAAAGCCGCAUCCAUCAACGUGACUUCAGGGGAAUCAGCAACCUUGGAAUGCACAAUUGCAGGAAGCCCGGAUCUUAAAGUGAAAUGGCUCCAAGAUGGAAAGGAGAUUACAGGAGGUCGAAAAUAUAAAAUCACUCUUAAAGACAAUGUAGCCAUCUUAAAGAUUGUUGCGGCAGAGAAAGGAGGCACAUGUGAAUACACGAUGGAAGUGUCCAACCGCGUCGGAAAAGAUCAGUGCUCUUGUUCAGUCACAGUGCUAGAUCGUGUUCUUCCACCAUCUUUCACAAAAAAUCUUAAGAAAGUUGAUGGAAAUAUUGGUAACAACAUUACUAUGGAGAGCAAAGUAUCUGGAUCUCAGCCCAUGUCCAUCUCUUGGUACAAAGAUGAUAAAGAAAUAACGUCUGGACAGAAAUAUCAACUUGAAAUGAAAGAAACCACGGCUACAUUGGGAAUAACCCAAAUAGAAAAGUGUGAUGAGGGAGUAUAUACAUGUCGGGCAACAAAUUCUGCUGGAUUUAAAGAGAGCAGUGGAACCUUAUGUGUUAAAGAACCUCCAAUCUUCACAUUAAAACCUGACAACCAAGAUGUCGUACCAGGAUCUACUGUUGUCUUGAAGUCUGCUUUCACUGGAUCAGCUCCUUUUACGAUUAAGUGGUUCAGAGAGGACAAGGAGAUAACCACUAGAGGCGCAAGUUUUAUCAAGAAAGACGCUUCUUCAAGUUUCUUGGAACUUCACUCAGUGAAACCCAGUGACUCGGCUAACUACACUUGCCAAGUGGCCAAUGAUGCCGGGAAGGUGGCACACUCUGCAGUCUUGUUUGUGAAAGAACCUCCUCAGUUUUCAAUGAGGCUUGAGCCAUUAAAACUGGUGAAAAAUGGACAACCACUUACAUUGACGUGCAAAGUCACUGGCAGUCCUGUGAUCAAUGUUAAGUGGCUUAAGAAUGAGACUGAAAUCACUUCAAAUGAUAAAUGCAGACUGUCCUUCACUGACUCAGUUGCUUCACUUGAUAUUGUGAACUGCUCUGUUGAUGAUAGUGGAGAUUAUGUUUGUGUGGCAUCAAGUGAUGCUGGUAGUGACCACUGCGGCAGCACAGUUACAGUCAAAGAACCUCCCAUGUUUGUGACAGCUUUUGAGUCCAAAGAAGUUGUGAAAGGGUCUGAUGUUAUAUUCGAAGGAGUUAUUUCAGGCUCAGCUCCAUUUGAAAUAUCUUGUUAUCAGGACACCAAGCAGAUCAGAAAUGACAAAAGGCAUAAGAUAAAUAUACAAGAUGGUGUAGUCACUCUUCAGAUUCUUAAAUGUGAGUCUGGGGAUGCUGGAAAAUACCAAUGUAACAUAGAAAAUGAAGUUGGGAAGACAACAUGUGAUUGCCAAAUUACAUUAAAAGAACCACCCUCGUUUGUACAGAAAAUAGAGAACAUCAGUUCUUUAGUUGGCUCAGAGAUUUCUAUGCAGUGCACUUUAAAGGGAUCACUGCCCAUGACUGUAUCAUGGAUAAAGGAAGAUCAUGAAGUUAAAGAAGGCGAACAUAUAAAGAUAUCUUAUGAGACCAGAACGGCAGUGUUAACUUUAAGAAACACUCAGAUGAAACAUGGUGGAAAAUAUAUUUGUCAGGCACAGAAUGAGGCUGGAAGUCAGAAAUGUCUUGCCACGCUUACAGUCAAAGAACCUGCAAAUAUUACUGAGCAAGCCAAGUCUAUCAGUGUAACAACAGGAGAUCCAGCUACUCUUGAAUGCAGGUUCUCAGGAUCUAAAGUCAUCAAAGCCAUGUGGCUGAAGGAUGGAAGAGAGCUGACAUCAGGUCAAAGAUACAAAGUACAGAGCAGCGAUAAGAGCUCUGUACUGAAGAUACUCUCUACAGAGAAAAGUGAUAGUGGUGAAUACACCUUUGAGGUUUCAAAUGAUGUUGGAAGCAGCACCUGUGAGGCUUCAAUCACUGUUCUAGAUCAAACUAUUAAACCAUCUUUCACAAGAAGACUGGAGAAAAUGGAGAGUAUCAAAGGCUCUUUUGCCCACUUGGAGUGUCUUGUGUCUGGAUCCCUGCCAAUAUCUGUACUCUGGUACAAAGAUGAGAAGGAGAUCAAGAGCGACGAGAAACACAAAUGCACAUUCUUUGAGAACUCGGCAUUUCUAGAAAUUAGUCGUCUUGAUAGUGCUGACAGUGGCGGCUAUACCUGCAUUGCUAGUAAUAAGGCAGGCAAAGACCAGUGUUCUGGUGCCUUGCUUGUGAAAGAACCGCCAUCUAUUCUAGAAAAACCUGAAUCAAUGGAUGUUUUGCCUGGAUCAAAGGUUCAGUUUAAUGUCCUUUCGUCUGGCACGCCACCCUUGACCAUGAAAUGGUUUAAAGACAAGAAGGAGAUCUUAUCAAGCUCGGAUUGCUCUGUGAUUAAAGAUUACAACUCUACUUCACUGGAGCUCUUCUUUGCCAAAACGUCAGACUGUGGAAACUAUGUUUGUGAAAUACAUAAUGACGUCGGCUCUGAUGUUUGCCAGGCAACGCUCUUCGUCAAAGAACCUCCCAGUUUCCUUGAAAAACCUGACAAAUUAUCAGUUGUGAAACUUAGAGAAAAUAAACACUUUGAGUGCCAUGUUGGUGGCACUCCAGAAAUACAAGUGCACUGGUUCAGAGAUGGGAAGGAGAUAAGUCGUAGUGACAAAUACAAAAUGUUCUUCGUUAAGUCUGUGGCGAGCUUAGAGAUAAUUGGUGCUGAUGCCAAUGACAGUGGAGUAUACUUCUGUGAGGCCCGUAAUGAGGCAGGCAGUGAGAGCUGCAGCAUGGAGUUAGCUGUGAAAGAGCCCCCAGCAUUUAUUGGAGAGUUAACGCCUGUUGAAGUCGUGAAGGGCUCUAUGAGUGUCUUUGAAUGCCAAGUGGCAGGAACUGGUCCAUUUGAGGUUACAUGGCACAAAGAUAAAAAGCAGAUCAAAACCAAUAAGAAGCAUGCAAUUUAUGAAUAUGGUAAUGUCAUGAGCCUGAAAAUACAGGAAUGUGAUGCUUUAGAUGUUGGUGGUUAUCAGUGCACAGUUUCAAAUGAGGUGGGAAGCUGUUCGUGUAGCACCACAAUGUCUAUGAAAGUGCGACCGUCUUUCGUAAAGAAGAUGGAAAAUGCUUCCUCUGUUUUGGGGAGUGUCGCUACAUUUCAGUGUGUUGUGAUGGGAACGCCAUCUCUGUCUGUACAAUGGAAAAAAGAUGAGAACUGGAUCUUGGUAGAUCCUAAAACUGAAAUGAUCUUUGAAAAUAAUGUGGCAACUCUAAGGAUUCCGAUCUGUGAGGCCUGUCACAGCGGAAAAUAUACCUGCCAGGUUGCAAAUGAGGCUGGACAGGACAAGUGCUUUGCAACCCUGAUGGUGCAAGAACCACCUAAGAUUAUAGAAAAACCAGAGGUGAUAAAUGUCACUCUAGGUGAUGCAGUCAGUUUGGAGUGCAAGGUCUCUGGCACCCCUGAGAUCAAAGUAAAGUGGACAAAAGAUGGAAUAGAACUCACACCCAGCAGGCAAAAUAAACUUAACUUUGAGAAUAACCUCAGUAGUUUGAAGAUUCAGUCUACACAACUGGAAGAUGCAGGGGAUUACCUGUUUGAGGCUACAAACUCUGUUGAUACCUGCAGCUGCAAGGUUAAAUUGAUUGUCGUAGAACAAGUCAUUGCGCCUACAUUCAUCAAGAAAUUAAUGGAGACUCAGGAGGUUUUGGGCUCUGUAGUUUAUAUGGAAUGCAAAGUCGCUGGUUCUUUGCCAAUAUCAGUGCAAUGGACCAAAGACGGCAGUGUCCUUGCAAGUAAAACCAAGUAUCAGUUAGAGCAGAAAGACAACACUGUGUCUUUGGAAAUUAAGAAUUUUGAGGAAGAGGAUACAGGGGAGUACUUGUGUAAAAUCACAAACAAAGCUGGAAGUAGUGAUUGCAGUGGUGCAUUAAAAGCAAAAGUGCCACCAAGCUUUGUAUCUGAACCUGAGUCCCAGGCUGUCAUUCCCAAAGCCACUGUACACUUCCAGGGUGUAUUUCAAGGAACACCUCCUUUUACAGUCAAAUGGUUCAAGGAUGACACUGAACUGAUAACUGGACCAUCAUGUUCAGUUGGACUGGAAGGAUUAUCUUGCUUCUUAGAUCUUUACUCAGUUGGAUUUUUGCAAAGUGGAACGUACUCUUGCCAAGUUAGCAAUGACGCUGGCACCGUGAAGUGUACAACCAAUUUAUUGGUGAAAGAACCUCCUGAAUUCGUACUGAAAUUGCCACAUACAACGUUCGUGAAGCAGGGCGAGCCACUCCAUCUUGAAUGCAAAGUUACAAGUGCGCCCUCUCUGCGAAUGCAGUGGUACAAAAAUGACAAUAAGAUAACAGAUGGUGACAACUGUAGAACUUCAUUUGUUGACUCAGUGGCAGUCCUUGAGCUGUGCUCCACAAGAUCUGCUGAUGAUGGAGUAUACACCUGUGAGGCACAGAAUGAUGCUGGGGCUGUAAACUGCAGCACCAUCAUCACAGUGCAAGAUCCACCAAGUUUCAUGAAAGUACUGAAACCUGUAGAGGGGAUCAAAGGAAAAGAUGCUAUGCUAUACUGUGAACUGUAUGGCACAGAACCCUUUAAGAUAAUCUGGUACAAAGACAAAAAGCCACUUAAGGAAAGCAGGAAAUAUAAGAUGAUGAAUGAGAGUAGCUCUGCCACUCUCCAUAUUCUUGCAGUGGACCCCUCAGAUGUUGGUGAAUAUGAGUGCGGGGUCACAAACAAAGUAGGAUAUGAAAAAUGCCAUACAACAGUUACGCUCAGAGAAGCACCUGUUUUCGUGAAGAAACUGGUAAACCAGUCAGUCAAAUUGGGUGACGAAGUCACUCUGAUGGCCACCGUCAAAGGCUCUCAGCCUAUAACUGUUUCUUGGGUGCAAGAUAAGGAUCAUGUUCUUAGGGAUGGAGACAACCGGAAAAUCACAUUUGAGAACAGCGUGGUCACCCUGAAGAUCUUUAAGGCUGACCAAACCACAGGUGGCAAAUAUACCUGCCAACUCAAAAAUGAUUCUGGAGUUGUGGAAUGUGUUUCCAACCUCACUGUCUUAGAACCGGCUACCAUUGUGGAUAGCCCAGAGUCAUUCAAUGUCAAGGCAGGUGAUUCAGCAACUCUUGAAGUCACCGUAGCCGGAACACCAGAAUUGAAAUCUAAGUGGUUCAAGGAUGGUGUCGAGCUCUCCUCUGGCACCAAGCAUAAGAUAACCUUCUCAAAGAAUAUCUCCAGCCUGAAAGUCCUGUCGACAGAGAGAGUUGAUACAGGAGAAUACAAAUGUGAGGUCAAAAAUGAGGUUGGCAGUGUUUCCUGCAAGACAACCCUCACUGUCCUAGAUAAAAAGAUUCCACCCACAUUCAUCAGGAAACUGAGAGACACGCAUACUAUUGUUGGUAAACCUGGUGAAAUGGAAUGCAAAGUUGCAGGUUCUCCACCUUUCACUAUCUCUUGGCACCACAAUGGUCAGGAGAUCAAGAGUGGACCAAAUCACGAGAUUAUUUGCAGUGACAACACCUGCAAAGUUAAACUGCCAACUCUUAAGUUGUCAGACUCUGGAAAAUACACAUGCAAAGCCGUUAACACAGCAGGAGCCAGUGAAACAAGUGCUUCUAUGAUUGUACAAGAACCUCCAUCCUUUGUGGAAAAACCUCAGGCAAAGGAAGCUCUGCCUGGUGCAAAUGUAACAUUUUCAGCAACAGUCAAUGGAAGUGCCCCACUGAAACUUAAAUGGUUCAGGGGCACCAGGGAAAUUGUGUCUGGAAAGGGCUGUGAAAUUGCUCUCCAGGGCAAUGCAGCUACUUUGGAGCUAUACAAAGUGGCCAAAUCAGAUGCUGGAGAGUAUACAUGCCAGAUUAUUAAUGAUGCUGGGAAGGAAAGUUGCCCAGUUAAUCUGUUCAUGAAAGAACCAGUACAGUUUGUGAAGAAGCUGAAGGACAUGUCUUCUGAAAAGGGGAAACCUUUGAAACUUGAAUGCACAUACAAUGGAACUCCCAAAAUAUUUGUUACUUGGUUGAAAGAUGGGAAACAGCUCUAUGCCUCUUAUCAGUAUAACGUGUUGACCACAGAGACUUCCUGCGUCUUGGAAGUACUCAAUAGCGAUAGCAUGACUGCAAGUGGGAAAUACUCUUGCGAAGUUACCAAUGGAGUUGGAACUGAUAUCUGCCAUGCUCAAGUGACCUUAUUAGAACGACCAUUCUUUGUUGAGGAACUGGAACCAAUGCAAGUCACUUCUGGUGAUCCAGUUUGCUUGAAAUGCCGCAUUGGAGGAACCCCUGAUAUUAGUAUAUCCUGGUUCAAAGCUGACGGAAAGCUUUGUGCUACCAAUACUUGCCAAAUGGCAUUUUCAAAUGGCAUUGCAACUUUGAUACUAAGCAAACCGUCAAAGGUUGAUACUGGCGAAUACACAUGCAAAGCUGAGAACAGAAUUGGAUCUGCCUCAAACAGCUGCCGCUUAUCAGUGAAAGAUGUCAAAACACCACCUUCCUUCCCCAAGAAACUUACUAGUCUUGAACAGGCUGUGGGACAGCCAGUCAUAUUUGAGUGUCGUGUUGUAGGAUCCUCUCCUUUAGAAGUCUCCUGGCUAAAAGACAAUGGAUCUUUAAAAAAUGAUGGAGAAUACUUAAUGUCUUAUGAUGAUAACACUGCUGCCCUAAAAAUUGCACGAGGUGAAAUGAAACACUCUGGGGAAUACACUUGUAUAGCUACAAAUAGUGUUGGAACUGCAUCUUGUAAAGCUAAUCUCGAGCUUCAAAUUCAAGAACCAGUACACUUCAUCAAGAAGCUGGCAGACAUUUCAGUUGUCAAGGGCAAACAUUUGAAACUCGAAUGCACAUACUCUGGAACGCCCAGCAUAUUUGUCACCUGGCUGAAGGAUGGGAAACAACUCUAUGCCUCUUAUCAGUAUACUGUGACAACCACAGACACCUACUCUAUGUUGGACGUCCUUAACAGUGACAGUUUUGAGGCAGCUGGGAAAUACUCUUGCGAAGUUACCAAUGGAGCCGGAACUGAUAUCUGUCAUUGUCAAGUAAAAAUAGAGCGAAAAAUCUCCCCCAACUUCACCAAGAAGCCUGCAGAGACAAUGGAAGAUACAGAGGGUCAUUUGGUGAAGAUUGAGGGUCGUUUAUCUGGAUCUCAACCCAUUGACAUCGUUUGGUCCAAGAAUCACAGUGAAAUUCACGCCUCUGAUAAGUACGAAAUGGAAUUCAAGAGCAACGUGGCCAUGCUGCAUAUCAAGAGCUCCCAACUCUCGGACAGUGGUGCUUAUACCUGCACAGCCACCAAUGAAGCUGGUAGUGCCUCCUACCAAGUGUCACUUAACAUUUCAGAACACAAGAAGGGCCCAGUAUUCGACAUCCCUCUCAAACCUGUGACUGUAAACGAGGGUGAGAACCUGAAGCUUAGCUGCCAUGUCCAUGGAGCCCCUCCUCUGAAGAUUAAUUGGUUGAAGGAAAGGAAGGAGAUCAAAUCUUCCACAAACUGUAGAGUUGUUUUUUCUGAUGGCACUGCCUCUUUGGAGGUCCUCCGCACAUCGAAAACAGAUGCAGGGGACUAUCUCUGCAAGGCUACCAACGAUGUUGGAAGUGAAUUUGCAAGGUCCAGAGUGACAAUUAGAGAAAAAGAGGUCAAACCUGAGGCCACUGCUGCAGCCCCAGCUCCAGCAAAGACUCCAACAAAGAGAUUUGACAACUUGUUCUUUGUAGAUGAGCCCCAGAGUGUCAAUGUAACAGAGAAGGGCACUGCAACUUUCAUUGCCAAAGUUGGAGGUGAUCCUAUUCCUAACGUGAAAUGGAUGAAGGGCAAGUGGAGACAGAUCACUCAUGGUGGUCGCAUCACUAUUGAGCAGAAAGGCCCAGAUGCCAAGUUGGAGAUCAGAGAAAUAACCAAAUCUGACUCCGGACAGUACAGAUGUGUCGCAACUAACAAAGCAGGAGAAAUAGAAUGCAGCACUGACCUGAAUGUUGACGAAAGGAAAGACACCGGGGGAGUAGAUGGAGACUUCAGAGCAAAACUGAAGAAGACACCAUCCAAACAGAAAAGUCCAAAGAAGGAGGGAGAGAUUGACCUCGUGGAGAUUCUUAGGGGUGUAGACCCCAAAGACUAUGAAAAAGUUGUUAGAGAAUACGGAAUCACUGACUACCGUUGUCUUCUUCAGGCCAUUGAGCAGCUGAAGAGGGAGAAAGAAGCGGAAAGUGGAAAACCGGAAACUGAGCAUGGAGGAGAAUCUAAGGAUACGGCCAGGUUUAUGGCUGAGUUGCAAUCAAGAAUGCAGGCUGAGCCUGUCACUCUGGUGAGCGACAUCGAAGACCAAGAUACCACUCCAUUAAGCACAGCAACCUUUGAGUGUGACAUCAAGAUCAACUACCCUGAGAUCACCCUGUCCUGGUACAAGGGAACUCAGAAGCUUGACAACAAUGACAAAUAUGAAAUCAGCAUUGUUGGGGACCGUCACAUCUUGAAGAUCAAGCAGUGUCAAACCAAAGACCAGGGCAACUACCGUGUUGUAUGUGGCCCACAUAUCUCCAGCGCCAAAUUGACCGUUGAGGAUGGAGAUCAACAAGCUGGCAUAAUUCACUUCACCAAACGCAUCCGGAGCAUUGAAGUGAAUGAGAACCAAUCUGCUACCUUCGAAUGCGAGUUGUCCUUCGACAAUGCUAUCGUUACAUGGUACAAAGACACUUGGGGACUUAAAGAGAGCCCAAAGUAUAACUUCAGAAGUGAAGGCCGACGACACUUUAUGACCAUCCGCAAUAUAACCUCUGAUGAUGAAGGCGUUUACUCGGUGAUUGCGCGGUUGGAACCCAACGGUGAAGCUAAAAGCACAGCUGAACUUUACCUUUCAGGCAAAGAAAUUGAAUUAGGAAGGGUUCCUUUUGAUGUCCCAGAUUCAUCAAUACAAGCAUACAAAGAAGAAUCAGCUGAAUACUAUUAUGAAGAGAGGACAGAAAUGAGAGAAUUUGAGCGAGAAAUGCAAGAGAGUUGGGAAAUGCAAGAAGAAAAGAUAGAACUUCAGUUCUCUUCAUACACAGGAGAAAGGAUACCCGUUGAUGAAAGUGUUUCCAAAACUCAAGUGGGAACAAGAGAAGGAGUACCUAAAGUUCCUGAAGCUUACAAGAAACCUGAGGAAAGGCCAUCAGCUCCAGCUCCGACCAAAGUACCUGAAGCAAGGAGGCCUCAUGAAGAAAAGAUCACUCCACUGGUUGAACAUGAAAAGCCCUGUCCCACUCCUACAGAAGAAUAUGUUGAACCAAAGCGGCCCAUUUCACGACCAGAACCCAGCAAAGAUGUGCCUACACCCAUACCUCACAUGGCUACUGAGCCCAAAGUGGCCCCUGAGACAAAAAUGGCACCUGCAGCUAGGGUUGAAGCUCAACCAAAGCCAAAACCCAUUCCCACAAAGACACCAGAAGCUCCUCACCCCAAAGUUCCUGAGGAAUACCCCAAAGCUGAGCCCAUUAGAAAGCCAGAGUCACCUCCACAAGAGGAAAUUUCAAAAAAAGUGCCAGAAAUAAUCCUCAAGAAAGAAGAACCCACACCUCAACCACCUGCAGCUAAGGUUGUUCCCAAAAAAGUACCAGAGAUCACAAAGAAAGAAGAAUCUGCGAUUCCACCACCUAAACCUAAAGAUGUUCCCAAAAAGACAGACACUACUCCAACAAAAGUUAUCACGGAUGUUAAAACAACGGAGAGGCCAAAGACAGAUGCCGAUAAAAAGCUGGAAACUAGCAAGCCUAGGCCAGUUGCAGCACCAACUGCACCAACACCAACAGAUGCCGAUAAAAAGCUGGAAACUAGCAAGCCUAGGCCAGUUGCAGCACCAACUGCACCAACACCAACAGAGGCAGCUAAAAAAACAGCAAUGAGCAAAUCAGAGCCAGUUGCAGCACCAAAGGAAGAGGCAGUUAAAAAGCCACAGCAAGCAACUAGCACGGCAGAGCCAGUUGCACUAAAGGAAAUCCACACAGAGAAAGUUAAACAGAAGGAUGAGCCGCCUGUGAGAACACCAGUAACUAAACCUAAAAAGGAGGAUGAAGUUGCUGUCACAAAAGAAGUCCCCCAGAAACCAGAGAAAGUUACUCCAGCAGCAAAAUUAGAAGUCACACCUAAGCCCAAAGAAACCCCUGAAGUAAAAGCCAUCACAGUUCCUUCAACAACUGAGCUAACUGUAACAACAGAGACUGAAGCAAGGAAAGAUGUUUCAGUGAAGAGGGAUUCAGUAACUGAACAGCUGAAAGAAGUUUCACCAAACCUUGAUUCAGCUUCUGAAGUGUGGCAAGAACUUUCAGUGAAGAAGACUUCAGUAACUGAAAUGAGACAAGAAGUUUCAGUUAAGAGGGAUUCCGUGACUGAAACAUGGCAACAAGUUCCAGUGCAGAGGGAUUCUGUGACUGAAGUGCCACAAAAAGUUUCAGUGAAGGUGGAUUCAGUGGCUGAAAAGAGGCCAGAAGUUUCAGUGAAGAGAGAUUCAGUGACCGAAGCACGGCAAGUAGUUGCAGUGAAGAAGGCUUCAGUAACUGAAGUAAGGCAAGACGUUUCAGUGAUGAGGGAUCUUGUGACUGAAGCAGGGCAAGUUUCACAGAGAACAGGUUUCAUUGAGAAAAUUUCCCUGGCAGAGGAAGUUAGUUUCAGAGAAGAGGUAUCAUAUGGAGACAAAGCUAUGAUAUAUGAGAGAGAAAAGGAAUUGACUCAGAUAAACGUAAGGGAUGAUAUUUCUUUAGAAGAGGAAGAUAUACAACAAACUGAGAUAGUAAGGCAAGAAGUUCCAAUAAAGAAAAUAGAUGAUCAACCAAUUCAAGCCAUUGUUGCAAAGAAAGAGGAAGAUGCAACCCAAAGAGAUAGUGUUAGACACAUUGACCCAGCGACAGUGGUUCCACCAAAGAAAUCAGCUACUCCUACCACUAAGAAAGAAGCUAUCUUAAGUAUAAAGGUUAUUCCUCAAAGGAAAGUUGUCUCACCUAAGGUAGAAGCCAUUCCUUCUAAGAAAGCUGUCUUAUCUGAGGAAGAAGCCAUUCCUUCUAAGAAAGCUGUCUUAUCUGAGGAAGAAGCCAAUGCAUAUAAGAAAGCUGUUUCACCUAAAGUAGAUGUCAUUCCACCUAAGAAAGCUGUUUCACCUAAAGUAGAUGUCAUUCCACCUAAGAAAGCUGUUUCACCUAAAGUAGAUGUCAUUCCACCUAAGAAAGCUGUUUCACCUAAUGAAGAUGACAUCCCGUAUAAAACUAAAAUAUCACAGAAGACAAUCAAACAAAAGGAAAAAGAAGAAGAAGAGAGAGUUCAGCCUCCAACACCUCACAAAGACCAAAGGGUCGCCCCUGAAGUGGUCCCUGUUUCAAUUACAGAUGAUACCACUCGUCCACAAGAACCACCAGAGGAGAAGAAAAUCUCUCCUCCAACACCAAAGCCUUCACCUGCUCCCUAUGUAGAAAAAGUAUCAUCCCCUGAAGCGACACCAGACAAGAAAAUCUCUGCACCGAAGCCAAAGCCUUCAGAUGCCCCCCAUGUGGAGAAAGCUUCUCCCCCUGAAGUGAAACCAGUGCAGAAGAAAGCCUCCCCCCCACCACCUCAGAUACCAAAGCCUUCACCUGCUCCUCUUGUAGAAACAGUGUCUCCUACUGAAGCUGAAAAGAGAUCCUCUCCACCGAUGAAAACGCCUUCACCUGUUUCACCUAGUGCUUCCCCCCCUGAAGAUAAGGGCCCUGUAACAGCACCCGGGGGAGCUGGCAAAGAUGGGAAACCAAAAGAGGAUGCUGCCGGUAGAGGUAGAGGUAGAGGCAUUCAAGCUAAGCAAACCCCCUCACCUGGUGGUGGUCGGGGUAGAGGACUGAAGCCCGGUGCUGGAGGAGACAAACCCCCAGAUGCUAAUCCUUUUGGAUUCCAGCUCAAAGCAGUUCCACUGAAGUUUACGAGACCACUCAAAGACAUAGUGUUACAGGAGGCUGAAUCAGUCGGUGCUUCUGCAACGUUUGAGUGCGAGGUUUCGCCUUCUACUGCAAUUACUACAUGGAUGAAAGAUGACGCCAACAUAAGAGAGAGCCCAAAACACAAGUACUACUCGGAUGGCAAAGAUCGCAAACUGCUCAUCAUUGAUGUGCAAGUUUCUGACACUGGAGAAUAUACUUGUGUUGCCAAGCUGGGCAACAAGGAAAAGACAACAACCGCCAAACUAAUAGUAGAAGAAUUGCCAGUGAAGUGGGUAAAGACUCUGGAAGAGGAUGGUAUGUCGGUCCUCAAGAGUCAGCCUAUGUACCUGACCUGUGAGUUGAACAAAGAGAGAGAUGUGGUCUGGAAGAAGAGUGGUGUCCCUCUUAAAAACAUCCCUGGAAAAGUGGCUAUCAAUGUCAUUGGAAUGCAGCAUGCCAUUACAAUCCAGGACACAGGAGAUGACGACGCUGGCAUUUACGCUUGCGAGUGUGAUGACAUCAGGACUAAAACAGAUGUCAAAAUCAUUGAAAUUAUCAGAGACUGGUUGCAGAAACCAUUGAGAGAUCAGCAUGUGAAACCCAAGGCCACUGCCACUUUCAAAUGUGAGCUCUUCAAAGAAACCCCCAACUGGAAGUGGUUCCAUGGCGACAAGGAGAUUCCUAAUGAUCCUACUGACAAGACUGAGGUCAAGAAAGAAGGAAAACAACUGACUCUCAUAGUUAAGAAAGUAUCACCUGAUGAUAUUGGGCAAUAUGCCAUGGAGGUUGAAGGCCGCAGAUACACAGCUAACCUGACUCUUGGAGAACGUGAAGCUCAGAUCUUGAAGCCUAUCUCCAGUAUGGAGGUUGUUGAGAAAGAGGAGGUUACGUUUGAAACUGAAAUAUCUGAAGAGGAUGUGGCUGGAGAAUGGAAACUUAAAGGGCAAGUCCUGCAAAGAUCACCGACGGUUGAAAUCAAAUCUGAGGGCCAGAAACGUUUCCUCACUCUGAAAAAUGCUCAGCUUGACCAGUGUGGCGAAGUGUCUUAUCAAGCUCUGAACGCUAUCACGAGUGGGGUGCUCACAGUCACAGAACUGGAAAUGGACUUCACAGUCCCCUUGAAGGACGUGUCUGUACCUGAAAAGAAACAGGCUAUGUUUGAGUGUACUAUCACAAAGGAUGUGCCUAAAGUCAUGUGGUUAAAGGGGUCAGACAUCCUGUCGACAGGCGAUAAAUAUGACAUUAUUGAUGAUGGAAAGAAACAUAUAUUGGUCAUAAACAACAGUGAAUUUGAUGAUGAGGGACAAUACACUAUUGAAGUCUUGGGCAAAAAGUCAACAGCCCAGUUGACUGUGGAGGGUAUGAGGCUCAAAUUCAUAACACCACUAAAGGACCAAACUGCCAAGGAAGGUCAAACAGCUCGGUUUGAGGUUGAGCUCUCUCAUGAGAAUGUACCCCUGACAUGGUACAAAAAUGAAAUCAAACUCCAUGUGAGCAGGACCGUGCUCAUCCAUUUUGAAGGAAAGAAACACACCUUAGAAAUCAAGGAGUUGACUCUAGAUGAUACCUGCCAGAUUAAGGCAGAGGCUAAAGGAAUUCCCUCAACGGCAAACUUGACGGUGCUAGAGGGUGACGCAUACUUCACAGUGAAGUUGCAGGAUUACACCGCAGUCGAGAAGGACGAGGUCACUCUGGACUGUGAACUCAGCAAAGAUGUCCCUGUGAGGUGGUACCAUAAUGAGACUGAAAUUAAGGCCUCUAAGAUGGUAACCAUAAGGGCUGAGGGCAACAAAAGAACGUUGUCUAUCAAGAAAGUGGAAGGAAAAGACAAGGGACAAUACCUAUGUGAUUGUGAUACGGACAAGACCAUGGCAACCAUUAGCAUUGAAGCUCGUGAUAUCAAGGUAUCUCGCCCAAUGUAUGGUGUUGAGCUCUUCGAUGGCGAGACCGCUCGUUUUGAAGUGGAAAUCUCUGAAGAUGAUGUCCAUGGCCAGUGGAAACUGAAGGGAGAAACCCUUUCACCUUCCCCAGAUAUUGAAAUCAUUGAGGAUGGUGCCAAGCACACUUUCACAUUAUACAACUGCAAGGUCUCCCAGACAGGAGAGGUUGGAUUCACAGCUGCCAAUGCUAAGUGUACAGCCAACCUGAAAGUGAAAGAACUGCCACUGACCUUUAUCACACCUUUGAGUGAUGUGCAAGUGUAUGAGAAAGAUGAGGGAAGAUUUGAGGUUGAGAUUUCAAGACCAACCAAGACCUUCCGUUGGCUCAAGGGAUCUCAGGAGUUGGAAAAUGAUGACAAGUUUGAGAUUAUCCAUGAAGGAAAGAUACACACUCUGGUGGUCAAAAAGGCUGCAUAUGAGGAUGAAGCUAAAUACAUAUUUGAGGCUGAGGACAAGAGGACCACAGGAAAACUAGUUAUCCAAGGUAUACGCCUUGAGUUUGUCAAGCCCAUCAAGGAUGUCACAGUGAAGGAGCGUGAAACAGCAGAGUUCAGUAUUGAACUGUCACAUGACAAAAUCUCUGUCGUCUGGUACAAGAACGACGUCCGUCUGCACCCCAGCAAGGUUGUGCACAUGUCAGACAAUGGCAAAAUGCACACCUUGACUUUCAAGCAGGUGUCCAUUGAUGACACAUCCAUGAUCAAAGUAGAAGCCUUGGGCAAGAGCUCUGAGGCCAUGCUCACUGUUCUUGAGGGAGAACCUUACUUUGUCACAAAACUGCAAGACUACACUGCCGUUGAGAAGGACGAAGUGAUGCUGGUUUGUGAACUUAGCAAGACCUCUGCUGAGGUGAAAUGGUUCAAGGACGGCCAGGAGAUCAUGCCUAGCAAGAAUCUGAUCAUUAAAACCGAUGGAAAGAGGCGUUUGCUGACAGUGAAGAAAGCAGAGAAGGGCAACAUUGGAGAGUACACUUGCGAUUGUGGUUCUGAUAAAACCACAGCCAGGCUGGACAUUGAGGAGCGUGACAUUAAGGUUGUUCGUCCACUGUACAGCGUGGAAGUGACAGAAACUGAAAUUGCCAAGUUUGAGACCGAGAUCUCUGCCGAUGAUGUCCACGGUCACUGGAAACUCAAAGGAGAGGCCCUUCAUCAGUCUCCUGACUGUGAGAUUAAGGAGGAGGGUACUAAGCAUGUCCUUAUCCUGUACAACGUUCGCAUGGAUCAGGCCGGAGGUGUCGACUUCCAGGCUGCCAAUGCUAAAUCCAAUGCUCAGCUCAGAGUUAAAGCGCGGAGUAUAGGGCUUAUGCGGCCUCUCAAGGAUGUUACUGUUACUGCCGGGGAGACCGCCACUUUCGACUGUGAACUUACUUAUGAAGGAAUCGUUGUAGAAUGGUUCUUGGGAAGCACCAAGAUGGAGCUAGGUGAAAGGGUGGUCACCAGAGCAGAAGGCAAAGGACACAGCCUAACUAUCAGAAAUGUCAAGCUGACAGAGGCUGGGGAAGUCAGGCUCACUGCAAAGGACUUCAAGACCCAGGCCAAACUCAUUGUCAGGGAGCCACCAGUUGAGUUUACCAAACCUCUGGAGGACCAGACAGUUGAGGAAGAGGCCACUGCUUCAUUGGAGUGUGAAGUCUCCAGGGAGAACGCUGAGGUCAGGUGGUUCAGAGACACACAGGAGAUCCGCAAAACUAAGAAAUAUGACCUUAUUGUUGAUGGCCGAAAGAGAAGACUCAUCAUUCAUGGCUGUACUCUAGAUGACUCAAAGACAUAUACAUGUGAUGCUAAAGAAUUCAAAACCUCUGCUUUCCUGAAUGUUGAACCUCCACAUGUUGAGUUCUCUAAGCCACUCCAUGAUGUUGAGGUCAAAGAAAAGGAAAAUGCCAGAUUUGAGUGUGAGGUGUCUCGUGAGAAUGCCAAGGUUAAAUGGUACAAGGACGGCAGCGAGAUCAGAAAGGGAAAGAAAUACGAGAUCAUUGCCAAUGGUGUCAAGCGUAUCCUUGUGGUCACCAAGACAGUCUUCGAUGAUGAAGCAGAGUACGAAUGUGACGCUAAGACCUCCAAGUCCUCUGGCAUGCUGACAGUUAUUGAGGAAGAGGCUAAGUUUACCAAGAACCUGUCUAAUGUGGAGGGAACAGAAACAGACAGUGUGAAGAUGAUUUGUGAAGUGUCGAAGGCCAGUGCUGAGGUCACCUGGUGGAAGGGAGACCAGGAACUGCCAGAAGGAGGAAGAUAUGAACAGGUCACGGAUGGAAGGAAGAGAAUCUUCAUUAUUCAAGAUCUCAAGAUGGAGGACGCUGGAGAGUUUAACUGCAGACUGCAUAACGCCAAGACAUCUGCAACAUUAACACUGAAUGAACUGGCUGCGGAGUUCAUUGCCAGGCCUCAGAGUCUUGAGGUGGUUGAGGGAGAAAAGGCUGAAUUUGUCUGCUCAGUCUCUAAAGACACCUAUGAAGUCAAAUGGCUGAAGGGUGACAAGGAGAUUGUAUCCGGAGAUAAGUAUGACGUCGUCUGUGAUGGCAAGAGAAGAGCACUGAUAGUGAAGAAUUGUACACCACAUGAUGAAGGAGGCUAUGUCGCCUUCAUUGGGACUACCAAAGCCUCAGCUGACUUGUUUGUCAUUGAGAAACUCAGAAUCAUCACACCCAUCAAGGAUAUGCAAGUGAAGGAAGGACAGGAGAUCAUUUUCAACUGUGAGGUGAACACUGAGGGAGCUAAAGCUAAGUGGCUGAAGAACGAGGAGACCAUGUUUGAGAGCAGCAAGUUUGUCAUGAUCCAGAAAGACAAUGUGUUCUCUCUGAGGAUCAAGGGUGCUCAGAAGGCAGACGAAGCCACGUAUACUAUUACAUUGACAAAUCAUCGUGGUGAACAUGCCAAGAGCGAUGCCAAUGCCAAAGUACAAGAGGAGAAGCUCAAGAUUAUUGAGCCUCUUGAGGACUGUGAGACACAAGAGAAGAAGACCAUCAGCUUCACUUGCAAGGUGAACAGACCUGAUAUCACCAUCAAAUGGAUGAAGGCUGGUCAGGAGAUCACCAUGAGCAAACGAAUCCUGUACCGUGUGGAGAAAGAUAAGCACACACUGACCAUCAAGGACUGUGUCAUGGACGAUGAGGGUGAAUACACCGCCAUGGCUGGUGAUGACAAGUGCACUGCUGAGCUGAUCCUCAACGAAGCUCCCACUGACUUCUCCACACCACUCAAAGACCAGACCAUCACUGAGUUUGAGGAUGCUGAGUUUUCUUGCAAGCUGUCUAAAGAGAAGGCUGUUGUUAAAUGGUACAGGAAUGGUCGUGAGAUCAGAGAGGGACCCAGAUACUCAUUUGAGAAAGAUGGCAGGAUUUGCAAACUCAAGAUCAAGAAGUGCAGACCAGACGAUGAGUGUGAAUAUGCCUGCGGCGUGGAAGACAGGCGAUCCAGGGCACGCCUCUUUGUUGAAGAGACCCCAGUUGAGAUCGUCAGACCACCUCAGGAUGUGUUUGAGCCUCCAGGCUCAGAUAUUGUGUUUGAGGUGGAGCUCAACAAAGACAGAGUUGAGGUCAAAUGGAUGAGGAACAACAUGAUCAUCGUCCAGGGUGACAAGUACCAGAUGAUGAGCGAGGGCAAGGUCCACAGACUCCAGGUGUGUGAGGUCAGGCCUCGGGACCAAGGAGAGUACAGAGUCGUUGCCAAGGAGAAGGAUGCCAGAGCCAAGCUGGAACUGGCAGCUGUGCCAAAGAUCAAGACAACUGAUCAGAACCUGGUCACAGACGCUGGAAAGCCUUUUGUCAUGGCGAUCCCCUACGAUGCCUAUCCUCGUGCAGAGGCUGAGUGGUUCUUCGACAUAGUUAGCCUGCCUGUGCAGAACAUUGACACCUCCGCAGACAAGACAGAAUACAGGCUGAAGAGCCCCAAAAAGACAGAUCAGGGCAGGUACAAGAUCGUCAUCAAGAACAAACAUGGACAGGGAGAGGCAUUCAUCAAUCUGGAUGUUAUUGAUGUCCCUGGACCUGUGAAGAACCUCAAAGUGGUUGACACCGCCGACGGUGAGGUCAGCCUGGCCUGGGAAGAGCCAGAGAGUGAUGGUGGCAGCAAGAUCAUUGCAUAUGUGGUGGAGAGGCGUGAUAUCAAGCGCAAGACAUGGACCCUUGCCACUGACCGUGCUGACGCUCCAGAAUACUCUGUUAGCGGUCUCCAGAGGGACAACAAGUACCUCUUCAGAGUAUGUGCUCGCAACAGAGUGGGCAGUGGACCCACUGUGGAGACAGACGAAGCUGUCCAGGCCAAGAAUAAGUUUGAUGUGCCAGAGGCACCUGAGGAUGUUGUGGUUGGCAUCGUGAACAGGUUUGGAGCCACAGUCUCCUGGGAAAAACCAAAGUCUGAUGGUGGAUCUGAGAUCACCUCCUACAUCAUUGAGUUCCGUGACAGGACCUCUGUGAGCUGGGAGGUAGCUAUGAUCGCCAAGGCUCUGGACCGCACAGCCACUCUCACUGAUGUCGUUGAGAACAAGGAAUACAUCUUCCGUGUCAAGGCUGAAAACAAGGCUGGCAUUGGAAAGCCAAGUGCUGCUACCGAUCCAGUUAAGAUCAUGGACCCCAUUGAGAAACCAAGCCCACCAUUGAACUUCAACUACACUGACCAGACAAAGAACUCUGUCCAGCUGACAUGGGAGACCCCCGCCAGCAAUGGAGGAAGCAUGAUCACUGGCUACAUUAUUCAGAAGUGUGAGGAUGGAACAGACAAGUGGCUCAGAUGCAAUGCCAGGCUCUGUCAGGACCUUAACUACAAGGUAUCUGGACUGAAGCAGGGGAUGCAGUACCACUACAGAGUGUGUGCAGAGAACGCAGCCGGAGUUUCAGAUCCAGCUGAUAAGCUUGGACCUCUCUUGGCAGACGAUUGUCAUGUUGGACCUUCCAUGGAUCUCAGUGGAUUUAAGGAUGGCCUGGAGGUCAUUGUUCCUCAUCCACUUGUUAUCCGCGUCCCUCUUCUUGGAUAUCCCACACCCACCGCCAAGUGGAGCUGUGGUGAUAAAGAGCUCACUGCUGGUGACCGUGUGUCCAUGGUUACAAGGAGCACCUACACAGAACUGACAGUGGCUCCAAGUGUGCGUCCAGACAAAGGCACAUACACUCUGCACCUGGAGAAUGAUGUGACCAGUGCCUUUGGAGAGAUUGAAGUCAAUGUUAUUGCAUCACCAAGUGCACCCAAAGACUUCAAGGUUUCCGAGGUGACAAGACACCAUGUCCACCUGAUGUGGGAGGCGCCAGAGCAUGAUGGAGGAAGCCCAGUUAUUGGCUACCAAAUUGAAAAGAAGGAAGUGUCCCGCAAGACCUGGGUCAAGGUUUGCAUGGGUGUACAGGACCUGGAGUUCACUGUGGCAGAUGUCAUUGAAGGCAAAGAGUAUUUGUUCAGUGUUACUGCAAUCAACAAGUGUGGCCCAGGAGAGCCUGCCUACAUUGACGAGCCAGUCAAUGUGUCCUCGCCUGCCACUGUGCCGGAUCCACCUGAGAACCUGAAAUGGAGAGACAAGUCAGGAAAGGGCAUCUUCCUGUACUGGGAGCCACCCAAGUACGACGGCGGAGCUUCAAUCAAGAGCUACGUUGUAGACAAAUGCCAGCGUGGCACAGACAAGUGGGAGCCAUGUGGAGACCCACUGCCUGAGCUGAAAUUCCAGGUGACAGGUCUGAUUGAGGGACAGUGGUAUGCCUACCGUGUGAGGGCCAUCAACAGGCUGGGAGCAGGCAAACCCUGCAGGGCUACAGAUGAGAUCCUGGCUGUUGAUCCCAAAGAGCCUCCAGAAAUUCAACUGGACGUGAAGUUGCUGGCUGGUUUGACCGCCAGAGCCGGAACCAAGAUUGAGCUUCCAGCUGAUAUUGUCGGAAAGCCCGAACCCAAGGUAAAAUGGACCAAGGCUGACCUGGUCCUGAAGGGAGAUGAUCGCAUCACCAUCGAUACCAAGACGGGAAACUCCACUUUGUCUAUCGCCAAAACUGUCAGAGAAGACACAUCUACCUACAUCAUUGAGGCAGUCAACAGCAGUGGUCGUGCUACCGCAACUGUUGAUGUCAACAUUCUUGAUAAGCCUGGUCCUCCAGCUGCGUUUGAUAUCUCUGAGAUCACCAACCACUCCUGCUACCUGGCCUGGAACCCUCCCAGAGAUGAUGGAGGUUCUGUCGUCACCAACUACAUUGUGGAGCUCAGACCCUUCGACAAAGAGGAGUGGACCAAACUGUCAUCCACUGUGAAACAAACCACCUUCAAUGCCACCAAACUCACCCCUGAAAAGGAAUACGUCUUCAGAGUACAAGCUGAGAACCAGUACGGCAUCGGCGCCCCUAAUGAGCAUGUGCCAAUCAUCGCCAAAUACUCCUUUGAUCCUCCUGGUGCUCCAUCCAGAUUGCAGCCUUCUGAUAUUGCUAAGGACUCUUUGACUCUGACAUGGUACGAGCCUGAUGAGGAUGGUGGCAGUCCUAUCACUGGGUACUGGAUCGAGAGGUUCGACCCAGAAAAUGACAAAUGGAUCAGAUGCAACAAGCUGCCCAUCAAGGACAUCACCUUUAGGGUGAAGGGCCUGCCUACCAAGAAGAAGUACAAGUUCCGUGUCUUGGCUGAGAAUCUUGCAGGACCAGGAAAACCAAGCACCGAGACUGAUCCAGUCUUGGUCAAGGAUCCAAUUGAUCCUCCAUGGGCUCCUGGCAAACCCUUCAUCAGAGAAAUAGCUAAGACAUCUGCCUCCCUGCAAUGGACCAGGCCAGAGCACGACGGCGGUGCCAAGAUCGAGGGUUACAUCAUCGAGUUCCUGAAGACUGGUACCGAAGCAUGGAUCAGAGCAGCAGAGGACGUGCCCCAGACUGAGCACUUCCUGAAGGGUUUGAUGGAGAAACAGGAGUACUCAUUCAGAGUCAAGGCCGUCAACUGCGCAGGAGAGAGUGAGCCCAGUGACCCAAGCGAUCCUGUGGUCUGCAAGGAAAGACUCUAUCCUCCAUCACCUCCUCAAUGGCUUGAGGUGGCCAACAUCACAAAGAUCAACGCUGAGCUGAAGUGGCAGGCUCCUGACAACGACGGUGGCUCUCCAAUCACCAACUACGUUGUUGAGAAGAGGGAUGUCAGGCGUAAGACCUGGACUGCGGUGGACACCACUGUGAAGGAGCUGAAGUACACUGUCACUCCACUGAAUGAAGGCUCUCUCUAUGUGUUCCGUGUGGCUGCUGAGAACGCAGUCGGACAGAGUGAUUACUGUGAACUGGAAGACUCUGUUCUAGCUAAAGAUACUUUCACCACUCCUGGGCCACCCUAUGCCUUGACUAUUGUGGAGGUGUCCAAGAGACACGUUGAACUGAAAUGGGAAGCUCCAAAGAGUGAUGGUGGGAGACCCAUUACAAAGUAUGUCAUUGAGAAGAAAGAGAAACUUGGAACCCGCUGGGUGAAGUCUGGAAAGACCCCUGACGCUCUGUGUACCUACAAAGUCACAGACGUGGAUGAGGGCACUGAGGUUCAGUUCCAGGUCCGUGCUGAGAAUGAGGCUGGUGUUGGGCACCCUAGUGAACCAACAGAAGUAGUCACCAUUGAGGAUGCUACAAGUCCACCAUCUCCUCCUGUUGACUUGGUCAUAGUUGAUGCCAGUAGAGAGCAUAUCAACAUUACCUGGAAGGUACCAUUGAAGAAUGGAGGUAGCCCCAUCACAGGAUACCAUGUUGAGCUCCGAGAGGCUAAAGCUGAGAAGUGGAUGAGAAUCAACACUCGCCCAGUCAAGGAGCUCAAAUACAAAGCAGAGGAAAACAUCAAGCCAGAGAAACAAUAUGUCCUGAGAGUCCGUGCCAUCAACUCUGUUGGUGUCAGCGAUCCUUCUGCCAUUUCUGAGAAGGUCUUUGCCAAGGAUCCAGACAGUAUUCCUACUAUGGAUAUGGAGGCCCUAGACAUUGUGGUGGUUGAGGGUGACAAGCUGCAUAUCAACAUCCCAUACAAUGCCGUCCCCAAACCAGAGAUGGUCUGGAGCAAAAUCAUCCACACAGAUACUGCCUCUGACACAAAGUUACAGAAUGACGACAGACGGUUGAUGACUUGUGAGCUCAACAGUGUUCACCUGGAAGUGAUGAAGUGUGUGCAUGAUGAUGCUGGAGAAUACUCCGUCACUCUGGAGAAUGCGAUUGGAACAGCCACCAGAAUCAUCAACGUUAAAGUUAUUGGUCUGCCCGGCCAAUGCAAGGACAUCAAUGCAGAUGAGAUCACUAAGAACUCCUGCAAGCUGACAUGGGAGGCUCCAGAGAGUGAUGGUGGUACUCCAAUUCUCCACUACGUUCUGGAGCGUAGAGGGGCUUCUAAUAAGACUUUCAGGCCUCUGAUGUCAGGAGAAAACAUCCUGACCUACCAGGUCAACGAUCUCAAGCUGAACGAAGAAUAUCACUUCCGGGUCAAGGCUGUCAACAAGGUCGGCUCUGGGCCAUUCCUGGAGCUCCGCAACCCUGUCAUCACUAUGGAAGUGAAACAGAAACCAGAUCCACCCAUUGAUGUUGAGGCUCAUGAUCCAACCGCCAACUCUAUCACACUGACCUGGAAACCACCAGUGUCUGACGGUGGUUGCGCCAUCACUGGCUACAUCCUGGAAUGCAUUGAGAAGGAUGGUGAUAGAUUCCAGAGAAUCAACCCAUCCCUGGUGCCUGGUUUCACCUAUGUGGUGAAAGAUAUGACAGAAGGCAAAGAGUAUCAGUUCCGUGUUCGCGCUGAGAACGCUGCUGGAGUCAGCGAGCCGUCUCGCAGCACUCCACUGACCAUGAUCGCUGCUCCCGUUGAAAAACCCAAGGUGUCCCUCCAUGCUCGCCUGCAGCACGGCCUGUGCAUCAGGAAGGGUGAAGAGAUCCGCCUGGACGCCUACAUCUCUGGCGCUCCAUACCCAACUGUCACCUGGCUCAGGAACAACGAAGACGUCAAGAAUGUACCAGAGAAGAAGCCAGUACUGCCUAUUCUGAAGAAGAAGGGGGCCAAGGUUGAACCUGAAGAACCUGAGGUGUUUGUAACCCCUCUUCAUGAGCGUCUUUCUUAUGCUGUAAAGAAGGGCGAGACCGCAAUCAUGGUGCGAGACUCCAUCAGAGCUGACCACGGUCACUUCUGCAUCCAGGCCGAGAACUCUCAUGGUGUUGCAACUGCAUACUGUGACGUCAACGUCCUUGAUAAGCCUGGACCUCCAGUGAACUUUGUCUUUGAGGAGAUCAGGGACACCUCUGUCAUCUGCAAGUUCGACCCUCCUCUUGACGAUGGUGGUAGUGAGAUCCUGAACUACAUCCUUGAAAAGAAAGACAACAAGAAUGAAGAUAUUGGAUGGAUCACGGUAACUUCAACCCUCAAGGUUUGCAACUAUCCUGUUACCAAACUGAUUGAAGGAAAGGAGUACAUCUUCCGUAUUACCGCUGAGAACAAGUUUGGCUGCGGACCUUCAUGUCUCUCUGAGCCAGUCGUUGCCAAGAACCAAUUCGAUCCACCCGAUGCUCCAAACACACCCAGAAUUGGAGAGGUGACUGCCAACAGUGUGUUCAUCUCCUGGCAUGAGCCCAAGGACAACGGUAGUCCCAUCCUGGGCUACUGGAUCGAGAGGAAGGAAAUGAACAGCAAACACUGGACUAGGGUGAACCGAUUCCUGCUCAAUACCCUCUCUGUGAAGAUUGAGGGUCUUAUGGAAGGCCUGGUAUACAUAUUCAGAGUCUGUGCAGAGAAUCUGGCUGGCCCCGGACCCUUCAGUGUCCCAACUGAUCCCCAGAUUGCUAUGGAUCCAAUCUUGCCACCUGGCCCACCCACUCCAAGAGUUAUUGAUACAUCUGCGACAACAGUUGAUAUCGCCUGGGUUCCCCCCCUGUACAAUGGAGGAGGAGAUAUACUUGGCUACCAUGUUGAGAGUGUUCUGGCUGGAGAGAAGGAAUGGAAACGUAGUACAGAGUUCAGAUGCAAGGAGCUGAAGUAUACAGUGACUGGGCUGACAGAGGGCGCUGACUAUUACAUCCGGGUUAUUGCUGUCAAUGAUGCCGGACCGGGUGCACCUGGCAUGACUGAACCAGUCACUGUGAAGGAGCCUCAAGAGCCCCCAGUGGUUGACUUUGAUGCCUCUGUGAAGAACGGAGUCAUCAUCAAAGCCGGCGAGGCACUGAGACUGCCAGCUUUCGCCAUCGGCAGACCACAACCGGAAGUGAAAUGGAUGAAGGAUGAGGUUGAAACUGACAAAGAGCAUGUUGUGAUCGAAACAGAAGGAAAGAACAGCCUUCUGUUCAUCAAGUACGCCAAGAGAACUGAUCACGGAAAGUACCAGAUCUCUGGAACCAACAGCAGUGGAACCAAAUCUGCUGUCACUAGAGUUGACGUCAUGGAUGUCCCUGGGCCUGUGGUUAAUCUGAAGACUACUCAUGUCACCAAGAAGAACAUCAGCUUGAGCUGGGCAGAUCCUCUAGAUAACGGUGGCAGCGAUGUCAUCGGCUACGUAGUGGAGAAAAAGGAUGCAAAAAUGAAGCUAUUCAGACAACCUAUCGAGAUUGCUUCAUGCAAGUGUGACAUUCAGGGUUUGCUUUCAGAGGAAGAGUACGAUUUCCGUGUUUUUGCAAGGAACAAGUACGGUGAUGGCGCCCCAACGGACAUUGGGCCUAUUCUGGCUUCGGAUCCCAAAGCUGUUCCAUCUCCACCAUUGAAACUGCACUACACCGAAAGGUGGACUACUGCUAUUGCUCUUGCUUGGGAGCCACCUCGCAGCGAUGGAGGUAGCCCAAUCACGGGUUACUAUGUUGAGAAGAUGAGAGCAGAUGGAACUGAGUUUGACGUGGCCAAUCGCAAGCUCUGCAAAGACUUACACAUCAAAUUGGAGAACCUAUCAGAGAACCACGUGUAUCAGUUCCGUGUGUUUGCCGUGACUGAGGUGGGAGAGGGCGAACGCUCCAAACCAAUCAGUGCUAACAUUCAGGAUGAUGAAAUUCCCCCCGAAAUCUCAAUCUUGGAGCAUUUCAAGAGAGAUACAAUCAUUGUGAGGAAGGGAGCAGCAAUUGAGAUCCCUGCUGAGGUGGUGGGUCUGCCAAUGCCAGAGGUUCAGUGGUCUAAGGAUGACGUCGUCAUCCCCAUGGCUACUGAGACACUGUUGAUGGAGUUCGAGGAGGUGGCCCGCACCAAAUGCACCACCAAGAUCAGCAUCCCUGAGACUAUCAGAGGAGACAAGGGAGACUACAAACUGGCUGCCACCAACUGCCAUGGCAAAGCACACCGCAUCAUCCAUGUGGAGGUUCUAGACCGCCCUCUGCCACCACGUGACAUUGUGGUGUCUGACAUCCAGGCUGAGUCUUGCUAUCUGACUUGGGCGGUCCCAGAGGACGACGGGGGAAGUGAGAUCACCAACUACAUCAUCGAAAGGAGGGACGCCAGCAGGAAGAAGUCUGACUUUGAGCAGCUCACCUGCAAUAUCAUUGAUAGGAGAUAUGGGGUGUACAAAAUGGACAGAAUGGGCCAGUACCAAUUCAAAAUCAAAGCUGAGAACAAGUUCGGAAUCAGUGACGGUUGUGAAUCCGAGAAGGUCGUUCUCAAGGAUCCAUUCGGUCUUCCUGGUCCACCUCGCAAACCAAAGGUCAUCGCAGCAACUUCCACUACUAUGACGAUCACCUGGGAGCCUCCACUGCAGAACGGUGGCUCCUCCAUUCAGGGAUACUGGCUGGAGAAAAGAGAGAGAGGAGCUGGGAUCUGGGGUCGUGUGAACAGAGCUCCAGUCACCAAGCCUGCAGUGAAGGGUUUGGAAUACACAGUCCUCCGCCUUAACGAAGGGGCUGAGUACCAGUUCAGAAUUAGGGCUCAGAAUGCUGCUGGAAUCGGACCUCCCAGUGAAGCAUCUCCAUGUCAAUUCGCUGUUGAUCCACGCAAUCCCCCUAGUGCACCGGGAAUGCCAGUUGUUAAGGACAAGACCAAGACCAGUGUCACUCUCACCUGGACCCCACCAGAGAAAGAUGGCGGCAGCCCAGUCAAGGGCUACAUCGUUGAGGUUCAGGACACAGACUCCCUGGAUUGGAAGAGAGUCAGUGACCCUGAGAAGCUGCACCCUACCACUGAGAUCACUGUUCCAGACCUGAAAGAAGGCCAGAAGAUCAGAUUCAGAGUCACUGCUGUCAACGCUGCUGGCAAAUCUGAACCAAGCGCACGUUCUGCUGACAUCACUGUCCAGGACAUCUUAACUGAACCAAACAUUACUCUGGAGGUCAGCGCCCAUGAGCUGUUGUCCUGCAGAGCUGGAACUACCAUUAAAAUACCAGCUCUCAUCACUGGCCGUCCCACUCCUAAAGUUACAUGGGAGUUCAAGGAUGGAACAGCAGAGACCGAGAAGAAGAAUGACAUCCAUAUCCUUCCAAUCGAUUCAAAGAUCGUGUCAACUGAUACAACAUCAGUCAUUACCAUCCCUGAGAGCCACCUCAAACAUGCCGGACGUUACAUCAUCACAGCGGAAAAUGCAGCUGGACACAAGAACAUGAAAGUCAGAGUCAAUGUCCUUGAUCUGCCUGGCCCACCCAAAGACCUCAAAGUCACAGACAUCACAAGAGGCACAUGUAGACUUACAUGGAAGGCUCCAGAUAGUGACGGUGGUGAGAGGAUCAAGAGUUACUUCAUUGAGAAGAAGACUGUGGAAGGAAAAGCUUGGACCAAGUGCAACCCAGCCUGUGCCGCCCAGUCCUUUAUUGUGCCCGAUCUCAUUGAGGGACAGGAUUACCUGUUCCGUAUCCGGGCGGAGAACCGCUUUGGAUUUGGACCACUAGUUGAGACCAUUGAAUGUUCAAAGGCUAGAGAUCCUAUCCAUCCUCCUGAUGCUCCCACAAGGGUAAAGAUUCAAGAAGUGACUAAGGGCACAGCCACCCUGACUUGGAAGCCACCCAGGAAUGACGGUGGAGCUCCAGUGACACACUACACUGUUGAACGUCUGUGCUGGGACAGUAGUGGAUCUCAGAAGCAGUCCUGGAGACAGUGCAACAGACGUGAUAUUGAAGACCUCACCUUCAAGGUUGAGGAUCUGACUGAAGGAGAAGAGUAUGAGUUCCGUGUCAAGGCCGUGAACGAAGCCGGCCCCAGCAGACCAUCAUCUACUGUUGGACCAGUUGUCAUCCAAGACCAGACACGUGCUCCUGCUAUUGACCUGGAGGAGUUCAUGGAGGUUGAACAAGGAGCUGAUAUCAGCAUCAAGGCAAAGAUCAGGGGCUGUCCAUUCCCCACUCUCACCUGGCUCAAGGCUCCAGCCCACAAGGGUGACGACAAGGUUGAGGUUGCAUAUGACGAGCACAUCAACAAGAUUGUGUCUGAUGAUAGCUGUGUACUGCUGAUCCAGCAGGGAAAGCGCUCAGAUACAGGCCUCUACACUAUCACAGCCAGUAACAGCCUAGGAAAGGCCUCCAAGGAGAUGAGACUCAACGUCUUGGGACGUCCUGGACCACCAUCCGGUCCUGUGAAGUUUGAGGAGGUCGACGCUGAGAAGAUCACCCUGUCAUGGCUGCCACCUAAGGAUGACGGUGGCUCCAAAGUGACCAACUACGUCAUUGAGAGGCGUGUAGCCAACAGGAAGACAUGGAUCCCUGUGACCAAUGAACCCAAGGAGCGUAUCUGGACGGUGGAGGGCCUGAUGGAAGGGCAUGAGUAUGUGUUCCGAAUUUGUGCUCAGAACAAAUAUGGAGUUGGAGAGCCUCUGGACAGUGAACCUGAAGAAGCCAGGAAACUCUAUGCUGUUCCCGGCCAAUGUGAAAAGCCAACCAUUUCAGCUGUUGACCAUGAUUCCAUGAUGGUCAACUGGGAAGAGCCAGAAGACGAUGGAGGCAGUCCAGUGACUGGCUAUUGGCUGGAGCGUAAGGAAACCACCUCUAAGCGCUGGAACAGGGUGACGCGCGACCCCAUCCGGGCCAUGGCUUUCGGGGUGUCCCAUAAUGUGACUGGACUCAUUGAGGGGUCACAGUACCUCUUCCGGGUCACAGCUAUCAACGCAGCAGGAUGUGGACCUCCUAGCGCGUGCACCGACCCCAUCUUCGCCAGAGAUCCUAUCUCUGUCCCUGGACCUCCAACACCAAAGGUCACAGACUGGACCAAGUCAUCAGUGGAUCUAGUCUGGAUCCCACCUCUGAAGGAUGGUGGAUCUAAGAUCACGGGAUACAUUGUUGAAUACUCAGAGGAUGGAACAGACAAAUGGGUUAAAGCUAAAGACAAGGAGCACAGAAGCACCAAGUUGGUCAUUACUGGGUUGAAGACCGGUGGAUUCUACAAGUUUAGAGUGACAGCGUUGAAUGCUGCAGGCCCCAGCGAACCCGGUGAAGUCCCAGACGCUAUUAAGGUUGAAGACAGGACAAUUGCUCCUGAGGUUGACCUUGAUGCCACAGUGAAGGAAAGGAUGGUGGUCCAUGCCGGUGGUGUGAUCCGCAUCCUGGCCUUUGUGUCUGGCCAGCCUGCUCCAAAGAUCACAUGGAGCCGUGAUGACGGUGCUCUACCACCAGAAAGUGCAGUUGAGACCACCGCCAUCAGCUCAUCGCUGGUCAUCAAGCCCUGCACCAGGAGACACCAAGGAGUCUAUACUCUGACUGCUGCUAACUCAGGAGGAGAAAAGAAGAGAUCUAUCAUUGUUGAUGUCCUGGAUGUCCCUGGUCCAGUUGGCGUACCCUUCACCUCCGAGAACCUCACUAGCGACUCCUGCAAGUUGAACUGGUUUUGUCCUGAGGAUGAUGGUGGUUCUGCCAUCACCAACUACAUCAUUGAGAAGCGUGAUGCGGAGAGGAAGGCCUGGACUGCCCUGUCCUACACAGUCACCAGACACAAUGCUGUGGCCCACGGACUGCAGAAUGGAAAAGCUUACUUCUUUAGAAUCGCAGCUGAGAACUCCAUUGGAGUUGGACCUUUUGUUAACACCGCAUGUGAAAUCAUCAUAAAGGAUCCCAUCACCGUUCCAGACCGCCCAGAGGACCUUGAAGUAACAGCAGUUCAUAAAGACUAUAUCAGCUUAACAUGGAAACCUCCUGUGUCUGACGGAGGGUCAGAGGUCACCAAGUACAUCCUGGAGGCCCGUAUGAUCGGCAAGGACAAGUUCACACGUCUGACAAAGGAGAAACUGAUGGAGAGGAGAUUCACCUACGACGGUCUGAGAGAUGGGGACACCUAUGAGUUCAGAGUUAGCGCUGUGAAUGAAAUUGGGCCCAGCAAGCCAUCGUUCUGCACCAAACCAAUCACCUGCAAAGAUGAACUUGAACCACCAACCAUUGAGCUUGACUUCCGUGACAAGAUCAUCAUCCAUGUUGGGGAGAGCAUGGCUCUCCAGGGUCGCUACACCGGAAAGCCCUCUCCAUCUAUCAUGUGGUACAGAGAUGACGAAGAGCUGAAAGCCGAUCAGCACAUCAAGUUCAAAAACUCACUGACCACCAUGACUUUAGGCCUUAUGAAAGCCAAGCGCGAGCACAGCGGCAGAUACUGCGUGCUGGUUGAAAACAGCACCGGCUCUCGAAAGGGCAUUUGCAAUGUGACUGUUGUAGAUCGCCCAACACCACCAGUGGGUCCAGUCAUCUUUGAUGAAGUUCACAGAGAGUUUAUGGUGAUCUCUUGGAAACCUCCUAUUGAUUCUGGCGGAGUGGACGUGUCCAACUACAUCAUUGACCAGAGAGACGUCAAUAGUGACAUCUGGAGGAAUGUAACAUCUGCUUCGACGAAGUUGACGUGCAAAAUCCCCAGGUUGAUUGAGGGAAGAGAGUACAUCAUGAGAAUCUGUGCUGAGAACAUGUAUGGAAUCAGUGACCCACUGGAUUCAGAGGAGAUGAGAGCCAAAGAUCUCUUCAGAGUGCCUGAGGCACCAGAGAUGCCCAACGUGAGGGAGGUGUAUGCUGACAACUGCCUUGUGCUUUGGAGCAGACCUCGUGAUGGCGGCAAGCCCAUCACUAACUACAUAUUGGAGAAGAAGGAGCCAGCUGCAAAGAGAUGGUCUCGUGCCACCAGAGAACCCCUCUACCCAACUACUCAGUUCAGGGUGCUUGACCUUAUUGAAGGCUGUCAAUAUCAAUUCCGGGUUAUGGCAGAGAAUGAAAUCGGCACUGGUGACCCUAGUCCCCCAUCAAACACAAUUCUUGCCAAAGAUCCAAUUGUUCCUCCCAGCCCCCCUGUACUGCCAGAGGCAAUCGACAAGACCAAGGAUACCGUAAGCCUGAAAUGGCAGCUACCUCGCCAUGAUGGCAAAGGCAAAAUCUUUGGUUACCUUGUUGAGUACCAGAAGGUUGGUGCAGUAGAAUGGUCACAGGGCAAUGAGACUCCUGAAGAGUGCCCAGAAUGCAACUAUGUUCUAAAGGGCCUGGAAGACGGAGCAGAGUACAACAUCAGGGUCUUCACUGUGAAUGCUGCUGGACGCUCUGAGCCUGCCCCUUGUAAGCAAACAGUGAAAGUACAUGACAGACUGGAGAAACCAGAGUUGCUGCUUGAUGCCAAUAUGUCCCGUGACCAUCUUGCGAUGGUAGGAACUAAUAUUACUCUCAGUUCAGUGAUCAAGGGCAUGCCACCUCCCACUGUAGCAUGGCAGAAGAACGGAGAAGAGGUUCCCGCAGAUCGUUGUACCAUUGCUGCCACUGCCAAUGGCAGCAAACUUGUUAUGCUCAACUGUGUCCGCUCAGACAGCGGCAACUACACACUCACUAUUGAAAAUGCAGCUGGAAAGAAGUCCGCUACAUGCACAGUGCUCACCUUAGAUAAACCCGGACCUCCUCGGGAUCUGAAAAUCUCUGAGAUCACCAGUGAGUCAGCCUACCUGACCUGGAAGGUUCCUGAGGAUGAUGGAGGGGCUGUCAUCUCUCACUACGUUGUGGAAAAGAAAGACGUGGCGGCUGAGAAAUGGGUGCCCGUCGCUGCAUCAAACAAGAAGCCUAGUCUGAUGGCUCUGUAUCUUAUGGAAGGAGUCCAGUAUCUGUUCCGUGUUGCUGCUGAGAACCAGUUUGGCAGAGGUUCCUACAUCAUGACUAAGACGCCGAUCAAGGCUGUUGAUCCUCUUUAUCCACCCGGUCCACCAAAGAAUCUACACCACAUCGACGUAGAUAAGACUGAAGUCUGGCUCCAAUGGGAUUGGCCAGACCGCGACGGAGGAAGUGAGAUCACUGGAUUCAUCGUUGAGCACCAGGAGGGAGAGGGAAAAGACUGGGUCACCUUCAAGACUGUCACCAAUCCUCAUAGCCAUGUCACUGGACUGGAGGAGGGAAAGACAUACAGGUUCCGUGUGAAGUCCCAGAAUGCUGUUGGCGUGAGCCGUCCUGACACCAGUGUCCCUGUAACCUGCCAGGAGAAACUCUUGCCACCAACUAUUUCAGUGGAUGUGAAGCUUAUUGAGGGUUUGAUUGUCAAGGCUGGAAGCACUAUCGUACUCCCAGCAGUCAUGAAAGGAAUUCCUACUCCCACAGCCAAGUGGGUGAGUGACGGAAAGGAACUGGCAACAAAGGGCAACGUCAAGAUUGACACUGAGGGCAUGAACACAUCUCUCACCAUCACUGGAUGUAUCAGAGGUGACACUGGAGAGUAUCUCCUCACCGUGGCAAACCCUGCUGGAAGCAAGACUGUUGCUCUGCACGUCACUGUGCUCGAUGUCCCAGGUGCCCCCAUUGGCCCGAUCAACAUCCUUGAAGUUACCCCUGACCACAUGGUCAUCAACUGGAGACCACCUAAAGAUGACGGUGGCACUCCUUUGACGUGUUAUAUUGUUGAAAAGAAGGAUACCAAAAAGGCAUGGGAACCAUGGUCAGUUGUGUGCUCAGGAUGCACUGGUACAAAGGCUAAAAUUUCUCGAUUGGAGAAAGGUCGUGAAUAUAUUCUGCGUGUCCGUGCAGAAAACAAGGUGGGCAUUGGUGCUGGACUUGAGAGUCCUCCCACUAUUGCCAAACAUAUGUUUGAUCCACCUGGCCCUCCAGGCCAGCCAACCUGCUCUGAUAUCACAGAGAAUGCUGUGACCAUAGAAUGGACUCUGCCUGAAUUUGAUGGUGGCAGUCCAGUCAGUGGCUAUGUAGUAGAGCGCAGAGAAAUGACAGGGAAAUGGAUCCGCGUCAACAAGACACCUAUAUUGGAUCUCCGAUACAGAGCAUCAGGUCUGUUUGAGAACAACAGCUACGAGUUCAGAAUCUUUGCUGAGAACGUUGCUGGCGUCAGCGAGCCCUCUCCUGUAUCAGAUCCAGUGAAGUGCACCCGUCCUAUUACUAAGCCAGGACCCCCAUUAAACCCUAAGCUGAGGGACUGGAGCAAGUCAUAUGCUGACUUGGUGUGGACCAAGCCAACAAGAGAUGGAGGCAGCCCCAUCUUAGGUUAUAUAGUUGAAUGUCAGAAAUCAGCCAGCGCCAAAUGGGAGAAAGUUCAUAAGGAUCUCAUCCCGAUGUGCGCAUUUAGAGCAAUGGGACUUACUGAGGGCAUGGAAUACAGGUUCCGCAUUAGCGCUUCCAAUAUUAUUGGAGAUGGAAAACCUACAGAGCUCUCAGAAACAGUCCUUGCCAAGGACAUUCUGGUUCCCCCAGAGCUGACAGUUGAUGUUGCUUGCCGUGACCUUCUGACAGUUAGGGUGGGACAGAGUAUCAAUCUUGUUACUAGAGUUAAAGGUAGACCUGAUCCUGAUAUCACUUGGUCUAAGGAUGCCAAGAUUCUAGGCAUAGACAGGCGUACUGAGAUGAACAACAACUUCCCUCUGGUUGAGCUGGUGAUUUCAGAUGCAGUAAGGCAAGAUUAUGGAAAGUAUGCUAUCCUUGCUAAAAACAGCAGUGGUCAAGCACAGGCUACCAUUAUUGUGAAUGUGCUUGACACUCCAGGCGUCUGUCAGAAUCUGAAGACCACUUACGUGACAAAAGAAUCCUGCAUGGUUUCCUGGGAGAACCCAGAGGAUAAUGGAGGAACUGAAAUAACACAGUACAUUAUUGAGAGCCGUCAACCUAGUCAAAGGAAUUGGACAGUGGUAUCAAAUGAUUGCACCAAACGCCUUAUGAAGGCACCACUCCAUGAGGGUUGUGAAUACUUCUUCCGUGUGAGUGCAGAGAACAAAAUUGGUGCUGGACCUUCAACAGAGACCAAAACAGCCAUCCUUGCUGUUGAUCCCAUUGAGAAGCCUGGUGACCCUAUUGACUUCAUUAUCUCUGAGAUCGGCAAGACAUUCGUCUUCCUGAAAUGGAAGAGACCAGACUAUGAUGGUGGCAGCCGUAACCUGGGCUACCAUGUUGAAAAGAAACCUAAAGUGGCAGAGGAAUGGGAGAGACUGCACAAGGGUGCGAUUAAGGAAACUUACUUCAUGGCAGACAAGUGCAUUGAAAACGAAAUUUACCAGUUCAGGGUACAGACAAAGAAUGAAGGAGGUGAGAGCAACUGGGUGACAACUGCUGAGGUUGAGGUUAAAGAACAGUUAGUGGUGCCAGAGAUCAAGAUGAAGUUGCAAUGGACUCUAGUGGUUAAUGCCGGUGACGCCAUUCCAAUUGAAGCUGAUGUCAAGGGAAAACCAGUUCCGGAAGUAAAGUGGACAAAGGAGAAAGACACAGGGGACAUCACCAAGAGCCCAAGGCUCCAAAUAGAAGCCGGUGUAGAAUUCUCUAAAUUCCUGUUGACAAACUCAAGACGUGGAGAUACUGGAAAAUAUAACAUCACUGCUACCAAUAGUGCUGGAACAGCCACUGGAUGGGCGAAUGUGUGUGUGCUUGAUAGACCUGGUCCUAUCAGCAACCUAGUUGUAAAUGGUGUUACAGUGGAUAGGUGCAUGUUGACAUGGGAUAUGCCAGAUGAUGAUGGUGGAUGUGAAAUUUAUAACUACAUCAUAGAAAAGUGUGAGAAGAAGAGAAUGGUGUGGUCCAUACAUUCUUCUGCUGUGAUCACCAACUCUGCUAAAGUAACCCGCCUUGUAGAAGGAAAUGAAUAUAUAUUCAGGGUGCGUGCAGAAAACAAGAUGGGGGCAGGUCCUGCAGUGGAGAGCGCACCUAUUGUGGCAAGGACCGAAUUCAGUAAACCUGGCAUUCCAGAAGCACCAGAAGUUGUCAAGAUCUCCAAGGAGGAGAUGACCGUUACAUGGAACCCUCCUGAGAAUAACGGUGGAAAGGAAAUCUCUGGUUACAUUCUGGAGAAAAAGGAAGAAUUCGGAGUACGAUGGUCUCCUUGCACAAAGCAUUCCAUUGAUUCGACCCAACUGACUGUCACUGGUUUGCUGCGUGAUCAUGAAUAUCAGUUCCGCGUCAGGGCUGAGAAUGAAAUAGGACUUGGUGAACCAAGCAAACCCUCAAGAUCACUCGCCGCCAGGGAUUCUCUAGAUGUCCCAGCCCCUCCAACAAAUCUGAAGGUUGGUGACAGUACAAGGACCUCUGUAGCACUGAAGUGGACAAAGCCUGUUUCUGAUGGUGGAGCUCCUAUCAUUGGUUAUGUGGUGGAAAUGAGGAUCAAGGGAAACAAGGAUGCGGCAUGGAAGAGGUGUAAUGUCGCAGCCCAGCUAAUUGUAUGUGAAUUCACUGUCUCCAGUCUGGAUGAUCAUGAAUGGUAUGAAUUCCGCGUUUCUGCUCAAAAUCAAUGCGGUAUGAGCUUAACGGCGGAUCUUACGAUGCCCGUGCAACCCAAGGAUAUCCUUGAGGCACCUGAAAUUGACAUGGAUGCUAGUCUGAAGGACGGUCUGACAGUCAGGGCCGGAUGUCCCAUCCGACUGGUGGCAACCAUCAAGGGAAGACCACCUCCCAAAGUCUGCUGGAGAAGAAUGGGUGUCGAUAACGUUGUCAGGAAGGGCCAUGUGGACAUCAUUGACACAAUGACCUUCUUGGUUAUCCCUGAAAGUACACGUGAUGAUUCAGGCAAAUACUCCCUGACCCUGUCCAGCCCAGCUGGGGAGAAGGCAGUGUUUGUCAAUGUCAAAGUACUGGAUACCCCAGGGCCUGUAGUGGGUCUAGAUGCCACAGAUAUUAAACAGACGUCCGCCAAACUGGCAUGGUCACCCCCUGAGAACGAUGGUGGCAGUGCAGUCACUCAUUACAUUAUUGAGAAGCGUGAAAUCGAUCGCAAGACCUGGGGACCAGUCGCAAACAAUAUUGAACAGACUGAAACCAACGUCAAGAAACUUGUUUCAGGCACAGAGUAUUUCUUUAGAGUCACUGCUGUGAAUGAAUAUGGUCCUGGAGUUGCGAAGGUCUCGCCAAAGUCCUACAUGGCAUCUGAUCCUGUCAGCAAACCUGAACCAUGCCCGAAGAUUGAUGUAUUGGAAAUUACAAAGAACAGUGCACUUCUGGGAUGGCUGAAACCAUUGGGUGAUGGGGGAGCUAAGAUAGAUGGUUACAUAGUUGAAUACAUGGGGCUCAUCCCACCCAAACCAAAACCAGAACCAGCAGAACCAGUAGAAGGAGAGGAAGCUCCUCAUCCUCCGGAACCUGUACCUGCACCUGUGGUUGUGGAAGAACCAGUGGAAGAGAAGCCAGAACCACAAUGGAUGGCAUACACAACUGUUAAAAAUUUAACCCUUUCAGUUAGUGGACUCAAGGAGGGUAUGAAGUAUAGAUUCCGGGUGGCCGCAAGAAAUAUCAUGGGUCGCAGUUCGUACACUGAAACUAGGGACGCUUAUGAGAUCAAGGAACAGAUGCUGGAACCCAAGAUCAUGAUGGCGGAGGCUGUGUCUGCCAAAGCAGGAGCUAAACUCAGAGUGGAAGCUCUUGUGUCUGGAAAGCCAGCACCAACCUGCACAUGGAUGCGAGGAGAUGACAAUGUUGUUUCCUCUAGUCGUCUUGCUGUGCACAAAUCUGCAAACAUGUGUGUGCUCAUCAUCAAAGACGUGUCCAGAACCGACAGUGGAAUAUACAGUUUGGUUGCUGAGAACAGCUGUGCUAAAGUAGAUCAGCAUAUUAAAAUCAUCAUUAGAGAUAUCCCCGGAGCGCCUGAGCCUCCAUUUGAGAUCAGUGACAUUGACGCUGAUGCCUGCACACUCUCUUGGAAAGCACCAAUUGAAGAUGGCGGAAGCCAGAUUACAAACUACGUAGUGGAGAAGUGUGACGUGAUCAGAGGCGACUGGGUAAACGCUGUAUCGUCCUGUGGCAAGACUGGCUGCAGACUGGGAAAGCUCAUCCCUGGAAAGGAAUACAUCUUCCGUGUCCGUUCUGAGAAUCGCUAUGGAAUCUCAGACCCCCUAACAUCAGACAGGAUGAUUGCCAAAUUCCCCUUCGAUGUGCCCAGUGAGCCUUUAAACUGCCACAUCACCAAGGUCAACAAGGACUGUAUGUUUGUAGCCUGGGACAGACCUGAGAGCGAUGGUGGCAGCCCUAUUACUGGCUUCUACAUUGAACGCAAAGAGAGGAACAGUCUCCUUUGGGUCAAAGCUAACGACUCAGUUGUCAGAUCAAUGGAAUAUCCCUGUGCAGGCCUUAUUGAGGGCUUGGAAUACAACUUCAGAGUAUCUGCCAUCAAUCGUGCUGGACAGAGUAAGCCAAGCAAGAAGUCUGACUUCGUCACAGCAAGGACACCAGUUGACACACCAGGCAAACCAGAGGUUCUUGAUGUUACCAAGAAUGCAGUCACCUUGGUCUGGACUAGACCAAAGAAUGACGGUGGAAGCAAGAUCAUUGGAUAUUAUGUUGAGGCCCUGAGGCUCCCUGGAGACAAAUGGGUCCGUUGCAACACCAGCAGUCAGAAUGUACCCAGAGAAGAGUACACUGCAACUGGACUGGAGGAAGACAUGGAGUACCAGUUCAGAGUCAUCGCAAAGACCGCUGUCAACAUGAGCCGGGCAUCAGACAUCACAGACCCAGUUCUGGUCUCUGCAGAGAAGGUGCCACCAAGAGUAGAAAUUGGAAUCCCAAUGAAGAGGCUUAAGCCAGUGAAGGCUGGGGCAAAUGUACUUCUUGAGGCAGAGGUGUUUGGAAAACCGAUGCCCAAGGUUACAUGGAAGAGGGGAGAGGAAGUAUUGAGAGCUUCUGAGACGUUGAAGAUGUCCCAGUUGAGACAUCUCUUCAGCAUAGAGCUUCUUGGAGUAACAAAGGAACACACAGGAGAGUAUACUAUUUUGGCAGAAAAUGCAAGUGGAUCCAAAACUGGAGAAAUUAAGUUAACUGUUUUUGAUGUCCCCGGUCCACCAGUCUCUGUCAAGUUUGGUGACGUGUUUGCCAAUAGUGUCCAGAUUAGUUGGAAGGCGCCUCUUGCCGAUGGAGGCUCGGACAUCACAAACUACAUUGUUGACAAACGUGAGACCAGUAGAGCUGAAUGGGCUCAGGUCGCAGCCCAUAUUCAGGGUGAUGUGUUUGAACUCACCACAAAGAAACUGAUUGAGGGACGAGAGUACCAGUUCCGCGUCCGCGCAGAGAAUAGAUUUGGGGUUGGAGAAGCCAUCUUGACUGAUCCCGUCUAUGCCAGGAAUCCAUUCACUGUCCCUGGGGCAUGUGAGGCACCAGUCAUCACAAACAUCACCAAAGAGCACAUGACCGUUAGCUGGAAGGAACCUGCCGAUGAUGGCAAGUCAACCAUCUUAGGAUACAUAGUGGAGAAGAAGGGAACCAAGGAAGUCAACUGGACUAAACUGAACAGGAAAGCCUUGAUAGAGAGAACCCUGGAAGUUGCUGGUCUGUCAGAGGGAGCAGAGUAUGAAUUCAGAGUAAUUGCCCUGAACAACGCUGGCCUUGGCAAACCCAGUGAGCCAUCCACUGUGGCUUUAGCCCACGAUCCUAUCAAUCCUCCUGGACCCCCUGUGAACCCGAUGGUCACUGACGUCAGCCGCAGCACGAUUAGCCUGACCUGGACUAAACCAGCCAAUAACGGAGGCAGUGACAUUCUGGGAUACCUUGUUGAAUGCAAGAGAACGGACGCAACAGACUGGAUCAGAUGCAACGUGCCCAAGAACCUCCAAGACACAUUCUACCUUGUUCAGAACCUCAUUGAUAAAUCUGAAUAUCAACUGCGUGUGUCUGCCGUGAACAAAGUGGGCUUCAGUGAAACAUGCGAAGUGCCAGACAAACAUGUAGCAAAGGACAUUUUGGUUGCUCCUGAGGCAGAACUCAGUGCUGACCUGAAGGAGGUUCUGGAGCUCCGUGCUGGGUCCCAAAUGAGACUUUUCGCCACCAUAAAGGGUCGUCCCACUCCCAAGGUGAUCUGGGCAAAAAUGAACAGCAACAUCAAGGAAAGACAAGGCAUCGUUAUCAAGAGCACCGACACUGACACUGUGGUGUUAGUCCAGAGUUGCAACAGAUAUGAUGCGGGCAAAUAUAUCCUGAGUCUUGAAAGUCGCAGCGGAAUGAAGAUGUAUACAAUUGUUGUCAAGGUUUACGAUACCCCUGGGCCACCAGUCAAUCUCAUGGUAAAGGGGACAACAAAGGACAGUGCAAAGAUCCUUUGGGAUACUCCUCUUAUUGAUGGUGGAAGCGAAGUGACCAGUUACAUUAUUGAAAAGCGUGAUGCAGAGAGAAAAGCUUGGUCUCUAGUUAAAGAUAACUAUGCCAAAAACACUCUCAAGGUCCCUGAUUUGGAGGCUGGUAGAUCUUACUGUUUUAGAGUCAAGGCUGUGAAUGAAUAUGGUGUUGGCGAGGCAUGUGAAACUGCAGAUUCAGUUAGAGCAUCUGAGGAACCUGGGCCGGUCAUGGACUUCAAGCCCUUGUUGAUCACAAAGCAAGGAUGCACCCUUGGAUGGAAGAAACCUCUCAGUGAUGGCGGUAGCCGCAUCAUUGUGUAUGUGCUUGAGGUUAUGAAUGGAGACGAUAACUGGAAGGAGCUAAUGAGUUCCAAGAACAUGCAGUACAGUGCCAAGGAUCUGGUGGAAGGAAAAGAAUAUAAGUACAGAGUCAAAGCUGUAAAUGACUCUGGUGACAGUCCGUACAAGGAGCUGGAUGUGGUGGCGAAAGACCAGAUCAUUCAUCCUGGAGUUGACUUGCGGGGCAUUCCCAAUCUGUGCUACAUUGCAAAGGAGGGAAGUAUAGUCCGCAUCAAGCUCCCACUCUACGGCAAACCUACUCCUAAAUGCUCCUGGAAGAAGGGCGAGGAUGAGGAUUUGACCGAUACUGGAAGAGUGUGUGCAGAAUCCACAGCAGUCAACACUACCCUCCUGAUCCGUGACUGCCAGAGGAGCGAUGCCUCUAAGUACACAGUCACACUGAAAAACAUUUCUGGAGUAAAGGAAUCCACCAUUUUCAUUAGGGUGGUUGGCAAACCAGGAAUGCCUGUCGCACCAAUGAAGUUUAAGGAUGUCACUGCAGAUGGGUGCACCCUGAGAUGGACUGCACCGAAGGAUGAUGGUGGAUCAGAGAUAACCAACUAUACUCUUGAGAAGAGGGAUUCUGUAACCAAUAUGUGGGUUAGCAUUGCUACCGAUAUUGAAGCAGUUUCCAAUACUACCACCUUCAGAGUGACAGGUCUUCAUGAGGAGACGGAAUACAUCUUCAGAGUCUGUGCACAGAACAAGCAUGGUGCUAGUGAAGGACUCAAAUCCGAGCCUAUUGUUGCCAAGCAUCCAUUCAAUGUACCUGAGGCACCACCUGCACCUGUGAUCAUGAGUAUGCGUCAUGAUUCAUCAUUCUUGGCCUGGUCUGAUCCAAGGAAGACCGGAGGCUCUCCAAUUACUGGCUACCAUGUUGAGUUCAAGGAGAGGAACAGCAUGCUGUGGAAGAGGUCAGGGGGAGCCAUUAAGAUGAAGGAACACAAAGUCACCGGCUUAACUGAAGGACUGGAAUAUGAAUUCAGAGUCAUGGCCACGAAUCUGGCCGGUGUUGGCAGAGCAAGUCCACCAACUGAGGCGCAUGUUGCCUUGGAUCCAAUUGAUGCCCCUGGAAAACCUGAUGUGAUCAGUAUCACAAGAAGUACUGUAACACUUCAGUGGACUGAGCCCAAGUACGAUGGUGGACACAGACUGACAGGCUACAUCGUGGAAAAACGUGAUUUGCCUUCCAAGAUCUGGCAAAAGGCUAACAAUGUGAAUGUUGUGGACACAGCAUACACUGUGAAAGAGCUGCAAGAGGGAUGCAAGUUUGAGUUCAGAAUCAGGGCAAAAAAUGCCGCUGGAGCAUUGAGCCCUCCCUCUGAACAAACAGAUACACUUGUGUGCAAGGAUGAAUACGAGGCACCAACCAUCACUAUUGAUUCCACUGUAAAGGAGGGACUCACAGUCAGAGCGGGUGACCACAUCGUCAUAACUGCAACAAGUAUUGUAGGCAAACCCCCACCAACAUCAGUGUGGUCUAAGGGUGGAAAAUACUUCAAGCCUUCAGAUAUCUGCCAGAUUGAGUCCACUGCAACGUCCUCGACAUUGACGGUCAAAUACGCCGGGAGAUCGGAUUCUGGAGAAUACACAAUUACAGCCAGCAAUCCAUUUGGUGUCACAGAAGAAGUUGUGAAAGUGAAGGUUUUGGAUGUACCCGCAGCUCCGGGUCCUAUUGAGGUCAGUGGAGUUUCGUCUGAGAAGGUCACACUGACAUGGACACCACCAGCUGAAGAUGGUGGAUGUCCAGUUAAAUAUUACACCCUGGAGAAGAGAGAAACAAGCCGCCUCCUUUGGACCAUUCUGUCAGAAAAAGUACUUGACUGCCACUAUAUUGCCAAGAAGCUAAUCCAGGGAAAUGAAUACAUCUUCCGUGUGAAGGCAGUUAAUCACUAUGGUCCUGGAGAAGCAGCAGUGUCUGGGCCAGCUAAGAUGGUGGACCAAUUUGGUCCCCCUGGUCCUCCAUCAAAACCAGAGAUUGAAGAGAUUGGAGGACACCAUGUCAAAAUCAACUGGAAAAGACCAAUUGAUGAUGGUGGUAGCGACAUCACAGGCUACAUGGUUGAAAAGAAAGAAAGAAAGGGCAUGAGAUGGGUUAGGGCAGCGAAGAAGUCCAUUGCUGAACUCUCAUAUGAAGUAACAGGACUCACAGAGAAAGUCGAAUAUGAAUUCAGGGUGGUUGCAGAGAACAAAGCAGGCUUCGGAGAGCCAAGUGAACCAUCAUUGUCUGUUACGACCAAAACUGUUAAAUAUGCACCUGGACCUCCAAUCAACCCAAGAAUUACAGAUACAACAAAGACUUCUGCAACAUUCUUCUGGGGGAAACCACUUGAAGAUGGUGGGCUUGAAGUCACAGGGUACUUUGUUGAGCAUAAAAAAGAUGGAGAAGAGGAAUGGUUCAAGGACACACCAACUGCUCCACUGAGAAUUACAGAAUUUGUUGUUCCUAACUUGAAAGUGGGAGCAAAAUACCACUUCAGAGUCAGUGCAAUGAAUGCAGAGGGAGUUGGUGAACCAGCUCAAACUGAAGAACUGGUUGAAAUUAUUGAACGUGAAGAAGAGCCAGAUCUUGAACUGGAUGUUGAGCUGAGAAGAACCCUUGUUGUCAGGGCGGGAUGUUCCAUCCGCAUAUUUGUGCCCAUUAAAGGUCGCCCAGCUCCUGAAGUAGCUUGGACGAAGGGCGAAGACACACCACUCAAAGGACGUGCUAACAUUGACAGCACAGAGUCAUACACUAUGCUUGUCAUCCCUGACUGCACAAGAAAUGAUGCAGGAAGAUACAACUUGAUCCUUACGAAUGCUGCAGGAGAGAAGACUGCUCAUGUCAAUGUGAGAGUUCUGGAUUCACCUGGACCACCAAUUAAUCUGAAGCCAAAGCACAUUGACAAAGAGAGCAUCACUCUUCAAUGGGAACUGCCGCUUAUCGAUGGUGGUUCAAAGAUAACAAAUUAUAUAAUUGAAAAGAGAGAGUCAACACGCAAAGCAUAUUCCACCAUAAUAUCAGUGUGUCCAAAUAGCACAGUUAGAAUUCCUGAUCUAGCAGAAGGGUCAGAAUAUUACUUCAGAGUGUCGGCUGAAAAUGAGUACGGAAUUGGCGAGUCGGUUGAGACUACAGAUCCAAUUCGAGCAUCUCAAGCACCAACACCCCCUGAGAGCGUUUAUGCUACAGAUGUCACCAAGACCUCUGUCAGUCUUGCAUGGACAAAGCCAAAACAUGACGGUGGUAGUAGAGUUACUGGAUAUGUCCUUGAAGCUCAAAAGAAGGGAGGAGACCAGUGGUCCCAUGUGACAACUGUCAAGACAAUGGACUUCAUAGUGAAGAACCUGAAUGAAAACGAACAGUAUAUAUUCCGUGUCAUGGCUGUAAACCACUCUGGAAGAAGUGGUCCUUGUGACAGCAAGCCUGUUACUAUCAAGGAAACAAUAACAAUGCCAGAAUUUGACCUGCGUGGAAUAUGCCAGAAAAUUGUCAUUGCCAGGGCAGGAGAUGAGAUUAAAGUUGAGAUACCAGUUAUGGGACGUCCAAAACCAACUGUUUCAUGGACGAAAGAUGGUCAGCACCUCAAGAUAACCCCAAGAAUAAUCACUGAACGUACUGCAACCACAAGUAUCCUGAAUAUAACAGAAUGCAUAAGGAGUGACACAGGACAUUAUGGCAUGACAGGGAAGAACAUAGUUGGCUCAGUGACAGAUACCAUCAUAGUAAAAGUGCACGAUGUCCCUGGACCUCCAAAGGGACCAAUAAAAAUUGAUGAAAUCUCCCGUACCUAUGCUGUCAUCUCUUGGGGAACGCCUGAGAAUGAUGGAGGUGUACCAAUCAACAAUUACAUUGUUGAAUUAAGAGAAACUACAGGAACGUCAUGGAUAGAAUUGACAUCAUCGGUAAUCCGUACAAUAUUUAAAGCUACUCGUCUGAAGACUGGUGCGGAAUACCAGUUCAGAGUCAAAGCUAAAAACAGAUAUGGUGCUGGUCAACCAAUCAUCUCAGAGUCAGUGGUUGCUGCAUAUCCAUUCAAACCCCCUGGGCCACCUAGUACUCCAAAGGUUGUGGCCUUUACCAAAGACACAAUGACAAUUGGCUGGAAUGAACCUGUUUAUGAUGGUGGAAGUGAAGUCAUUGGAUAUCACAUUGAGAGGAAAGAGAGAAGCAGCAUCCUUUGGCAAAAGAUCAGCAAAUCCACGGUGAAAGAUAAUCAAUUCAAAUCAAGUGGACUGGAAGAUGGAGUUGCAUAUGAAUUCCGCGUCACUGCUGAAAACAUGGCGGGAAUUGGUAAACCAAGCAAGGCUUCAGAAGCAAUGCUAGCCCUUGAUCCAGUGGAUCCACCAGGUCAACCAGAGCCAAUCUUUGUUUCCAAGAAUAUAGUAACAAUUCAAUGGACAAAGCCUGAAUAUGAUGGUGGGUUCAAGAUUACUGGCUACGUAGUGGAAAAGAGAGACUUACCAGCUGGUCGUUGGAUGAGGGCCAACUUCACAAACAUCAUUGAGACCACUUUCACUGUAAGUGGGUUAACUCAGAAUGAGGCCUAUGAAUUCCGUGUACUUGCCAAAAAUGCAGCUGGUUCAGUAAGUGAACCAUCUGAGCCAUCGGAUCCCAUCACCUGCACAGAUGAUAUUGUGGAACCACGAAUCAUGGUUGAUGCCAAAUUCAAGGAUGUGAUUCUACUGAAAGCAGGGGAAAACUUCAAACUUGAGGCAGAUGUUGCAGGCCAACCACUACCAUCCAUGGUGUGGACCAAGGGUGGAAAGGACAUUGAAAAUACGAUGAAAUUGACAAUUAAAAUGACUGACUUAACAACAACUCUGAUUAACAAAGACUCGUUAAGAAGAGAUGGAGGUGAAUUUGUUCUGACUGCCACAAAUGUUGGAGGGUUUGCCAAGCAUAUCUUUAAUGUCAAAGUCCUUGACAGGCCAGGUCCACCUGGAGGACCCCUGGUGGUGUCAGAUAUCACAUCUGACAACUGUAUUUUGGAAUGGGCUCCACCCGCAGAUGAUGGUGGUGCAGAGAUUGACCAUUACGUGAUUGAAAAGCGUGAAUCAAGCAGGCUUGCAUGGACAAAUUCGGCCUCAGGCUUAACUGAUACCCAAUUUAAGGUGAACAAGUUACUCAAAGGAAAUGAGUACAUAUUCAGAGUAAUGGCAGUCAACAAAUAUGGAGUUGGAGAGCCUCUAGAAUCUGCUCCAACUAUUGCAAACAAUCCAUGGGUGCCAGCAGAUCCUCCAAAGGAUCCUGAAGUAACAAUAAUCACUAAGGAUUCAAUGAUUCUUAUGUGGAAGGCUCCUGAGUAUGAUGGUGGAACUCCAAUCACAAACUAUAAUAUUGAAAGGAAAGACAAGAUUGGUCUUCGCUGGGUAAAAUGCAACAAGAAGAAAGUAAAAGACUUGCAGUUCAAGGUAACUGGGCUUCUAGUAACACAUGAAUAUGAAUUCAGAAUUCUUGCAGAGAAUGCAGCUGGAUUAAGCUUACCAAGCAAUUCAAGUCCUUUCUACAAGGCUACUGACACCCUCUACGAACCAGGCCCUCCAGGAAACCCAAGAGUCGUGGACACAAACAAGUCGUCCAUUACGAUUGCAUGGAACAAGCCAAAUUAUGAUGGUGGUUCUGAAAUCACAGGAUACAUUGUGGAGACCUGCAUUCCUGGGGAGGAGGAAUGGACAAUUGUUACUCCGCCAGGAGGACUAAUGGGUACAUCGUUUACCCUUAUGAACUUAGAGGAGGACAAAGAGUACAUGAUUCAAGUUUCUGCCGUAAACAGUGAGGGUAUUGGAGAGGAAGCAACUAUUCCUGGCACACCGAAAGCUCAAGACAGGCUGCUUCCACCGGAAUUUGACCUGGAUGCAGAGCUAAAGAAGGUUGUGAAUAUCAGAGCCUGUAACACAUUGAGACUUUUUGUACCUAUCAGAGGAAGACCAUCACCCGAGGCAAAAUGGACCAAAGAAGAUGGUGAACCUAUUACGAGAGCAACCAUUGAAAGCACAACUUCUUACACAUCACUGGUGGUGGAAAAUGUCAACCGAUUUGACAGUGGCAAGUACGUGCUUACAAUAGAAAACAGUUCUGGAUCCAAUACAGCUGCUGUGAAUGUCAGAGUGCUAGAUACCCCAGGUGCCCCGCAAAAUCUCAAGAUCAACAGCGUCACUAAAGAAUCUGUCACUCUUAUCUGGGAUGCUCCAGUAAAUGACGGUGGAGCAAAGAUUAAGAACUACAUUGUUGAAAAACGUGAAUCAACAAGGAAAGCAUAUGCCACUGUAAAUUCUAACUGUCAUAAGAACACCUGGAAAGUUGACCAGCUGCAGGAGGGGUGUAACUACUACUUCAGAGUUUUAGCUGAAAAUGAAUAUGGAAUUGGCCUACCAAUUGAAACCCGUGAAUCAGUUAAAGUUUCUGAAAAACCACAGCCUCCUGCCAAAAUCACCCUUGCCGAUGUUACCAAGACUAGUGCCACCCUGUCUUGGGAGAAACCAGAGCAUGACGGAGGAAGUAGAGUGUUAUGCUAUGUUAUUGAGAUGCUGAGCAAAGGUGCCGAGAAAUGGGUCCAGUCUUCCAUUGUCAAAACAUUAGAAGCAGUUGUCCCUGGACUGACACCAGGUGAAGAGUACAUGUUCCGUGUAGCAGCAAGAAAUGAAAAAGGAACAAGUGAUCCACGUCAAAUUGGUGUGCCAGUGAUUGCUAAAGAUCUUGUGAUUGUCCCAUCAGCUAAAAUGUUGUUCAACACAUUCAGUGUUCUAGCAGGAGAGGAUUUGACAGUACAGAUUCCGUUUAUUGCUCGUCCCCGAGCAACUAUUUCAUUCAUAAAGGACAAUCUACCUAUGAAGCGUACCACCAGAGUUAACUUUGGAGGAUCAGAUAAACUGAUCAAUCUUCAAAUCAAAGAGGCAUGCAGAGAAGAUGUUGGUCAGUACCGAAUCAUACUCGCAAACACCGCUGGGGAUACAUCUUUAUACAUCUCAGUAGUUGUUCUUGACAAACCUGGACCACCAAAGGGCCCAAUUAAAGUUGAGGCUGUUACUACUGACAGUGUGCUUUUCUCCUGGACUCCUCCAGAGUAUGAUGGUGGUGCAACAAUCAACAGCUACCUUGUAGAAAAGAGAGACACGUCCACACAAACUUGGUUGGUCGUGUCUCCAAAUCAUGCAAGAACAACGAUUAAAGCUUCGAGGCUGAAAAGCGGUUCAGAGUACCAGUUCAGGGUGACAGCUCAGAACAGGUAUGGAAAGGGCCCAUCUCUGACCUCAGGGUCUGUUGUUGCUGAGUAUCCAUUCAAAUUACCAGGCCCUCCAGGAACACCAUCUGUACAGUCUUCAACAAAGGAUAGCAUGGUAGUUGUGUGGAAUGAGCCUGUUAAUGAUGGUGGAAGCACUGUGCUGGGAUAUCAUCUUGAGCGCAAAGAGAGAAACAGUAUUCUCUGGGUGAAACUCAAUAAGUCUCUCAUCCAGGAUACAUCUUACAAGACCACUGGUCUGGAACCAGGACAGGAAUAUGAAUUCAGAGUUUACGCUGAAAACAUUGUGGGAAUUGGAAAAGUUAGCAAACUUUCCGAAGGUCACAUUUCUAGGGAUCCUUGCGAUCCCCCCGGAGAUCCUGAGGCUACUAAGAUAACAAAGGAUUCUGUAACAAUCACAUGGACAAAGCCAGAGUAUGAUGGUGGUGCCAAUGUCACCGGCUAUAUUGUAGAGAAGAAAGAGUUGCCAGAGGGCCGCUGGAACAAAACCAACUUCACAAAUAUCAUUGAAACAGAGUAUGUGGCAACCAGCCUUGUGGAGAACCAGAAAUAUGAGUUCCGUGUUAUUGCAAGAAACGCAGCAGGUGUUUUCAGCCUUCCCUCAUACAGCACUGGACCAAUUACUGCUAAAGAUGAAAUUGACCCUCCUCGUAUUAGCAUUGACCCACAGUUCACACAAACUGUUUAUGUUAAUGCUGGAGAUGGCUUCAAAAUCGAUGCCGAUGUUCAUGGUAGUCCAAUACCCGAAAUCCUCUGGAUGAAGAGUGGCCACGAGGCACCCCUUGCAAACACUAUCACCAGAGACAUAAAAAAUACAGACAGCACCACUUUGUUGACUGUCAAAGAGGCUAAACUUGAAGAUGGAGGCAAGUACACUUUACUUCUAAAAAAUCCAGGAGGCGAGAAGUCAGUGAAGAUCAAUGUGGUUGUUCUGGAUAAACCUGGGGCACCACAAGGUCCUAUCUCUGUUACUGGCAUCACAAAUGAUCAAUGUUGCCUUGCUUGGAAAUCCCCACUCUAUGAUGGCGGCAGUAAAAUCACUCAUUACAUUGUAGAGAGAAGGGAGACAAGCAGAUUAAUUUGGACUGUUGUUGAUAAUAAGUGUGAGUCAAAUUAUCUGAAGGUUACAAAACUCUUGGAGGGAAAUGAGUACAUUUUCAAAGUCCAGGCAGUAAACAAAUUUGGACUUAGUAUGGGUCUGGAAUCAAUUGCUGUUACUGUCAAAGACCCAUUCGUUCCCCCAGAUUCACCAAGUAGGUUGGAGGUUUCCGAUGUCAAAAAGGAUUCAAUGGUGAUUACCUGGGAGGCACCUGGAUAUGAUGGUGGCAGUAAUAUUAUUGGAUACAUUAUUGAGAAGCACGAUAAGGAGGGUGUGAGAUGGACCAGAUGCAAUAGGAAGACAGUUACUGACUUAACCUACAAAGUCACCGGACUUAUGGAAAGUCAUAUUUAUGAAUUUAGAGUUCUGGCUGAGAAUGUCUCUGGAGUUGGAGAGCCAAGCUCCCCAACAGUUUUCUACAAGGCUUUGGAUCCAAUCUUCAGACCAGGUGCACCAAUUAAUCCUAAAGUAACUGACAUAAGCAAAACUUCAGUUUUCCUGUCAUGGGGCAAACCUAUAUAUGACGGAGGAUGUGAGAUUCAAGGAUACAUUGUGGAGAAAUGCGAAGUGCCAUCUCCUGCAUCUCUCACUAAGCAAUCCGUCGUUGUGGAACCGGCCACUAAGGCACCAGCUGCUGAGGGAGAGGAAGCACCCGCUGAAAAAGGAGCAGCUGAGGCAACACCUGCUGAGGCAACACCCGCCGAAGCAGCACCUGCACCUGCAGACGCAGCACCUUCCAAGGCAGAACCCGCAGAAAAAGGAAGUGCAGAAGGAGCUACAGAGGAAGAACCUGCUGAGGUGUGGACAAUCUGUACUCCACCAAGUGGCAUCAAACAAACAAGAUUUGAAGUUAGAAAAUUGGAGGAAAUGCAUUUGUACAAGUUCAGAGUUUGUGCUGUCAACAAGCUUGGUGUUGGAGACCAUUCAGAUGUCUCUGGAAUCAUUCUUGUCGAGGAGAGGAUUGAGGAACCAGAUCUGGACAUUGACCCAGACCUGAGAAAGGUUGUGAACAUUAAGGCUGGAUGUUCCCUCAGACUGUUCAUUCCUAUCAGAGGACGACCUCAACCUGAAGUCAAAUGGGGAAAGGAUGAAGGUCCUAUUAAGGAGAAUGCACAAGUUGAAGUGACAAGUAGUUACACGUCCCUUGUGAUUGAUAAUGUCAACAGAUUUGACAGUGGAAAAUACACUGUUUCUGCAGAGAACGCCAGUGGUGAAAAAUCUGCUUUAAUUACCGUUAGAGUUCUUGACACACCUAGUGCCCCAGUCAACCUCAAAGUGAAAGAUAUCACUGGUGAAUCAGUGACACUUACAUGGGAUGCCCCUGUGUUGGAUGGAGGAGCUAAAAUCAGAAACUAUAUUGUUGAGAAGCGGGAAAGCACCAGGAAAGCCUAUGCAGCUGUGGUGACAAACUGCCACAAAUUAUCAUACAAGGUUGAGAACCUUCAAGAGGGUUGCAAUUAUUAUUUCCGAGUCCUUGCUGAAAACGAACAUGGUGUUGGCUUGCCUACAGCAACCGUUGAUCCCAUCAAAGCCUCAGAAGUACCCCAAAUCCCACGAAAACUGAGUGUUGUUGACCGAACCAAGACAAGCAUCUCUCUUGCCUGGGAGAAGCCUGAGCAUGAUGGUGGAAGUAGAAUCAUUCAUUACCUGCUAGAGAUACAACCUAAAGGCUCUGAGAAAUGGUCAGGUGUUGCAACUGUCAGAGCAAUGGAGUCUGUUGUCAACAAUCUAAAUCCGGGUGAAGAAUAUCUUUUCAGAGUGUUUGCUAUCAAUGACAAAGGAAAGAGUGACCCAAGAGAACUUGCACUUCCAGUGACAGCAAAGGACCUUGUUAUCGAGCCUGAUGUUAGACCUGCAUUUAGCAAUUACAGUGUUCGGGUUGGUAAAGACUUCAAGGUUGAAAUCCCAAUCGCAGGACGUCCUAAACCAGCAGUUAAAUGGACAAAGGAUGGAUCAAUCCUACUCCACACCUCAAGGGUUAAAAUCACUAACACACCAGAUAGCACAACUCUAAGUAUCACAGAGGCUACAGGAGAAGAUGGCGGAAUGUAUGGCAUUAAUGUUACUAAUGUAGUUGGGGAAAAGAACGCAACAAUUGAAAUCAUUGCUCUUGAUAAACCUGGCCCACCAAGUGGACCUGUAAAGUUUGAUGAAGUUACUAUUAACACUGCAACUAUUUCUUGGGGUCCACCAAAGCAUUCUGGUGGCUGCCAGAUUUCAAAUUACAUUGUUCAGAAAAGAGACACAACCACCACAACUUGGGAGAAUGUUGCUGCCUCCGUGGCAAGAACUACGCUCAAGGUGCAAAGGCUGAAAACUGGGGCUGAAUAUCAAUUCAGAAUCAUUGCUCAAAAUCGAUAUGGCAAGAGUUACGGUUUGGACUCACAUCCUUUGACUAUAAAGUACCCUUACAAAGAACCUGGCCCACCCGGCACUCCAUUCAUUGCAUCUCUCUCCAAGGAAUAUAUGGUUGUAGAGUGGCAUGAACCAGUCGCAGAUGGAGGUAGUUCUGUUCUAGGCUAUCACCUUGAAAGGAAAGAGAGAAACAGCAUCCUCUGGACUAAGCUUAACAAAUCACUCGUCAAAGACACCAUUUACAAAACCGGUCCCUUAGAGGAGGCUGUUGAAUAUGAAUUCAGAGUUUAUGCUGAAAAUAUUGUUGGUAUUGGCAGAUGCAGCAAAAUCUCAGAGGGUUGUGUUGCACGUGAUCCUUGUGAUCCUCCUGGCACCCCAGAGGCUAUCAUUGUAAACAAAGAGUCCAUCACCAUUGAAUGGACAAAGCCAGAAUAUGAUGGAGGAAGUGUGAUUACUGGUUAUGUUGUUGAGAAACGUGACCUUCCAGAGGGACGCUGGAUGAAGGCAAACUUUACCAACGUUAUUGAGACCAGGUUUACUGCUACUGGACUAACUGCUGAUGCACAGUAUGACUUCAGAGUCAUUGCUAAGAAUGCAGUUGGAACAUUCAGCAAGCCAUCUUAUAACAGUGGACCUAUAACAGCAAACGAUGAGGUGGAAGCGCCAAGAUAUUCUAUUGAUCCUGCGUUCACCAAAACGAUCAUUAUCAAUGCAGGAGACACAUUCAAACUUGAUGCUGAUGUACAUGGAAAGCCAGUACCCACAAUCCAGUGGUUCAAGGAUGAUGUGGAAAUUGAAAAGAAUACAAUGAGAUUGGAGGUCAAAAAUACAGAAAGCGUCGCAAUGAUAGUUGUGAAGGAUUCUGUCAGAGUUGACGGUGGAAAUUACAAACUUGUCCUGACAAAUGUUGCUGGAUCAGAGUCAGUUCCAUUCAAGGUGAAUGUACUAGACAGACCAGGACCACCUGUAGGUUCCCUCCAUGUCACUGGAGUCGCUUGUGACAAAUGUACUCUGUCAUGGCGUGCUCCACUACAUGAUGGAGGCAGCAACAUCACACACUACCUCAUUGAGAGGCGUGAAACCAGUCGUCUUGCUUGGACUAUGGUUUCUAACAGCUGUGAGACCACAGUGUAUAAAGUAACUAGUCUCCUGGAGGGCAAUGAGUAUAUUUUCCGUGUCAUGGCUAUCAACAGUUAUGGCAUUGGUGAACAUGUGGAGUCUUCAGCAGUAAUAAUGAAAAAUCCAUUUGUUGUCCCUGGUGCACCACAUGUUAAUGAUGUAACGAACAUUGCCCGGGAUUCCAUGACUGUCUGCUAUUCUGCACCAGAGACUGAUGGGGGAAGUAACAUUACUACUUACAUCAUUGAGAAGAAAGACAGAGCUGGAGUUAAAUGGACCAAAUGCAACAGGCAAAAGGUCACAGACCUAUCUUUCAGAGUAACAGGUCUGACAUCAGAUCAUGAAUAUGAGUUUAGAGUAUCUGCUGAAAAUGCAGCUGGUGUUGGUGAGCCAAGUCUACCAACAUCAUACUUUAAGGCCAGUGAUCCCAAGUACAAACCUGGGGCACCCACACAUGCACAUGUGAUUGAUACCACAAAGAGCUCAAUCACAGUCGCAUGGGGAAAGCCUCUCAAUGAUGGUGGCAGUCCUAUCCAGGGAUACAUUGUAGAGAUUUGCAAAGCUGAGGAGGAGGAAUGGACAAUGUGCACACCACCAACAGGCCUGCGGGUCAAUAAAUUUGAAAUCACAAAACUUACUGAGGGUCAGGAAUAUCAGAUCCAGGUCUGUGCUAUCAAUAAACUGGGUGUUGGUGAACUAGCUGCUGUAUCUGGAACAUCUAAACCAGAGGAGAAGGUAGAGGAUCCAGAAAUUCAACUGGACUCGGAAUUGAGGAAAGGAAUUGUGGUGCGUGCUGGAGGAUCUGUGAGAAUCAAUGUACCAUUCAAAGGCAGACCAACGCCAGAGAUUAAGUGGUGUAAGCUGAAGAAGGUUGAAGAAGUGGAAGAAGAACAAGAAUUGCAAGAGAAAGCAGUGGUUGAUAAAGGUCUCAACUAUACUCAGCUUUCCAUUGACUCUUGUGACAGAAGUGAUUCUGGAAAGUACAAUGUGACUGUGAAGAACAGCAGUGGUACCGUUUCUGAAUUUGUAACUGUGAAAGUGCUAGAUACACCAGGUGCCCCUCUGAAUCUCAAACUGACAGAGAUCAAGAAAGACUCCAUAACUCUUGUUUGGGAUGCCCCUCUUACUGAUGGCGGAGCAAAAAUCAAGAAUUAUGUUGUUGACAAACGUGAAUCAAUCAGGAAAGCUUUUGCAAAUGUAACAACCAAGGUCAACAAAACAACCUACAAGGUUGAAAACCUUGUUGAGGGGGCUAUGUAUUACUUCAGAGUUAUGGCUGAGAACGAAUAUGGAGUUGGAUCGUCGACUGAAACAAAGCUUGCAACAAAGGCCUCUGAGGUGCCUCUUCCAGUCGGAAAGAUCUUCUUGACUGAUGUUACUAAAGUCAGCGCAUCGUUCAGAUGGGAAAAACCAGAGCAUGAUGGUGGAAGCAGAAUUACUGGUUACCUAGUUGAGAUGCAGCAAAAGGGAGGGGACAAAUGGGGUGUUGCAACAUCCACAAAGGGUGAUUGUCAUGGCACAGUCACUGGACUUACUGCUGGACAGGAGUAUCUGAUCCGUAUUGUAGCUUACAAUGAGAAGGGAAAGAGUGAGCCUAAAGCACUGGCUAUGCCAGUUGUUGCUAAUGACAUGACUAUUGAACCAAGCUUAAAACUCAUGUUCAACACCUACACCGUCAAAGCUGGUGACGAUCUGAUAGUAGAAAUCCCAGUGUUUGGUAGGCCGAAACCCCAAAUUGUUUGGAAGAAAGAGGGUAUGCCAUUGAAAAUGACAACAAGAGUGAAUGUGAUAAACACAGCAACAACUGCUACCAUUAAAAUUACUGAGGCAUGUAAGGACGACUUUGGAAAGUAUACCAUUAUGGCAACUAACACAGCUGGCUUAUUCUCUGAAGACAUAGGAAUCACAAUCCUUGACAAACCCGGUCCUCCAACCGGACCCAUUAAAGUCCUUGAAGUAAGCAAUAACUCUGUCAGUCUUUCAUGGGGAGCCCCGGAGUACACAGGCGGAUGUCAAGUAAAGCAUUACAAUGUGGAAAGACGAGAUACAACACAAACAGCAUGGCAAAGUGUGAAUGCACAGCUAGCUAGAACAGCUAUCAAAAUAACCAAGCUGAAAACUGGCGCAGAGUACUGUUUCAGAAUCUCUGCUGAGAAUAGAUAUGGAAAGGGCGCUCCUUUGGACACAAAAUCAAUUGUGGUGCAAUAUCCAUACAAAUCCCCAGGACCACCUGGAACUCCAUACAUCAAAUCUGCAACAAAGGAUCAAAUGAUUAUUGAAUGGAAUGAGCCAGUCAAUGAUGGUGGUAGUACGGUUAUUGGAUACCAUCUUGAAUCUAAAGAAAGAACCAGCAUUAUGUGGACGAAACUCAACAAAGCCCUCAUCGCUGAUACCUCUUUCAAGAUAUGUAAUCUUGAGGAGGACAUUGGAUAUGAAUACAGGGUCUAUGCUGAAAACAUUGUUGGCAUUGGCAGAGCAUCCAAAAUAUCAGAAUCAUUCGUUGCUCGAGAUCCAGUUGAUCUACCAGGUACCCCUGAGGCUACUGUUAUCUCCAAGAAUCACAUUGUGAUUCAAUGGACUAAACCACUGUAUGAUGGAGGCAGUAAGAUCACUGGAUAUAUUGUGGAGCGGAGAGAUCUAGCCAACAUUGAGGGUCGCUGGAUGAGAGCCAACUUCACAAAUGUCAUUGAGACAGAAUUUGCCAUCUCUGGCUUGACAGAAAAUGAAAAAUAUGAGUUCAGAGUGAUUGCAAGAAAUGCCGCUGGUAUUUUCAGUGAGCCUUCUGACAGCACUGGACCCAUUACUGCCACAGAUGAGAUUGAAGCACCAAGAGCCUCAAUGGAUCCUAAAUACAAGGAUGUCAUUGUUGUUAAUGCUGGGGACAACUUAGUUUUGGAUGCUGACAUCUAUGGCAAACCCGCUCCUGAGGUCUUAUGGUUGAAGGAAGGAAAGCAAAUGGACAAAGCUCUUCGAAUUGAAGUGAAAACUACACAGAAACGUGCAGCUAUGCAUAUCAAGGACUGCACAAGGUUAGAUAGUGGAAACUAUGACCUCAGUCUCACCAAUAUCGGUGGGGUAAAGACAAUCCCAAUCACUGUGAAGGUCCUUGAUAAACCAGGUGCACCCACUGGACCACUGAGAGUCACUGGACUGACUGCCGACAGAUGCUUCCUAUCUUGGACUGAUCCCUCUCUGGAUGGUGGUGCAGCUAUAAGUCACUAUAUUCUGGAAAAGAGAGAGACCAGUCGGUUAUCCUGGACUGUGGUUAACGCAAAUAUUCAAGCUACAAAUUUCAAAGUGAUCAACCUACUGGAAUUGAAUGAAUAUAUCUUCAGGGUUAGGGCUGUGAACAAAUAUGGCAUUGGUGAUCCUUUGGAGUGUGAGGCAGUAACUGCACGCAAUCCAUACAAGCCUCCAAGUGCACCCGGAACACCUGAAGCAAGUAAAAUAACAAAGGAUUCUAUGAUCCUAUCAUGGUCAAAGCCAGAGAACAAUGGUGGAGCAGAAAUCGACUGCUACCAUCUUGAGAAACGUGACAAGGAUGGUGUAAGGUGGACCAAAUGCAACCGGCAGCCAUUGACUGAUCUACACUUCAAAGUCACUGGGCUUUUGGAUGGUCAUUUCUAUGAAUAUCGUGUUUCUGCAGAGAAUGAAGCUGGAGUGGGAGAUCUGAGCGAACUCUCCCUGUUCUACAGAGCAUGCAAUGCUACAACAGCACCUGGACCACCACACCAUCCUAAGGUGGCAGAUCACACCAGCUCGACUGUGUCCUUGACUUGGGGCAAACCCGCUUCUGACGGUGGAGCAUACAUUAAAGGGUACAUUGUUGAAAUGAGAGAGGUGACAGAAGAGGAGAGGAAAGCAAUGGAAGAGGAAAAGAAAAGGAAAGAAGCAGCAGCAGCAGAAGAAGAGUAUUUGGAAGAAGAGGAGGAAGUGGAAACAGCAGCAGUAGAAGGGGUGAAAGAACCUCCUAAGGAGUAUCAAUGGACCAUUUGUACACCUCCAACUGGCAUCCAGGCGACUCACCUCACUAUUAAGGACUUGAAGGCAGGACUAGAAUACAAAUUCCGUGUCUGUGCUAUCAAUUCAGAGGGAGUUGGUGAGCCUGCAGAUAUACAUGGCACUGUGAUAGCUGCAGAAAGAGUUGAGGCACCAGAGAUUGAACUGGAUGCCAACCUCAGGAAGGUUGUCUCUGUCCGUGCAGGUGGAUCUCUGCGUCUGUUUGUCACAAUCAGAGGAAGACCUGAACCUGAAGUUAAAUGGGCAAAGUUGGACGGCGAGCUGACAGAACGUGUCAUGAUAGAAUCCACAAGCUCAUAUACUAUGCUUGUAAUUGACAAUGUAAACCGAUUCGACAGUGGUAAAUACACAUUGAACCUUGAGAAUAACACUGGUGAAAAAUCUGCACUUAUCAACGUCAGAGUGUUGGACACACCAAGUGCUCCACAGGCCUUUGCAGUCAAAGAUAUCAAAAAAGAUUCUGUAAAUCUUGUUUGGGAAACACCACUCACAGACGGUGGAUCAAAAAUAACCAAUUACAUUGUGGAGAAGCGAGAAUCCACCAGAAAGGCUUACACUGCCGUGACAACUAACUGCUUAUCUAAUUCCUUCAAGAUUGAUGAGUUGCCAGAGGGAUGCAUUUUCUACUUCCGUGUAUGUGCUGUAAAUGAGUAUGGCAUUGGGUUGAUGGCUGAAACCAAAAACCCAAUUAAAGUUUCUGAAGUGCCUAUGCCACCACGAAAUGUCAGAGUUACAGAUCUCACGAAAAACAGUGUAUCACUUGCCUGGGAAAAGCCAGCUCAUGAUGGUGGAAGCAAAGUAAUGUGCUACAACGUUGAGGUGCAAGGUAAGGAUGACAAGGGUACCCAGAAGUGGAAUCCUUCAUGCACAGUCAAAAUCCUGGAAACAACUAUUGCAAACCUAGUAGCAGGUGACGCAUAUUCAUUCAGAGUCAUUGCAAUCAACGAGAAGGGAAAGAGUGUACCAAAGGAACUUGGUCUACCUGUGACAACAAAAGAUAUUGCUAUUGAACCCUCAAUUGAGGUGUUAUUCAACACUUACAGUGUGAAGGCUGGAGGUGAUCUUACAGUUGAAAUCCCAGUUAGGGGCCGACCUAAACCUGUUAUUGCAUGGAAACAUCAUGGCCUUCCUUUGAAGCAAACAAGCUCAUUGACAAUUCUGAAUACCAAGACCUCAUCCAAAAUUAUUAUAAAGGAGGCAGGCAGAGAACAUGUCGGAAAAUAUGAAAUCACUGCCGCAAACCCAGGUGGAUUGAAAAUAGCAGAGAUUGGAAUUAUUGUCCUUGACAAACCUGGUCCACCAACUGCUAUCAAACCAACUGCUGUAACUUCAGACAGUAUUUCAUUGUCAUGGGCUCCACCAGAGUAUGAUGGUGGUUGCUGCAUCAACAACUACAUUGUAGAGAAGAGAGAUACAAACGCAACAGAUUGGCAAAUGGUCUCAGCAAAUGUUGCAACAACAGCAAUUAAAGCCUCCCGAUUGACAAAGGGUGCUGAAUACCAGUUCCGUAUCUAUGCUGUAAAUCGUUAUGGAAAGAGUCAACAUACAGAUUCCCGUGGAAUUACAGCCCAGUAUAACUUCAAGCUACCUGGCCCACCAUCGACUCCUAAAGUGGUGCAUGCAACCAAGAUUUACAUGCUUGUCACAUGGAAUGAGCCAGUCAACGACGGAGGCAGCACAGUUCUUGGAUAUCAUUUGGAGCGAAAGGAGAGAACCAGCAUCAUCUGGAACAAGAUGAACAGAGGUCUCAUCAAAGAUACAGAAUACAAAGUGACUGGCAUUGAAGAGGGCAUGGGGUAUGAAUACCGCGUUUACGCUGAAAACAUUGCUGGAAUUGGAAAAUGCAGCAAAGCUAGUGAGGCUGUUUCUGCAAGAGAUCCAUGCGAUCCCCCUGGCGAGCCAACAGUGACAGGUAUCACAAGAACAUCAGUAUCCCUCGCUUGGACGAAGCCAGAGUACGAUGGUGGAGCCAAGGUUACUGGUUACAUUAUUGAACGCAGAGAUCUCCCAGAAGGCCGCUGGAUGAGGUGUAACUUCACCAACGUGGUGGAAACCUACUAUGACGUCACAGGCCUUACCAAGGACCAGCAGUAUGACUUCCGUGUCAUUGCAAAGAAUGCUGCUGGAUGCUUCAGUGACCCAUCUGAUUCCACUGGUUCAAUCACAGUCAAGGAUGAUGUGGAUCCACCACGUAUCAUGAUGGACGUGAAGUACAGAGCUGUUGUAGUUGUGAAAGCCGGAGAUGUUCUUAAAAUCAAUGCAGAUAUCGCUGGUCGUCCACUGCCAGUAGCAUCAUGGAAAAAAGAUGGCAAAGAGAUCGAGCUCAGGGCCAGAAUUCAGAUUCUUGCAACAGAUACCAGCACCUCAGUAAUUGUGAAGGACUGCAUAAGGCGUGAUUCUGGACAAUAUACUUUGACUCUACAAAAUGUUGCCGGAACAGUAUCUACACCAGUGGACGUUGUGAUCCUGGAUAAGCCAGGACCUCCCGCUGGCCCCCUGGCGACUACAGGCAUUACAGCAGAAGAUGUCACCUUAGCAUGGGGUCCUCCUCAAGAAGCAGGCGGCGCAGAUAUCACACACUACGUUGUUGAGAAACGUGAAACAAGCCGUCUUGCUUGGACAGUGGUGAAUGCAGAUCUGAACAAGACACAUUACAAGGUCACAAAUCUCCUCAAGGGUAAUGAAUACAUCUUCAGGGUCAUGGCCGUCAAUAAGUAUGGACUUGGCGAAACCCUUGAGAGUGAGGUCGUCAAAGUGGCUGAUCCAUUCACAAAACCAUCUGCUCCCACAAAUUGUGAGAUCACGGAGGUAUCCAGUGAGGAGAUGAAACUUGUCUGGCAGAAACCUGUUUCAGAUGGAGGCAGUGAAAUUACUGGAUAUGUCAUUGAAAGGCGCGACACGGCAGGUAUACUCUGGGUCCGUGUGAACAGAGAGCUUGUGACUGAAUUGACAACCAUAGCAACUAAACUACGAAAAGGAUAUGAAUAUGUGUUCCGCGUGUUUGCUGAAAACGCUGCUGGUUUGAGUCCUCCAAGUGAAGCAUGCCCAUCGUUUAGGGCUGAAGAUGAACAGGUUGAGCCAGACCCACCAAGUAAACCAAAGGUUGUUGAUUCAACCAAGAGUUCAAUCUCCAUCAUUUGGAACAAGCCACUAGAAGAUGGUGGAGCUCCAAUCCUUGGAUACUGUGUGGAGUAUAAGAAACUUAAGGACGAGGAAUGGACAGUGGCCAUUCAGAACAUAAAGAGCAUGGAGUUCACCGUCUCUGGACUUACAGCAGAUGAAGAAUAUGAGUUUGCUGUUAAGGCAAUAAACAAGAUUGGUGAAAGCGAGCAAAGUCCAAUUUCUGAGCCUAUCGCAGCAAUGGAUAGAACUGUGGAGCCUAUGUUUGAUGUUGACAUAGAAAUGCGCAAGACAUUGAUUGUCAAGCAUGGCAACGCAUUCACUCUGACUGUACCUUAUAAGGGAAAACCUGCACCAUCAGUAGAAUGGAGCAAGGAGGAAGUAGACCUCAAGGCAAGAGCAACCAUUGAAACAAAUCACAGCUGCACUUCACUAACAAUUGAAACGGCAACAAGAAAUGACUCUGGACAGUACAAUGUAACAUUAGAGAAUGGCAUUGGAGACCCAGUAACAUUACCAAUAGUUGUAAAGGUUCUUGACUCUCCUGGACCACCACUUAAUGUAGUUGUUAAGGAUGUCACCAAAGACACUGCUACCGUUACAUGGGAAGCUCCAGAAAAUGAUGGAGGUGAUGCUGUGAAGGCCUACCAUGUUGAGAAACGUGAAGCCAGCAAAAAGGCAUGGGUGGGUGUGACCAACAACUGCCACGCGUUGUCCUACAAAGUGGAAGAUUUACAAGAGGGAGCCUUCUAUUACUUCAGAGUCAUGGGAGAAAACGAAUUUGGAGUGGGUGUAGCUGCUAUCCCCAAGAAUGGAACAAAGAUUACAGAAAAACCAAGUCCACCUCAAAAGCUUGGGGCUAUUGCAGUAACCAAGGACAGUGUUACAAUCGGAUGGAUUAGACCAGAACACGAUGGUGGCAGCAGAGUAACUCAGUACUUCAUUGAAGCACUUGAGAAAGGACAACCCAAAUGGUCGAAGGUUACUCUUGUGAACACAACAUCCUUCCAAAUCAAAAACUUGAAGGAAAAUGCUGAAUACUUCUUUAGAGUUAGUGCUCAGAAUCAUGCUGGACUCGGCGAACCCAAAGAGAUGAUCGUUCCUGUUGUAGUGAAAGAUCAACUGGAGGCCCCAGAUUUUGACAUGAAAAACUACCCCAGCAAUACUGUCUAUGUGAGAUCAGGAUCAAAUCUGACCUUUGAGCUUCCUAUGACCAGCAAACCUUUGGCAAAGGUUAUUCUGUCAAGAAACAAUGUUAUUCUGAAACCGUCCAAGAGAUUGGUCACUCAAGUUACUGCUGAAAGCCUGAUCAUCAAACUGAAUGAGAGCAUUGCAAGUGAUGCUGGCAGAUAUGACAUCAGCGCCUCCAAUACAAGUGGUAUCACCAAGAUGUUCAUCAACAUCGUUGUGUUGGAUAGACCUGGUCCUCCAACUGGUCCUAUUGAGGUUGGCGAAGUGACUGAAUCCACAGUGGCUCUCAAAUGGGCUCCUCCUGUGUAUGAUGGUGGCAGCCCAGUUACCAACUACGUUGUACUGAGACGUGAAACAAGCACACCUGCUUGGACUGAAGUGUCUUCUCAGGUUGCAAGAAGUGCCAUAAAGGCCGGCAAGCUUACCAAAGGAGAGGAAUAUCAGUUCAGAAUCAAGGCAGAGAAUCGCUUUGGUAUCAGUGACCACAUUGACACCCCACCAAUCACAGUGAAACUUCCAUACACAUUCCCUGGUCCUCCAUCAACACCAUGGGUAACCAUGGUUUCAAGAGAGAGCAUUACAGUCAAUUGGAACGAGCCUGUCACAGAUGGAGGAAACACUGUCACGGGCUACCACCUGCAGAUGAAAGAGAGAAGCAGUAUUCUGUGGCAAAAGGUCAACAAAGUAGCAAUCAUUGGAACACAGCUGAGAGUAACAAACAUCUGCCCUGGCCUCAUCUACGAAUUCAAGGUGAUAGCAGAAAAUGCAGCUGGUAUUGGAAAAAUCAGCAAAACAUCAGAAGAGGUGCUCGCCAUUGAUAACUGCGAGCCCCCGGCAGCUGUAAGAGUCUCCGAGAUCACAAAGAACUCCAUCAGUCUGGCCUGGGUUAGGCCGCCUUAUGAUGGUGGCAGCAAGGUCAUUGGAUACAUGGUGGAGAGGAAGGACUGCCCAGAUGGCAGAUGGACAAGGGCAAACUUCACUAACGUGAUUGAGAUGAACUUCACAAUGUCAGGCUUGACCCAGAAUGAAUCCUAUGAGUUCAGAGUUUACGCAAAGAACGCAAUCGGUUCUAUCAGCAAUCCAUCUGAUGUUGUCGGUCCAAUCACUUGUGUCGAUUCAUGUGGUGCCCCUGCGAUUGAUCUUCCUCCAGAGUAUUUAGAUGUUGUGAAAUACAAAGCCGGAUCCAUGGUUAAGAUCAGAGUGGGUAUUCUUGCUAAGCCUCUGCCAACAAUUGAGUGGUACAAGGAUGGAAAAGAAAUGGUGUCAAGCACUACACUCUCCAUCGAGAGCACUACUGAUUCCUCUAGUCUUCUCAUCAAGGACGCAACUCGUAGCCACACUGGCACAUAUGAAAUAAAGAUCAAAAACGCUCUGGGUUCGGCAUCUGCCACCAUCAGGAUAGAAGUUCUAGACAAACCUGGACCACCUCCUGGCUUGAUUCAGUUUAUGCUAGUCACAGCAGACAAGAUCAUUCUUAAGUGGGAGCCAAUCACUGAUGAGGGUGGUGCUAAGGUCAGCCAUUACGUUGUGGAGAAACGUGAAACCAGCAGAGUGGUAUGGUCUACCGUGUCUGAGAGACUAGAAGAGUGCUACAUAGGUGUCAUGAAGUUGGUACGAGGAAAUGAGUACAUUUUCCGUGUGAGGGGUGUCAACAAGUUCGGAAAUGGAGAGCCCUUGGACUCUGAGCCUGUUGUUGCCAAAAAUUUAUUUGUUACCCCAGGACAGCCUGCCACACCAGAGGUAACAACUACAACCAAAUCAACAAUGGUAGUUGUAUGGGACAAACCAGGUGUGGAUGGCGGUAGUCAAGUAACUGGCUACUACCUUGAGAGACGUGACAAGAAGAGCCUUCGCUGGAUAAAGGUCUUGAAAGAUCCGAUUAACAACAACACUACGACUAUCUUUAACCUAACAGAAGGCAAUGAAUAUCAAUACCGUGUGUGUGCCAUCAACAAAGCCGGAGAGGGCCCCUUCUCAGAUGUGUCUGACUACUACAAAGCAGCUGAUCCAGUUGAACCACCAUAUGAACCUACCAAGCUCAAAGUGGUUGACUCAACCAAGACAUCUAUCACACUUGGAUGGGCCAAGCCAGAGUGGGACGGAGGCAGUGAGAUCCUCAGCUACGUUGUUGAACAGCUGACGGACGUGGAGGGUCUACGACGCAAACCACCCAAAGAAGAAUCAUCUGAAUCAGAAGGAGAAGAAGAGGAGGAAGAAGAAGCAGACAAUGGAGAAUGGGUUGUAAUCAGCCAGAAGGGAGAAGUGAGGACAGCAGAGUACGUUGUGUCCGGCCUAACACCAGAUGUUGACUACUACUUCCGUGUAUCUGCAGUCAACAUCGCAGGGCGUGGAGAGGCCAUUAAGAUGAAAGAGCCUGUUCAUGCUAAGGAUAUUCUGGAGGAAGCUAUCUUCGAUCCAGAUGUUGCCAUGAGAACACACUACAUCGUAAAAGCCAAGCAGGAUGUGGAGAUCACAGUGCCCCUCAAGGGCAGACCUGCACCUAGUGCUACUUGGAUGUUCGGAGACGAGAACAUCGACAAUAAUACAAAAUAUGAAAUCCACCACACAGAUACUACAUCAACCCUUGUUAUUCCAGAAGUCAGCCGUAAUGACACUGGUAGGUACACUGUGAAGAUUGAAAACGGUGUAGGCGAGCCAAAGUCAAUGACACUGUCUGUGAAGGUUCAAGACUCACCAGCUGUCUGCACGAACCUGGUAUUGAAGGAUGUCACUCGUGGUAAAGUAACCAUGUGCUGGGAAGAACCUGAACUUGAUGGUGGUGCUGAUAUUACCAAUUACAUCAUUGAAAAGAGAGACUCAUCCAAGAGAUCCUACUCUAGUGUGACAACCAAAUGCACAGAACAAUUUUAUACCAUUGAAGAUCUCUCAGAGAAAACAUCCUUCUUCUUCCGUGUAUCAGCAGAGAAUGAAUUUGGAAUAAGUGAUCCUUGCAGCACAGUUGAACCUGUAAAAGCUACAGAAACUCCUGGUCCAGUCAAAGAAGUUGCUAUGAAGGAUUCCUCAAAGACCUCUGUAACACUGCAGUGGGUGAAGCCUGAUUAUGAUGGUGGAAGCAUCAUAUCUGACUACGUCAUUGAGAAGAGACUCAAGGAUGAAGAGGACUGGGCAGCUGCCGGCUGCAGCAAACAAUGUGAACACGAAGUACCAAAACUCAAAGAAACCUCACAAAUGAAUUUCAGAGUUGCCGCCAGAAAUGAAAAGGGGAAGGGUGACUUCACUGAAAUUGGACCAAUUGAAGUGAAGGACUUUGUCAUCCCACCAGAGGCCAACCUGGAUGAGUAUCCAGGUGGGGAAAUCAGUGUCCGUGUGGGCCAUAAUGUACACAUCGAGUUGCCCUAUAAGGGUAAACCCAAACCUGCCACGUAUUGGCUUAAGGACAAUAUGCCACUGAAGGAGAGCGAACUAGUACGCUUCAGGAAAACAGACAACAAAGUUGUUCUCAUGAUCAAGAAUGUGAGACCAGAGCAUGGUGGGAAAUACACACUUACUCUUGAUAACAGGGUGUACAGGAAAUCCUUCAACGUUUUUGUCAUAACUCGCGGACCACCAUCAAAGCCUGUCGCACCCAUCAACUUUGAUGAGGUCAGAGCAGACAGUGUCACAAUAUCCUGGGAGGAGCCAAAUGAUUACGGAGGUGGAGAAAUCACUUGCUACUCUGUAGAGAAGCGCGACACAUCUCAGAAUGACUGGAAGAUGGCAUGCUCUAGUGUCACUGACACAACAUUCAAGGUGCCCAACUUGAUCAAGGGAAUAGGGUACCAGUUCAGAGUGCGUGCUGAGAACAUAUAUGGAGUCAGUGAGCCACUGGUGUCACCAAGCGUUGUCGCUAAACAUCAGUUCAGGCCGGCAGGUCCACCAGGAAAGCCUGUUGUGUACAACGUCACCAACGACGGAAUGACCAUUCAGUGGGAGCUGCCCGUCUUCAAUGGUGGCUGUCCAGUCAAGGGCUACCAUGUUGAGAAGAAGGAGAAGAACAGUGUCAUGUGGCAGAAGGUCAACACUGUGGCUAUCCCUGGAACAGACUACAGAAUCCUUGGCCUUAUUGAAGGACUGGAAUAUCAAUUCAGAGUCUACGCUCAGAAUGAUGCCGGAUUCAGCCGCAAGAGUGACGAAAGCAACACCACCAUGGCAGUUUCUCCAGUUGAUCCACCUGGUCAACCUGACUACACUGAUGUGACCAGCAAUUCUGUCGCACUGAAAUGGGACGCACCCAAACGUGAUGGAGGCAGCAAGAUUGUGGCUUACAAUGUUGAAAAACGCCAAGGACAGGGCCGCUGGCUGAAGAGCAACUUCACUGAUGUCCACGACACCCAGUUUACUGUCACUGGUCUUGCUUGCAAUGAACGCUAUGAGUUCAGAAUUAUUGCAAGAAAUGCUAUUGGCGUAGUGAGUCCCCCAUCUAACUCAUCUGGACACAUCGUGGUCAGAGAUGAAAGUGCUUCUCCAAACAUUGAGUUUGGCCCGGAGUAUUUUGAGGGACUCACAAUCAAGGCAGGAGACAAUAUGAGACUAAAGGUAUCGAUCAGUGGACGACCACAGCCCAAGGUUGUGUGGUUCAGAGACGGCGUGCAAAUCACCAAGUCGAUGAUGGACACCACCACAGUUGCUGGGUCAAGCAUGCUCUUUGUACGUGAUGCUGACCGCAGUCACAAAGGAACUUACACAGUGGAAGCCACCAAUAGCCAAGGAACCAAGAAGGAGGACAUCAUUGUCCAAGUCCAUGAUACUCCUGGAGAGCCGGUGGGACCUAUCAUUUUCAGUGAUAUCUCUGAAGGAAAAGUGACCCUCACAUGGAAUACACCGGAGAACGACGGCUGCUCUGACAUCUCUCACUACAUUGUUGAGAAGCGUGAGACCUCUAAGAUCUCAUGGGCACUUGUCUCGGAUUGCUGUAAAGAAACAGUAUACCACGCCACCAAGCUGAUGAAGACCAAUGAGUACCAGUUCCGUGUUUCUGCUGUCAACAGGUUUGGUACCGGCCGACCAUUGGAUUCAAGUCCCAUCAUUGCACAAAUGCAAUACACUACUCCUGAUGCACCUGGCACACCUGAUUCCACUGCAGUUUCUGGAGACAGUAUCACACUGGCAUGGGAAGCACCCACAUCUGAUGGAGGCAAUCCUAUUCAGUACUACAUUGUUGAAAAACGUGAGAAGAAGACUGUCCGCUGGGACAAGGUGAGGUCAAAGAAGCCCAUUGUGGAGCCUGCUCACCGGGUGGAUCAUCUCACUGAAGAUAUGGAGUAUGAGUUCCGUGUGAUGGCAGUAAACAACGCCGGUAUUGGAGCACCCAGUAACAUCUCAAUGGCCAUUAAAGCCAGUGAGCCAAAAGAUAUUGCAUGCGCUUCAUCUGUGGUUCAUGUAACCGACUCUACAGAUACAACUAUCAGUUUGGAAUGGACAAAGCCUAGAGACGAUGGUGGCAGUUCCAUCCAUGGAUACGUCAUUGAGUUGCACAAGGUAUCUAAGGAAGAACUAAAAGAAAUACUAGCGAAACCUAAGAAGGUGGUAGACAGCUCAGAAGAGGAAGAGGAGGAGGAGGAGGAAGAGAAAGAAGAGGACACCAGAGAAUGGAUCAGAAUCAAUGAGGAUCUGGUCAAUGAUACAAAAUACGUUGCAACUGGUUUGGAAACUGGUUCAUACUACUUGCUUCGUGUUUCUGCCCAGAAUAGUAUUGGAAAGGGAGAGGAGCAAGAGAUUCCUGAGCCAGUACAGGCUGUGGACAGACACGUAAAACCUGACGUUGAUAUUGACGCUACCUUCAAACAUACACACAUUGUGAAGAAGGGAGGCACCGUCUGUCUCCGUAUCGCCUACAAAGGAAAACCAAUUCCUUCAGUUAAAUGGAGUAAAGAAGAUGAAGAAGAACUUGGUGUCAUGACAGAUAUUACUACCACAGAGACCUACACUGCUCUGACGAUAGAAAAGUGUACCAGAUACGAUUCUGGAAGAUACACUCUUACUCUGGAGAACAGCAGUGGCGUAAGGGAAGUUGAUUUCAUUGUAAAGGUGUUGGAUACACCUGGACCUCCAGGACCUAUUGCCUUUGCAGAAGUGUCCAGAGGAGCACUGACACUGGUUUGGGAACCUCCAGCUAAUGAAGGUGGAGCUCACGUUCAACAUUACAUUGUAGAGAGGCGUGAGGCAAGUCGUCGUACCUGGAACCAAUCUGGUGGCAAGGUCACUGCGCUAUCCUUACAUAUCCAGGAUCUUCUGGAAGGUGUUCCAUACUUUUUCAGAGUUUCAGGAGAGAACCAGUACGGUAUUGGUGAACCUUUUGAGAUGAUAGAUCCCAUUAUUGCUACUGCAGAGCCUUCUUCACCAAUGAGAUUGGAUGUUGUGGACGUCACAGACACUACAGCAACACUCUCCUGGGUCAAACCCGAGCACGACGGUGGUAGUCGUAUCACAGGCUACAUCAUUGAGCAUAAGGCAAAGACCACAGAUAAAUGGGUCGUUGGUGGUGAGACCAAGAACGAGAGCAUCACUCUAGAAUUAUGUAGGACUGCAGAGUAUGAGUUCCGUGUUAAGGCAAAGAACGAUGCAGGCAACAGCUUACCAAGAGAAGCACUAUCCUCAGUGUUAAUCAAAGAGCCACAGAUAGAACCAACUGCAGAUCUCAGUGAAAUAUCUAACCAGGAGGUCAUCUGUAAAGUGGGUAAUACCUUCGUCAUCGAUGUUCCCAUCACUGGUAGACCAGCACCGAAGGUAAUCUGGAAACUGGAGGAGAUGAGGCUGAAGGACAGUGAAAGGGUUGCAAUCAAGACGGUCAAAAACAGGACAACUCUGUCUAUCAGAGACGCCAUGAGGGGCGAUGGUGGCAGAUACUUCCUCAGUCUUGAAAAUUCUGCUGGAUCCAAGACGUUCUUUGUUACUGUCAAUGUCAUUGGAAGACCUGGUCCCCCCGUUGGACCCGUUGAAGUUUCAUCCAUAACAUCGGAAUCAUGUGAGAUUGCUUGGGAAGCACCAGAGGAUGACGGUGGAACAGAUAUCACCAACUACAUCGUUGAGAAGCGUGAAUCUGGCUCCACUGCCUGGACACUCAUCAACUCCAGUGUGAAACGCACCAACCUCAGUGUGGGACAUCUGACAAAGUACAUGCAAUACACCUUUCGCGUCAGUGCUGAGAACAGAUUUGGCACAAGCAAAUCAACUGAAUCUGAGACCAUUGUCGCUGAGAAUCCAUUCGGUCCUUCUGGUGCACCAACCAGACCUUCUGUAUACAACGUGGCUUCCACCACCUGCUACAUUCGCUGGGAGGAGCCAUACCACGAUGGCGGCAGCAAGGUGACUGGAUACUGGAUUGAAAAGAAAGAACGAAACAACAUCCUUUGGGUGAGGGAGAACAAGAUCCCAUGCUUUGAAUGUGACUACAGAGUGGAGGGACUUAUUGAAGGCCUUUCGUACCAGUUCCGUGUCUUUGCAAUGAACAGCGGUGGCCUCGGCAAAGCUAGCGAGGCAUCCAAGCCUAUGGUGGCUCAAAAUCCAGUUGAUCCUCCUGGUAGACCAGAAGUAACUGAGGUGGGCAGAUCUACAGUGUCCAUCAAAUGGUCUACACCACUUGACGAUGGUGGCUUCCCCAUUGUGGGUUACAUUGUUGAGCGCAAGCCAUACACCAUCACUGGCGAAGGUCGCUGGCUGAAGUGUAACUACACCAAUGUCACAGAAAAUAACUUCUCAAUCACUGCACUUGGUGAAGGAGAGGUCUACGAGUUCCGAGUCAUUGCCAAGAACUCCAACCAAGUUUUCAGUAUGCCUUCAGAGUCAACUGGCGCAGUUACAUGCAAAGCAGAAUACACUCCUCCAAAGGCAGACCUUGACAGCAAACUUCUGGUUGACACGGUUACAAUCAGAGCCGGCUCAGACCUUGUUCUGGAUGCUGCUGUUGGUGGUAAACCUGACCCCAAAGUGUUCUGGGCCAAGGGAGAUAAGGAACUGGAGCUGUGUGAAAAGUACUCCCUGCAGUACACCAGCACACGUGCCAUGGCCAUUAUCAAAUUCUGUGACAGAGAUGAUACCGGGAAGUACGUUCUCACAGUAAAGAAUGCCAGUGGCAUCAAGUCAGCCGAAGUUAACGUGCAAGUACUUGAUACACCUGGUGCUCCUGACGGCAAAAUCACCAUCAGCCAUAUUUCUGAAGAGAAAUGCACUGUGUCUUGGAAACCCUCUCUGGAGAGUGGUGGUGACCCGGUGACACAUUACAUUGUUGAGAGACGCGACACCAACAGACUCAACUGGGUGAUCAUGGAAGCUGAGUGCAAGGAACACACCUGUGAGAUCACCAGACUGUUCAAAAACACUGAGUACCUCUUCCGCGUGAGAGGUGUCAACAAGUAUGGAUCCGGCGUUCCACUGCAAUCUGGUCCUAUCAUUGCCAGAAACAUGUUCACUGUCCCAUCUGCUCCUGGCACACCAGAGAUUCUUGCUGUAGGAAAAGAUUUUGCUAGCAUUGAAUGGUUAAAACCAGAGAGCGACGGUGGCAGUCCUAUAACUGGCUAUCUGAUUGAGAAACAUGAAAAGAAGAGUGCCAGAUGGAUCAAGGUGAACAGAGAUGCCACACUUAUGGACACAAGCUUCAAGAUAACUGGCCUCGUGGAGGGCAACAUCUACCAGUUCCGUGUAUCAGCUGUCAACAAGGCUGGUGAGAGUGAACCCAGUGAGCUGUCUCUCUAUGCUGUCUGCAGAACGCCAACAAGUACUCCUCCACCUCCCACAAUUCCACGUAUUAUUGAUACUACCAAGGACAGUGUCAGCCUUGCUUGGACCAGACCCUUGGAGGACGGAGGUUCUGAUAUCAUCGGAUAUGUUCUGGAGAAGCAAGAACAGGAGGAGGGAGCUGAGAAGCCGCCUGAGCCAAAACCUGAGAAGGUACCUGAGAAAGUCGUUUCGAAGGGAGCUAGUCUAGGAGCCAAGAAAACAGUUGUGUUUGUGGAGGAAGAGUCGGAGGAGGAAGGCGAUGAGGAAGAAGAGGAGGAGGAGGAGGAGGAAGAGGAAGGUACAGGUGUGUGGGUUAAGGCCCAUGAGAAGAACCUGAGACUCACAGAACACGUUGUGACUGGCCUUACAACUGGCAAGAUGUACCGCUUCAGAGUGGCUGCAGUUAACUUCAAUGGAGUCGGUGAAUUUAGUAGAGCCUGCGCAGCAGUCGAGGUUAUCGAGAAAAUUGAAACUCCUGAUAUUGAGCUUCAUGAUGAUAUGACCAAGACCAUCUGCCUGAGAGCCGGAGGUUCUCUUCGUCUCUUUGCCACAGUCAUUGGACGACCAAUCCCUGCAGUUACCUGGAGCAAACCUGGUGUCGACCUCAACAACCGUGGCUUCAUUGAAGUCACUAAAACUUCCACACAAAUCAUUAUUGACAAAGUGCACCGCUAUGAUGCUGGCAAAUAUACCAUUGAGGCAAAGAAUGAAUCUGGCGAAAAGACAGCUACCAUUAUUGUCAAGGUCUAUGAUACUCCUGGUCCAACUGGCCCAAUUAAGGUCAAGGAACUUGAGAAGGACUCCAUUACCAUUGCAUGGGAUCCUCCUACUGUUGAUGGUGGAGCACCAGUGAAUAAUUACAUCAUUGAGAGACGCGAAGCAUCAAUGAGAGCUUACAAAACUGUGACAUCCAAAUGCAGCAAGACAUCAUACAAAAUCGACGGACUCUUCGAGGGAAUGCUGUAUUACUUCAGAGUCCUCCCAGAAAACCUGUACGGUGUGGGAGAGCCAUGUGAAACCCCUGAUGUCAUUUUGGUGUGCGAGGUGCCUUUGCCCCCUGCGACACUGGAGGUUCUGGAUAUCACCAAGACCACAGUAACACUUGGAUGGGAGAAACCAGAGCAUGACGGUGGAAGCAGACUCACAGGCUACAUCAUUGAAGCUUGUAAAUUUGGCACAGACAAAUGGAUGAAGGUGACAACAGUGAAGACGACUGACUUCGAGUUCACUAUGACUUCUUUGACUGAGAAAGAUCAGUUUAUGUUCAGAGUCAGAGCUGUUAACAGCAGGGGAGCCAGUGUACCAAAGGAGCUUGUUGCAGCCGUAACAGUCCAAGAACAAAGAGUUCUGCCAAAGGUUGAUCUGUCUAGCAUCCCACAGAAGUUUGUCAAUGUGUUGGCUGGUAAACCACUUGAGCUGCACUUGCCAAUAGUCGGUAGACCCCCACCAGUUUGCUCAUGGUACUUCAGUGGUCAGAAGCUGAAGAUCACUGAGCGUACGAAGAUUCAGACCACUGGAAAGUUCUCUAAGCUAACUGUGCUUGAUACUUCCAUCGAUGACAGCGGUAACUACACUCUUGAAGUGAAGAACGUCACAGGAGAGACAUCUGAGAUCAUUAAAGUGAUCAUUCUUGACAAACCUGAUGAGCCUAAAGGACCGGCCAGGUUUGAUGGGGUUGAUGCCACCUCAGUGACCAUCAGCUGGGAUCCUCCAGAGAGAAACGGAGGUGCCCCUGUCAGCGGCUAUGUUGUUGAGCAGCGUGAAGCCCACCGUCCUGGAUGGCUGCCAGUAUCCGAGUCUGUCAGUAGACCAACAUUCACCUUCGUCAAACUGACAGAAGGAGAUGAAUACAUGUUCCGUGUCGCAGCAGUCAAUCGCUACGGUGUUGGUAACUGGCUGCAGUCUGAAGUUGUGAUGUGCAAGAGCGCAACGAACAUCCCUGGACCUCCAGGCAGACCAGCAGUAUUUGACAUGUCUCGUGAUGGCAUGACCAUUGCAUGGCUGGAACCAGAGGAUGAUGGUGGAUCUGAGGUGUCUGGAUACAUCAUUGAGCGCAAGGAGGUCAGAUCUGACAGAUGGGUGCGUUCUAACAAGAACCCAGUCACCAUGACCAGAUACAGAUCAACAGGUCUGAUAGAAGGCCUUGAGUAUGAACAUAGAGUAACGGCAAUCAACGCUAGAGGUGUUGGCAAACCAAGUGUUGUCUCCUUAACAGCAGUGGCAACUGAUCCCGUUGAUCCACCGGGCUCACCCCAGAACCCAAGAGUCACAGACACCACAAAAUCAUCCGUGUCCCUGGCCUGGAGUCCUCCUGAUGAGGAAGGUGGAUGUAAGGUCUCAGGUUAUCUGAUUGAGAUGCAGAAAGCAGGCUCAGUCACCUGGAUCAAAUGUAACACAACACCUUCUCUGAUCUGUGAAUACACACUCACCAAAAUGCCCCAAGGAGAGGAGUUCAAGUUCCGUGUGAUGGCUUGCAACGCCGGUGGACCCGGAGAACCCGCUGAGGUCCCUGGAACAGUCACUGUGAAGGAAAUGCUUGAAAAACCUGAUCAUGAGCUGGAAGCCAAGUACAAGGAUAUCUUUGUCGUCAGAUAUGGCAGUGUUGUCAAACUCUCAGUGCCCAUCAAGGGUAAACCAGUUCCUACAUGCAAGUGGACAAAGGAAGGCGCUGAUGUGCCUGAGAGAGCAAUGAUCGCUUCCAAUGACGACUGCACUGAGCUGGUAAUCAAGGGUGCAGAAAGAGACGACUCUGGCACUUAUGACCUACUGCUUGAGAACAAGUGUGGCAAGAAGAACGUUCACAUCAAGGUGAAGGUUAUUGGCCGUCCAACUGCUCCAGAGGGACCACUUGGAUUCGAAGACGUCCAGGCACAAUCUGUUAAGUUGACAUGGAAGGCUCCUUCAGAUGAUGGUGGCUGUGAAAUCCUUGGAUACAUUGUUGAGAGACAGCAGGUUCCAAAGACAGCCUGGUACACUGUAGAAACCAGGGUGGUGGACACAUCUUUCAUUGUGAAGGGACUCGAGGAGGGACAAGAGUAUCACUUCAAGGUGACAGCUGAAAAUACAUUCGGUAUCAGUGGAUCGCUGAAGUCAACAGAACCCCUCAUACCGAAGACUCCUCUCUGUCCCCCAGAGACAUCAAGCAUCCCACCAGAGGUUAUGGAUGUGACUAAGAGCUCUGCCUCUCUGUCUUGGUCAAGACCUAAGGAUGACGGUGGCUCUGCCAUUACCGGAUACUAUGUUGAGUACAAAGCAGUAUCCUCUGAGACAUGGGUUCGUCAUGAGAAGAAGGUCGUUUCAACCCAGUUUACCAUCCCUGGACUCACUGCUGAUGCUGAAUACCAGUUCCGUGUUAUUGCUCAAAAUUAUAUUGGAGACAGCGAACCAGGACCUGCAUCCGAACCAGUCACAUGCAAAGAUCCAUUCGACAAACCAAGCCAACCAGGCGAGAUUGACACAGUAACUGUCACAAAGGACGCAGUCGCCAUCAAGUGGGCGGCGCCAGAAUGCGAUGGUGGAAAGGAGGUCCUUGGUUACUGGGUUGAAUACAGGAAGUCUGCAGAGGCUACCUGGAAGAAAUGCAACAAGACACGCACCAAGGAGAAAAAGUUCACCAUAACUGGUCUGGCCGAAGCCACUGAGUAUGAGUUCAGAGUGAUGGCUGAGAAUGAGACCGGAAUCAGCAGACCACGCAGAACAGCCACAUGCAUCAAGACCAAACUGAGCACUGGAACUCAACCAAGCCUGAGGAAAGAAAUGGAUGAAGUUACGACUAAAUUAUACCAACCAGGAAUUAUGAAAUGCCAGAUUAUUGGUAGACCUCUUCCCGAUAUCAAAUGGUAUAAAUCUGGCAAGGAGAUAAUCGAGUCUCGUAAAUAUGAGAUGAGCUCUGAUGGCCGUAACCAUUCACUGACCAUUAUGACAGACCAACAAGAGGAUGAAGGAGAAUACACAUGCAAGGCUAUCAAUGAUGCAGGUGAAGCAGAGACCAGUGGCAUUCUCGUUUUGGAAACUGCUCCACAGUUCAAUCCUGACUUCCCAUUGAAGAAUACCUACUAUGCCGAAAGCGGCACUACUCUGCGACUACAUGUUGCCUACAUUGGACGCCCUGAGCCUAAGAUCAUGUGGCUUUAUGGAGCUACAACUGUGGUGGCUUCUGAGAAUAUCAGCAUUGAAAACACAGAGCAUUACACUCACCUGGUGAUCAAGAAUGUGCAACGCAGGGUACAUGGAGGAAAAUACAGAGUCAGACUGCACAAUCACUUUGGCAGAGCUGAUACUCUCAUCAACGUUGAAAUCCAAGAUAAACCUGCAAUGCCUGAAGGUCCCAUUGUACUUGAUGCCCUGUUGAAGAACUCUGUGAUUAUUAGCUGGAAACCACCAAAGGAUGAUGGUGGAUCAAUGAUCACAAACUACAUCGUGGAGAAGCGUGAAGACAAGGAGGUUGAUGACUGGACACUCGUGUCCUCGUCCAUCACAGGCACAAACUGCCGCAUUGCCAACCUCGUAGUAAACGCUGGGUACUUCUUCCGUGUGUAUGCUCAAAAUCGUUAUGGCAACAGUGAGCCACUGGAGAUCCCUACUCCCAUCCUUAUCAAGAGUUCAAUGGAUAAACCUUCACCACCACUGAUGCCAGUGGUUUCUGGUGUGACCAACGUUUCCUGUGUGUUGUCCUGGAAGCCUCCACUCAUUGAUGGUGGCUCCAAGAUCAAGAGCUACUGCCUUGAGAAGAAGGAGAAGAAGGGCGAAUGGACACCUGUCACUACUGAUGAAAUCAAAUCCACAGUCUUUUCUGUCAAACGCCUCACUGAAGGAUGUGAAUAUAUCUUCAGAGUGAACUGUGAAAACCUUGGAGGAGUGAGUGAUUGGAGUGUGGAAUCUGAACCAGUCGUUCCAAAGACGCCUGUUGAUGUCCGUGCUCCCGCCUUCAAAGAAGAACUGAGGAAUAUGAGUGUCAAAUAUAAGAGCAACGCCACCUUUGUUUGCAAGAUCACAGGACAACCCAAGCCUGUAAUUAAAUGGUUCAGACGUGGCAAGGAGAUCCAAUCUGACGGAAAGAAACUGAAGAUUCAAGAGUUCAAGGGAGGCUAUCACCAACUGGUUAUCUCCGCUGCUGAUGAGGAAGACUCUACUGUCUACCAGAUCAGAGCAACCAACCAGGGCGGAUCCAUCUGCACCACUGUCUCUCUGGAUGUUGAAGUCCCUGCCAAGAUUAACCUGCCCAAGAAUCUGAAGGACAAAGAGGCUAUCCCUGCCCUCCGUGGAGAGAUUGUGAAUAUCAAGAUUCCAUUCAGUGGCAAACCUGAUCCUGUCAUCACCUGGCAGAAGGGACAAGACCUCAUUGAUAACAACGGAUACUACCAAGUCAUCGUCACAAGGUCAUUCACAUCGCUCGUGUUCCCCAACGGAGUUGAUAGGAAGGAUGCCGGUUUCUACAUCGUUUGUGCCAAGAACAGAUUUGGUAUUGACCAACAGACAGUUGAACUGGAUGUUGCCGAUGUGCCCGACCCACCACGUGGUAUCAAAGCAAGUGAUGUUUCUAGAGACUCAGUCACUCUGAGUUGGCAAGUACCUGCUAAUGAUGGUGGAAGCAGAGUAGCCAGCUAUGUUGUGGAGAAGUGUCCCACAACAUCUGACAGAUGGGAACGUGUUGCCCAGUCUCGUGAUACUCGCUACACCAUCAUCAACCUGUUCGGAGGAACCAGCUACCAGUUCAGAGUCAUAGCCGAGAACAAAUUCGGUCAAAGUCAACCAUGUGAACCAAGUAGUCCCGUUACAACAAAGGAGGACAAAUCAAGAGUCCUUGGCUAUGACAGCGAGGUUAGUGACAGAGAUGUUCCCAAGCAAAAGGCUCCACAUUCAUGUGCCAAGAAUGUGCAUACCAAGUACAUGAUUGCUGAGGAGCUGGGCCGUGGCCAGUUUGGUAUCGUUCACCGUUGUGUUGAGACCAGCUCUAAGAGGACAUACAUGGCUAAAUUCGUCAAGGUGAGGGGUGCAGAUCAAGCAUUCAUCAAGAAAGAAAUUGCUACACUUAACCUGGCCAGACACAACAACUUCUUGUGUCUUCACGAGUCCUUCGACAGCACUGAGGAAUUAGUCAUUAUCUAUGACUUCGUCUCAGGUCAAGACAUCUUUGAACGCCUCGGCACAGCCGACUUUGAGCUGAAUGAGCGUGAAAUCGUCAACUACAUCAGACAAGUAUGUGAAGCUCUUGAGUUCUUACACGACAAGAUUUAUGGCCACUUUGACAUCAGGCCUGAAAACAUUGUGUACACCACAAGAAAGGGCAGUAAAGUCAAGAUCAUUGAGCUAGGACAGGCAAGACACCUGACUCCUGGCGACCAGAUCAAGGUUCAGUAUACUACAGCUGAGUAUGCUGCUCCUGAGAUCCACCAGAAUGACAUGGUCAGCAGUGUUACUGACAUGUGGCCAGUAGGUGUUCUAGUCUAUGUCCUUCUCAGUGGACUCAAUCCAUUUACUGCCGAGACUCAUCAGCAGAUGAUUGACAACAUCUCAAAUGCUGAAUACAGUUACGAUGACGAAACCUUCAAAGUACCUACUGUUGAAGCAUUAGACUUUAUCAACCGCCUUCUCACCAAGGAGCGCAAGCACCGUAUGACUGCUGCCCAAGCUUUAGAACAUCCUUGGCUAAAGAUGCAAGCAGAAGUACUCAGUGCCACAGCGAUAAUGACCACAAGGCAUAAGAGAUACUACCAGGCCAUGGCAAAGAAAGAAUGGGCCACUGUCGUUGCAGGAGCAAGAGUUGCUAGCGGCGGUGCAAUCAGAGCCCAGAGAGGUGUCACAGUUGCCAAAGUAAAGAUCGCACCAUUUGAACAUGGCCCAGUCGGUGGUCAAAUCAAUCAUACAGUGGUGGAUGUGGGAGCAGAUGUCAAAUUUGCUUGCAACAUUGAAAACUAUGACAGCGCCACAGAGGUAACAUGGUACUGCGGUGUGCGUCAACUAGAGGCAAGUGACAAGUAUGAAAUCGACUAUGAGGAUGGUCUAGCUGUUAUAUGUAUCAAGGGAGUCACGAAAGCAGAUGACGGCACCUAUAGAUGCAAGAUCAUCAACGAUUAUGGUGAGGACAGUGCCUACGGAGAGCUCUUUGUAAACGGAGUCAGAUCAUACCGCGAGUACUUCACAGCCCGUGUGGUGAGGAAAGUGAAACGUAGAGUGGACACAGCAAGACUGCUCCAGAAACCACCAGAGUUCACCCUGCCCUUGUUCAACCAUGCAGCUUACAUCGGAGAAGAUGUUCGAUUUGGUGUGACUAUCACUGUGCACCCUGAGCCUCGUGUUACAUGGUACAAAUCUGGCCAGAAGAUUGUUCCUGGUGAUGAUGAGAAAAAGUACACGUUCAUAACCGACAAGGGUCUUUAUCAAUUGGUGAUUCACUGUGUUGAUGCUGAUGACGAUGCGGAGUACUCAGUUGUGGCCCGUAAUAGAUUUGGUGAUGACAGCUGUAAGGCAAAACUGGCUGUGACACCUCGCCCAGCACCAGCAGACAAUACCUUGAGGCCCAUGUUCAAACGUCUCCUGGCAAACGUGGAGUGUAGGGAAGGCCAGAAUGCACGCUUUGAAAUCAGAGUGUCAGGACUCCCAACUCUGAAGUGGGAGAAAGAUGGCAUGCCAUUGGCAUUUGGUCCACAAAUUGAAGUGGUCCAUGAGGGCCUGGAUUACUUUGUCCUGCAUGUGAAAGAUACUCUACUUAACGAUUCUGGCUGUUACAGAGUUACUGCAACCAACUCAGCUGGAUCUGCCAGUUGUCAAGCCAUUCUCAAGGUGGACCGCAUCACCCAUGUGAAAAAGGUUUACGAGAGUGAAAGAGACAAAAAGAAACAAGCAGAGAAAGAACAAAUUGAGAAGAAGGUCAGAUUAUCUCAAAUCAUGUCUGGAACUGAUGUCAUGCCACUUCCUACUUUGGCACAACAAGCUUUGAGAGAAGCGACAUUGUUGUGCCAACCAGUAGAGGCAACCAAAAAGGACAAGACUGAAGCCGAAGAUAAGAAACGGGCAGAAGAAAGGAAAAAGAGAGCAGAGGAGAAGAGACUGCGUAUGCCUUAUGAUGUUCCCCAACCUCGUGAACGUGGCCCAACUGCUCUUUUGGAAGAUAUGGAAAUCAAACACUACAAACCUUGCUCUGACAUGAAAUGGUACAAGAAACUCCGCGAUCAAUAUGAGUUCCCUGAACCAAUGGACAAGAUUUCACAGAAGAGACUGAAACGCAUCCGUCUCUCCAGGUGGGAUCAGUUCUACGAAGUCCCUCUGCCAAGAAUCAAGGAAUCUUACAAGCCAAAGUGGCGUAUUCCACAAGUUUCACAGGAUGAUUUGGAGACUGUCAGACCUUCAAGGCAGCGCACUCCAUCUCCUGAAAUAGAAGCAUAUCACAGAAUCAGAAGAAGGUCUCUUGGUGACCUCUCAGACGAGGAGCUUCUCCUGCCAAUUAAUGAAUAUCUGGCAAUGAAGAGAACUGAGGAGGAGAGACUUCAACUUGAGGAAGAACUAGAACUUGGCUACUCUGCAUCCCCACUAAGCCUUAGCCCUGUACGCUUUGAAUUAGGUGCACUGCGCCACACAUCACCAAGACGCACAGUCUAUGAAGGUGUGGGUGAGGGUGAAGAGGUUCCAUUAUAUGAAAACUAUCGUAUUCCUUCUAAGUAUGAGGCUGGUCCAAGCUAUGUUGACCUUCGCCUGCGCCAUGACAAGGCUACAUUCCGACCGCCAAGACAAAACCAGAGAGUGUUGGAGGAGAGGGAGGAUCGAGAGAUGCUGAGAAAUGUGAAAACGACUCAAAGAAUAACCGGUUACAAGAGUGAACUGAAACACAUGGAGUUUGAAGAAAAAACUAGAACCGUGAAGAAAGACAGAACUACAACUUCCCAUGUGUCAACCUAUAUAGCAACUAAAACUGAGGGGAGAAGGUCACCCACCCCCGAAAGAACCCGUCCGCGUUCCCCUAGUCCUCUUGCUACUGUCAGAUCAGCCUCCAGAUCCAAGGUGGAGACUGUACAGUUGGCAAAAGUUGACCACCUGGCAAGAUAUGAGUCAAGAAAAGCCGUUCUGAGAUCCGAGCGGACAUCAGUAGAAAGGAAGGAGGUUGUAAGUAUGCAGCCCUUCAGCCUCGAUCAUACCCCACGAGUCACUGUGAGGAUGCGUUCCCAUCGUGUGCCAUACGGUCAGCACACCAAAUUUACACUGAACGUCCAAUCAAAGCCAACCGCUGAGGUGAAGUGGUACCAUAACGGACAACUGAUAACCGAGAGCAGGAGGUACCGUAUAUCCAACCUGAGCGGAGUUCUGUAUCUUCAAAUUCUUGACUGCACCACAGAGGACAGUGGCACUUACCGUGUUGUCUGUACUAAUGCAGUGGGAGAAUGCUCAGACUAUGCCACUCUGGAUGUCGCAGGCAUGGGAGAGUAUUCUAGCUAUAUGGCACCUCGCGAAGACGAGGAACCCCCAGCUCUUCCUGUGGCAACCAAGAUAGGUGCUUACCAAAUAUCCUCCAAGACGGUGAAGACUGUUGAAACACACGAAACACACAUGGAGGAGUCCAGCACAUUUAAAGGAAAGAAGACUACUCUACCCGCAUCUAUCCUAACAAAACCACAGUCCCUCACCUUAAAUGAGGGAGAGACUGCAAGAUUUGCAUGUGAUGUUGACGGUGAACCAGUGGCAACUGUAACCUGGAUGCGUGAGGGACAAAUUAUCGGAUCAUCUGUUCGCCACCAUGUCACUACAGAACAGUACAAGUCUACUUUUGAAAUCACCUCUGUUGAGAUGUCAGAUGAAGGCAGCUACUCAAUCAUGGUGGAAAACUCUGAGGGCAGCCAAGAGGCGCACUUCAGUCUAACCAUCCGCCGAUCGGAAGCCAAAGAGGAGGUCUCUUCUACAGUGACAUACUCAUACGAAGAGCCUCCAAUGCAUUCCCCUAGUCCAGUCACGUCUCCACCAAGGAUGAAGUCUCCUGAAUCAAUCAGCUCUCCAAAGAGAGUUAAGUCCCCUACCAGCCCUACACCGAAGUCACCCACUGAGAAAUUCGCCCUCAAAACCAAGCCCUCCAUCUCAUCUGGUCUUCAGGACAUGACCGCAUCUGCAGAUUCCAUCGUCAAGCUGACAGUGAAAAUGACUAGAGAUCCUAAAGCUGAGAUCUCAUGGAUGAAGGAUGGAAAGACUCUCAUUCACGGUGGAAAAUAUGAAAUUCAUGAAGAGCAUGAUUCGGCACACCUUGAAAUCUAUGAAUCUGAGGCCUCUGACAGUGGAGUUUACAAAUGCACAGUCACCAAUAGUGCUGGGUCAUCAUCCACAAGCUGCAUUGUCUCUAUUCAAGCCUCAAACAAAUCCAAAGCACUUGCAACAAAAAGAGAAAUUUCAGAGCAAGUUAUUAAAAAGGAAAUUGUCUACGGAGAGGUUGAGUCUUACACAGAAAUCAAGGCAUCCCAUACUCAGAUGGCCAUGACUGAAGGCCAGUCUCUCACCCUGAGAGCCAACAUCCCCAGAGCUUCAGAUAUCAGAUGGAUCCUGAACGGAAUGGAACUGGCCAACUCAGAAGACUACAGAUAUGGUGUGUCUGGAAACAACCAUACUAUGACCAUCAAAAAGGUCAGCCAAUACGAGCAGGGGGUCAUCACAUGUGAAGCCAAAACCGAACAUGGCCUUGUCAAGUGCCAAUUCAACACUACUGUCACUGAAGCACGAUCAGAUGCACCAUCAUUCCUUGUGCAGCCACGCUCUCAGAAUGUCAAUGAAGGACAGAACGUCAAGUUCACAUGUGAGAUUGCAGGAGAGCCUGCCCCUGAAAUCGAGUGGUUUAAGGACAACAUAAUGGUAUCUAUGACCUCAAACACAAAACUGAGCCGUUCCAAAAAUGUAUACACUCUGGAGAUUAUUGAGGCCAAAGUUGCAGACAGCGGCAAAUACACCAUCAAAGCCGAAAACAAAUAUGGACAGUGCUCUGCAACAUCAUCUCUCAACGUCAUCACUCUUGUUGAAGAACCUGCCAAAAUGGUUAUAAUGGAGCAAAGAGCUGCUGCUGCCAGCUUGCACAGUGACAGUUUCUCAGCCACAUCAGUCCAUAUGGCUGGAGCAUCAAUGACACAUGAAGGUUCUUUCCAAAGACAAUUUGAAAGCAUGUCUGCUGCUAGCAUGUCCUCCAUGACAUCUGAAUCAAUGGUAUCCAUGAGCUCCAGCAGUAUGAUGAAAAUGUCGAGUGAAAUAACGUCAAGUCAUGCUAGUUCAAUGUCAACUCAUGGAUCCUCAAUGACUGCUCUUACUCAUGGUGUUGGUAAAGCUCCCAAAAUCGAAUUUCUCCCAGAGGAUGUCAGCAUUGAGCCAGGAAGGCCUUUGAGCGUGUCCUGUGCUUUCUCUGGAGACCCAACACCUGAGAUUGAGUGGACCCGCACAGGGAAACAGUGUGAUGAAGACAGUGACCGGUUCCACAUCGAGACCACGGAGGACCUCACCACCCUUGUAAUCCCCUGUGUGAAGGAAGACGAUGCCGGAGCGUACACCCUCAAACUGUCCAACAAGCUUGGAUCUACCAUGGCAACUGUCAACAUUCAUAUUCGAUCCAUGUAAAAAACAACAACACGUAACCAUAUCAUUUCUAUCCCCCAUUUUCCCUCCUCCAGUACCUUUUUAUUUAUUGAAUUAGCAAAAAUAAUCUUUACUUGAUAAAGACCUGGAUUUCUGUUCUUGUAAAUAUGAACUAUUUUUAUACCAAACUUGACAUAAAUUUAUGCCAAACUAGACUAAAGUCUAAAGUUGUUAUAAAAUGUGCCAUAUUGGAUAAUUAUGAAUAGGAUUUUUGAACCACUUUUCUGUGACAUGUACAUAAUGUAUAUAGCCGAAUUUAACGGUUAUGGAAAAUGUAUGAAUUGUUAUUUAUGACAAUAUUAACUGAAACAAAAGGAACUAAAUGUUUAACAGGAGAAAGUUUCACAUGAAACGAAUACCCUGAAAAACCUGAAACUAAACUCCGUGCCUCAACAAAAAGUUGAAGUCUUAAGAUUUCCUCAACAGGUAGAGAGGUUCCCUGUUGAAGUUUAUACUAAAUCAGAGAAAGACAAUGUUAUGCACCGUGCAUCUGUGCGUGCAAUAUUACAAAUACUCAUAUGAAUUGUAACAUGAUCAUAAGACCCUGAGUGCUGUUUGCAUAAACCCUCAUGUAAGUAGCACAACUAGGUCUUGUGUUCAGACUGACUAUGUCAUAACCACCAUUUUAAUGACAUGCUAAAAGUGCGAGCGGCCUGCACUUUGAGCUCUAUUUUUAUGUGCUCUGUUUCUGGCAAAGGACAGUUGAAUUGGCUUUUUAAAACGUAACAUCACCUGGCCAUUAAAAAACAAAAGUCAAUUCAAGUACUUCGUUGCAGAAACAGUGCCACCUCUUGGAGGAUUGUUAGGUAAUAUUUUGUGUGUGUGAGUGUGUUUUAGUUUUAGAAUUUCACCUUGCCAGUAGUCAGGGUAACCAUCAAGUGAAUGUACCAUGGUGAUACCAUCUACCGUGAAACAAAGAAAGCAAAAAGCAUGAAUAAUAAUGCCCUGCACUUUGAUUUAACUGAGUCUAUUGAUGUAGAAUUACUACUAUAUUCAUCCUCCUUGAGUUUUAUUUGACUGAUUUAAUAAAGCAUGAUUUCAGCACUA